UGUAGGUGGAAAUAACUCUCCAGGACAUCAAUGAUAACCCUCCAGUGUUUCCUACGGACAUACUUGAUCUCACAGUGGAGGAAAAUAUUGGAGAUGGCUCUAAAAUCAUGCAACUGACUGCUACAGAUGCUGAUGAGGUAGAUAAUAUACUUUAUAAUAUUGUGUUUUUAAACUCUGUUGAACCAGAUUGCUAAUCAGACUACUUCAGUGGUUCACAUACUUGGAGUCCUUCUAUAAUCAUCACAAACAAAGUAUAAUGGCAUCUUAAAGGAGAGCUAUCACAUAUAUGAUGUACACCAUUGUAUAAAAUAUUGGAAGUCACAGAUCAUGUGUAUUAAACUUUUUCACAAAGCACUCUGUUAUCUUUAAAAAUUUUAUUAAAGAUUUAGCAAAUUACAUCACAAUCUGGUUCAUUUCAAGCAUAGCCAUUGCACGCAUUGCAAAGGCUAUUGUAUUGUAUUUGUUAUGUACAGCAGCACAGUAACGAUUAAUAUUUUAUUUUAAAUAUAUUUCUUUUGUGUCCCCUUCUUUUCGCGUCUUAUCAGUAUUAAAGUAAACUAUACUUAUGCAAAUUAAUUUUUUAUUUAACAAAAAUAUUUAAGAUAUAUUACCAAUUACAUUGUGGCAUGUCUGAUUCUCAUCUUUGUUUUGGACGAUUCGGGUUUCAUCCAUGUGGUAUUUCGGUUUGGACCAUCUAUGUCCAUGCAAUCAUUUCAGGAAAAACAAUUCAAAAGAGCCAAAAUGGUGUGAAAAUUAGUAAAUCAGUGUACUGAAAAAUAUACACUUAAUAAAGUAUAUAUUUUGCAGUACACUUAUAGACGUGUUUUCAUUCACAGACCAAGUGAGAUGAAGUAAUCAGUUAAGGAAAAAAAGUGGGAGCAUAACAUUUUUUUUUAAUCUAUCUAGCUAUCUAUCUGUCUGUCUGUCCAUCUAGCUAUCUAUAUAUAUUAUAUGUUAUAUAAAAAAAAAAUUAUCUCUCUUUUUUUUUCUUUUUUUGCUCACUUGAUCUGUGAAUAAAGUCAACAUUUAGUGGCUGCCACCUAGACACCAACAUUUUUUUUUUCCGUCAGCCAUGUUGUUUGUUAACACUAUGGACCGAACUUCAAAUUAUAAAACAAACGAAAUGAUUUAUCCUUUGUCCAUUUUCUUUGUAUAAUAAUUUAUGCAUAUUGCAUUUCUGGGUUUGUGAUUUCGAAAAGUCCUUGCAAUAAAUUAUUUUGUAUGUGUCUUUCUGCCAGCUUUUUGUGUAGCAUAUUUAAAUUGAAACUAGGCAAAGGCUUUACUUGCAUGUCACCCUUAAAGUACACAGGGUAACAUUGAGUGCUACAGAGAUUUUGGGGUAUGCUGACGAGUGUUUUGUAGUAGUAGACUCAUCCGAGCUGGAAUGAUUAGUUGUUUAUAGCUGUAUGUUUCCGCCUUUCCAUCAGUGUAGUAACUUAACUAGUAAAUCCAUUGACCGUGAGGAGUACAGGCAGCUGAGACAAGAGAUGUCAUUGUAGACAAAGACAUCAAAAAUUGUUUAAAUGAGACCUAAAUGCAUUGUUACAGCAGAUUCCCAAUGGAGAGGCAUUCAAUUUACUAUUUCAUGUUCACUUGGUCCUAUCUCAUGAAGGAAUUGUAGCAGAAACCCCCCCAAGGGUAAACAGAGUGCUUUUAACUAGAUGUCCAUGGGGGCAUAAUGUACUACAUAAAAUCACACAUAACCUACACUUUGAUUCAGAUGCGUCAACCCUCAUUUGAAAUUGUUUGUGGCAGAUGAGCAGGUGUCUCAGCUCCAUACAACAAACAAAAAACCUUCUAUAGCAAAUACCACAAAAAUGUAACAAUAAAACUAAAGUGAACCACAGUGUCAUUGCAACACUUUACUAUUAAUGAGGUAGUUAACACAAAAAUUGCAAACAAAAUUAUUAGGAUCAAUGAUCAGUUCUUCUUAUAUUCCAGUUGGUUUGUGGUAAUCAAGAUCUGCUUAAUAUUUAUUUGCAUUUCAGAUUAUAUUGCAUAUAACGCUCGGACUGCUUUCCGGUCUCACCUGGUAUAUGAACAUUUUAUUAUUUAACUAAGUUAAAACGCUUGCUUUUGUAGCUGGAUUUUAUUAAAAAUAAAGAAUGUGGUCAGUUGAGAGAUGCUAAAUUUCCGAAGAAUGUUUUUUUUUUUUUUCUAAAAUAUUGGUCAGUGUGAUGUAUGUCUUAAUAUCUGGUGAGCAUGUGUUAAACGCAAAUAUUCAUAUUGAAAAUCUGAUAUUUCAUUGAGAUGACUUAAAGUCUCUUCUGAAUUAAUUUUUCACAAUUUUAUUUACAUUUCAGUGUAGAGAGAAAUAGUAGAAAAGAAGGAUAGACAGAUGCGCAGACCACUAUUAUAUAACCAGGACUGCACUUCACAAAUUCCCUCUCUAUUACUGUGUAAAUACCUUGAAAUAUUUCUUAUAAUAUAUAUUUCUUCUACUUUCCAUUUCUUUCUCUCUCUGGAUCUGUACCUUCAUCUACCUACUGAUUUUCAUCCAUUUUCCUCUCUUUUAAUUAUCACCUAUUUCUUUCUUUUUUCUGUCUCUCUCUCCCUCUAAAGCUAUCUCUUUAUGACUAUCUCUCAACUGCUAUUUUUUCAUUCAUUGCACUAUCUCUCAUGAUUAAAUAGUUGCUAUAACUCUUGGUCCAUAAUCGUUCAUAAACUUAAUUAUGCCCUACUGGGUACUACUAACCAGGUUUCCGCCUUAUUUAAUAAAAGAAAAAAGAAGGAAUAAAAUCCAGCUUCAGUAGAAGUCCUCCUUGCUUGUUUCUACUCCCUGUCUAAUGUCACACCAUGUUCUCUGCGGUCCAAUCAAAUAUUUCUCAAUGAAGCAUUUGAUUGGGCCGUAUACCCUGGCUCACAGUGCCUGAGCCGGAGUGUGGAGGGAGUAAGUGAAGAGGUAGAGAGGGAAGACUUGCUUUUAAUGUAUAAAAAUUGACGGAAGCAGAUAGGAAUAGCAGGGAGUGCAGGUGAGAGAGGACUUUGAAGCUUCUCUUUGCAAGUGCGUUCCCAGAGCUGUUUGCAUGGUUAGAAGCUAAUUACACCAUUUGCCUGGUAGUGCGCACUUAGGGCAGCGGUAAAUUUUGCACAGACUUGACAUUAGACAGUCCAGAACUGACUAUCCUGCUGCCUAUGACAUGUGUUCCCGGGGUGCAACUAGCAAAACUGCAAAUUACUCUUUAUGUGCAGUGUUUCGAAAAGCAGAAGUGGUAUCGGUGGUUGGUUUAACCCUUUAAAGGAGUACGCCAAGCACCAUGGCCACUUCAAUGAUUUGAAGUGGUCAUAGUGCCUAGAGUUUUUAUGUGCAGCAUUUUAUUUCACUGUGAGAUACUGCACAUACAGCCAAGAGAACCUUGACUGACUGAGAUGUAACUCAACCUCUGGCAGCAUGAUGGCCUGUUAUCAGCCAGAACAUAGAGAACAGGAGACCAGGAGCCAGGUGGGGACACAAGUGAGGGGGGAACUCUUACUAAAUGGUUUGGCCGAUUACUGGGAUUAACCCUUUUACACUUCUUUCUUUUUCUUCCUGAAUUCAUAGAUCCCCCCACCCUCUCUCUUUCUCUCGAUCAAUUAUCAUCACUUUCUUUCUCUUUAUCUCUCUCUUUGUGUAUCCCUUAAUCUCUGUCUUUCUUUAUUGUCAUCUCUUCAUUCUCCCUUUCUCUUUGAAUUUACCCACCUGUCCCUCUAUCUCUCUCCCUAUAUCUCUUAAUCAGAGAUACAAUAAUUAUGAGUAGAGAUAUCAAACAUCGUGCUUAGCGCACUUUCAAAAGGUAUCAUCCCUUCCUACUGAUGGAUCAUAAUUCUACGCUGGGCUAGUAAAAUACAAGGCAUCGGCCAUAAAUCAAGAUUUUCUUAAAUGUUCUAUUGCAGUGUCAAAUGGAGUCUUUUAAAUAUAUAUAGUAAAAAAAAAUUAAAUCGCAUUUCUCAUUUUCUCCACUACAUUUUUUGGAAAGUUUCAACACCUGGACUGCUUCAGCUGGGUAUUGUAUGGAAUAUUUAUUUAUGUUGAAGAGAUUACAAUGUAAGGGAAUUCCUCUGAGCACACAAUCUUUCCUGAAACUCACAGUUCUGCAUUUCUGAUUUACCCUUUGCAAAAAGUUCCUUGAAUAAAAUAUUACCCUUGUGAAAUGACAUAAUUUAUCAACAUGCUUAAAACAGGGUUUAUGAUUCACAGCAUAAUGAGGAGAAAACAGCUAACACAUGUUUACAUGCUCCAUGCUCUAUGUAUAUCACUGGUGGCUUAUGUGUCAAAUGAAGUGUUUGUCUCGAUGCAGAUUUUAUUGGGUCCAAGUAACCGGAAUGUCAUCAGUCUGAUACAUUUCUACCAAAGUAUUUCAUAUUUCUAGCUAUAGCAAUGAGGAAUUGCUUCACUGAACAAUUACUGUUACAUAUUGGGUUUUUUUCUGGUGGAGCUUUUGCUAAGUAUUUUUUAUUUUUACGCCAUGAUAUUUUGUGUAAAAUACUAGUAUUGUAUUGACCCCUUCACUACCAAGUUAUUUUAAUUAAAACAUUGCAUAACAUUUAUUUGGGAUGUGGGGCGCAUAGCUUGAUAAUUCAUGCAUUAGAGUUUGUCGCAAAACUAGGUAAUACAAAUAUACAAAAAUAAGUCCCGCACUCAAACUCCCACUACUCCUGGUCGGUAGCAAUGACUAUAUUACACAUCAGCCCCAAUACACAAUAAAAAACAAAGAAAAAAGUUACUUGGGUACUAUCCCAAAUCCCUAUGCACAUUUAAAUAACUGUAGGUUUUUAGUAUCACUCAAGUGGCCACUUGAGUGUAAGCUUACCUGUCAUGUCAAGACUAACUUCUAAAAUAAAAAUAGGUAAGGUUAUACAGUGAGAGCAAGAUAUCACUUCACUUCUUUUUGGAAAACUUAGAAGAAUGGGCAGCUAAGUGCCAGAUCUGAGUUUAUAUAGAUAAAUGUAAAGUUAUGCAUUUUGAUGUGAGGAAUGUACAAGCAAUUUCUACCCUAAAUGUCACUGAGUUAGGGAAAACAGUAUAUGAGGAGGACCUUCAAAUAGUUAGACAACAGACUAAACAACGUGCAAGGUCAUGUAGUAUUUGUUAUACAUUACAAGGGGUAUUACCGUUAUUAACUUAUUUACUAAACAAUGACUUCUACCUGACUUCAGAAAUUGAAAAGGUGGCUUUUGCUUUUUGGUGUGACUAACAUAAUAGUAUAAAUGAAAUAAUAAUAGAAAACCAGUCAAGAGAAGUUUUGACAUUGUCUCCCUUUCACUCACAUUGUGUUGGAGAUGUGAAUUCUAAAACAAAAAUUAAAAUGUGGCAAAGCCAUUAGAGUUUUACUGACUAACUUUCUUAUUCCCACAUACAUAUUUAUUCAGUUGUGGGUAAUGUAUGCAAUAGUGGGUGCAACAACUAUCACAGUUCAUGUCUCCAUAUUACGUGUAGUGAGCUGAUGGCCUUUCAAAACUACCAGAAUUCACCUAAAAUGCCAAUUAACCUGGAUGAUCUGUCUGUCUGGUCCAUUCAACUUCCUUAUCACAUGUGCAUUUUGAUGUAGGUUAAUGUGCAUAUUAUUGCAUAUUAUUGGGUUGGUGAAAUUCAGCAAAAUAGCAUAUCCUGCCCUUGCUUCUGUUCUCACUUCCUAAUCUCCUAGGUGAUUAAAUGGGGAUAACUAAAUUAUAUUCCAGAGGGUCCUCAAUCCCGUGACGUGUUAUAUGUCAACCAUCCCUAUUUUAAAGGAACACCCCAAACACCAUACCCACUAUAGCGUGUUUACUUUUAAAUUGUUUGACUUCUUACCUAGGGUCUCUAGGUGCCUCUACAUCUGACAGAUAGCCGUAAUCUACUCCUGCUGAGGAGCUUCCAUUAGCUCUCUUAAGCUAAGUCCUGCAGUGCACAGCUAGCUUGUUAGCUGAGAUUGCCAACUAAUCACUCUCGGUUUAGAAGCUAAACUGUGGCUUAGCUCAGACAGAGUGCUUCUGGCUCUCUGUCAGCUGUAGUGGAAGCUGGGAGCUGCACCUGGAACACCUCAAGUAAGAUGUCAAUCCAUUCUAAAAUGGUUUGACUACUUCAAAUGGCCAUGUUGGUGCCAGGGCACUCCUGGAUCCAUAACCACUACAUUGCACUGCAGAGUUUGUGGUGCUUAGAGUGCUACUUUAAGUGCAGUACUUAUACAUAUAUGAUAGAUGCUAACCAACAUGGGUAUUAGCAUAAUUAAAAAGUGUGUAGCUUUGUUAAAGCUUUGUUAAAAUGUGUUAAAGAUAAUUAAAACACUAUUUGCAUAUUGUAUUUUGUGCUCAGGGAAGGGUAUCUUAAAUAUAUCAGGUAAUACCCCAAUUAGUUACAUUGUUGCCUGAAUCAUCAUUCUAGAACUGCAAAGUCUAAUUAGUGACAGAUACAUAGAAAAACGUAAUUUUUAGUUUUGAGAAGAGCAUAAUGUGAUAAUAUGAGUACAAUAACAGCCCCAACUAUAAUGUUAAUGAUGAAAAUAAUUGCUACCUGUUAAACUUUCUGUCUUAUUUUCCUUUACAUUUGUUUGGUGGCCUUUAUACAUUUUGAUGUUUUUUUAUUUCAUUUUAUAGGGUGCCAAUGCUCUUGUUACAUACACAAUCAUAAGUGGUGCAGAUGACAGCUUCCGCAUUGACCCAGAAUCUGGAGACCUGAUAGCUACAAGACGCCUUGAUAGAGAACGCCGCUCUAAAUAUUCCCUGCUAGUAAGGGCUGAUGAUGGUCUUCAGUCCUCUGAUAUGAGAAUAAAUAUCACAAUAAGUGAUUUGAACGAUCACAUUCCAAAAUUCUCAAGGGCUGUCUAUUCUUUUGAUGUAGCAGAAGAUACCAUUCCAGGUAAGAGAAAUUUAAAUGAUCUCUCUCUCAUUCUUUUCAUCUAAAUCUCCAAAAAUGCUGCACAGAAAUAAUGGUAAUUGUAGUUAAAAUACAAAAGUAGACAAAACAGAGGAAAACAAAAUAUGUGUGAAAUGUGAAUAUUAUCUGCCUUCAUGUUAUAUAAGGACCAUAAUCACUACAGCUUUUUAUAGUGGAUAUAGGGCUAAAAGUAUUUGGGCAUUUCACUCCCAGUAUGUAUUAAACUCAUUGUGCGCUGUUGACAAAAAAUGGGGCAUAUCAGCUAUUGCAGAAACUGACUUCUUCAUUAGUCCAUUUGUUUUUCAGUAGCAGUGAUAGGCUGAAAUCAAGUUCUUGUCCCUUAACUACUACAAUGAGCUGCCCCUUCAAUUAUGGAUGGAUUUUAAAUGAACAGUAGAACAAAAUCUGAUAAAUUAUUGGGGGGGAUGGUGUGGAGAAUCCCUGCACAAAUAGAGUUGUUAAACUACUCCGGUGCACUUUGAAUCAAUAAGUGUUAUCAAUAAGAGGUAGACAGUUGUACUUGACCCUUAUAUUACCACUAUGGCAUAUUAAAACAGUGUCAGGUGGCCUUGUCAUUUCCAAAGUUGCCUAGCAUAAUAUUAAUAAUACGUAAGCUAAAAUAAUAUUAGCACAUUGCAAUUGUCUUCUAUUAAAAUGAAGCCGAUAACAUAAAGUUUCUACCAAGAUGAAGGUUAUAGCCCAGACGAUUACUCUAUACAUCUUUUUCUGUUUUUUUUUUUUUUUUUAUAUCUUUUAUGUCACCUCCAAUAACCAUUACCACUACAAGACAACAACUGCACAGCAUUAUUGGAUAUUGUUUUAUUUUUAUUGUCAUUAUUUGGGGAGGUGGGACACAUCAAAUCACACAUAAAUCUUAUUUUCUGCUUUUUCUAAACUUUGUUCCCCCCUUGUGUAUUGGUGAAAGGUGUGUGAGUACAGCAUUAGUAAUAGUCGCAUUUGCUUAUCAAAUAAUUUAUCAAACAGACCGUACUAGAAUGCUCUAGAUAACACGUGAAUGAUUAUGUAAGAUAGAGUUGAGACAGAAGGAUGUGAUAGACUAAAGUUGAAGACAGAUGAAUUCUAGAGAAGUUGCUAUCAGAAAGGUGGGAAUGAUGAAUGAUAGAUGGUAUUGGGUGAGAGAUGGAACAGAUGGAACAGAUGAAAGUAUUGUGACGCACAGAAGGGCAAGGUGGAUUGAAAGAAGGUAAUUAAUGGAAAAAAGUGGUCAUAAUACACAGUAUAACUUGUCUGAUUGUCUGCAAAGAGAAUGCUUUCAGGCAACGUAUGUCUACAAAUAUCCCAUAAAGUUAGAAAUUCAAUAGCAUCCAAAAUUUAAACAAUGUGUUUGCUUUAGAUGGUUAUUGCCGUCUGAUUAACAGGGUUAAUUUUAGUUUUUCAUAACACAGCACUAUCACUAUUUUUAUUAUGAUGCAUUUAUUGUUUCUGUUUGUUCCCAGGUUCCAUAGUAGCUGCAAUAUUAGCCACGGACGAUGACUCCGGUGUUAAUGGCGAAAUCACCUACACAGUGAGCGAUGACGAUGAAGAUGGCAUGUUCUUUCUGAAUCCUGUUACAGGGGUGUUUAACGUAACCCGUGCAUUGGAUUAUGAAAUACAGCAGUAUUAUAUUCUUACUGUGUGUGCAGAAGAUGGGGGAGGGCAAUCCUCAUGUGUAAGGGUAUAUUUCAACAUUUUAGAUAUAAAUGAUAACCCUCCAGUCUUCAGUUUGAGUUCCUACAGCACGUCUGUGAUGGAAAAUGUACCUCGUGGAUCAACAAUUCUCACAUUUAAUGUCACAGAUGCUGAUGAAGGUAUGUGCCUUUUUUAUUGUAUAAACAUAUAACAAAACACAUUGAAUGCAAUAAAUAGUGACAAUGAUAUUUAUGUUCAUGUCCCAAGUUGUUACAAAGGGCAGAGGCACGUAAAAAUGAAAGGCUCAUAUAAACUGGCACAUUUUCUACUCUCCAACAAGGAUUUUGUUUCGGCAAGAUUUAUACGUUCUUUCUUUAUGUAUUUUUUUCACAUUCUUAUAAGUAAUAAUCCAAAGCAGAUGAGUCUGGUGAGGUUAUAACUUUCUUAUUUAUACCUUACAUCUAUCACUGCAUUACAUAAGUGUAACUCAUUGUAUAGUUAGACCUCUAUUAAAAAGCAUAGGUAUAGAAAACAAAAUCGUGAGAAAACUAUAGAGUUAGACCUCUAUUAAAAAGCAUAGCUAUGGAAAGAAAACCAUCAGAGUUAUGUAUUAAAACAGUAACUGGCCAAAGAUUUGCUCUUUAAGGCUAAGAUAACAGAACUUAAAAAAUAUUCAAUUCGACUAUCAUUUUAAAACUUUGCUAUGUUGAUAUAAAAUGUGUAGUUCCUUUGUCAAUUUUCUGUUUAGUGAAUAAUCUUCAGUUUUAUUUACUAAUCUGUGAUUUUUCAGAAAUAGGCAAGAAGUUUCAAAUUAUAAUUCAGAAUAACCAUACUAGGACAUCUCUCUCUCUUUCUCUGUAGAUACCUGUAGGAGUUAUUUACUAAAAAGCAAACUGUUGAAUUCCUCCUUGAAAAAAAUAAUAGAAUUGGAAAAUAAUAUCUUGCUUAGCCAAGCUACAGAAUGUGAUUACCUCUGCUAUUUUUUUCUCAGUAGUCCACUAAUCACAAAGUACAACUGGGAGCUUUGUCCAUAGAACCUUUAUAUUAUAUGAUAUUUUCACAUGCAAUGAAAUGCACCUGAUAAUGUAUACAACUACACUCUCCCGUGAAGGUUUGUGCACAGUUUGGAUUUGUAGUAAAUGUGCCAAGGUGGUGGUUGACAGGAUAUACUUUCAUAUACAAGCCAUUCCAGUUUCAAAUUAAUCUUUAAUUCACUACGUGAAAAAACACAGUGUUUGGACAUCAUUGUCGUCAUUGGAGCAUGUUAAAGACAUAUGCCUAAUGUGUCCAUUUCUGCAGAAUACAUUAAUAUUAAAUCAACCUAGGAGGCAAAAGCUGCAGUCAAUCUGAAAACCUGAGUCUGCUUAUUUACAUUUUGCUGUAUGGAGAAAACCCAGCAUUGCAUAUCUACAAUGUUCACACUAAUUCUUCUUCCAGGGAACUGUUUGUUCAACAAACCUCAACUCGUAUAUUAACCUAUUCACUUUCAGGCAUGUAAAACAAGGAUGCUUGGAAAAACGAACAAAUAUGCAGUUGUUUUUUUUUUACUUUGUUUUGGGAAAAUAAGCAGGGCUAAACUAGUAAUAGUUGGGUUUUGAUCAGUUAAAUGUACAUUUGCAGCCAUGCCAGCCAACCUGCAAAUAAAUAGCAAAGUUUGAGAAAUUUCUGAAUUUGGCUAUUUUACAUUCUGAAAUUCUCUUGUUUAUAGUUUCUUUCAAUUCCCAUUCAAGUUAUUAACCCUCAAAGUGUUAGUGAAUUUAUGGUAAUAUAUGGUUUCAUUUUUCUUUCCAUCUGUUUAAAAGGAUAAGGAAUAUAUAUACACUCAAAUCCAGUCAAGUGGAGCCUUCACUCCAUGUUCUGACUUUGGACAUCCUCACACUUUGCAUCCCAAUAUAAAAACAUUUUGUUAAUGCUUUCCUAUGGGAAGGAAUAAAGCAGGCACAUUGCACACCAGGCGUGUUAGGUUCCCCCAUCAGCGUGACUUUGAAGGAGUAGAAGACUGAUCCAGCUCUGAGGGAAUACAGUUACCUAACACUAUAGGGUUCCUUUAAGCAGAGAUGGGAUAGUAGCAACGUGCUCCUACAAGUGUAACUAGUCAGCAAAUUACAAAUCACAGAGUUGUAGCUGAAUCCUAAAGGCAAGCCAUGUAAGUUGGUUAAAUUAACGAUACUAGGAUAGAUACUCCCUAUGUUUUAUCUUGAAAACUUCUAUAGGGAAAAAAUCGUUUGGCAUCAUUGAGCUGUCAACAGUUACAAAUGUUAAAAUACAUCAUGUGCAGUAGCAGGAUGCAGAAUCUUUUGGAAUCACUCCAUACUAACCAGUGGGGUUUAAUAAUACUGUCUGCCUACCCCUACAAUCCCUGCGUGGUGGGAUGUGGUUUAAUAUUGAAGAGUGUUAGUAUCAUAGAAACCCACCUUGACUUUACCCUUUUCGUGAGCUCUCACUUUGCUUUUCGCUCCAUGAGCAGUGAAGUGACAAUACAUACAGUGGGGAAUAUUGUUUUCUAUGUUUUGAGAUGGGGCAGUGAAAUUAUGGGAUACAGGAUAUACCAUUCCUGACCCUUUGAAUGUGAGUACAAUGGGUGCUGUGAAAUAGGGAUCCUUGAUCUUUGUGACAAUAUUAAGGCCAACUUCCCCACUGUAGAUAAAGUUCUAGAGAACUGCUCAUUUCCCAUUGCCAAACCAAUGGAUACUUAAAUAAGUAGCACUACAAAAAGCAGUAACACCUUAAUAGGUAACAAUCCAAAUGCACAACUACAGUUAAAGAUCUUAAUAAAAACAUUUUAUCAAGUGGGAUAAAAAUGAUAUACAAGCAGCAACAGUAUGACAUUGUAGGCAAGGGUUGGCAGCAUAAAUUACCAUAACUGAGAGUCCAUAUAUUGGAUCCACGCCAAAUCCAAUUGUCUGAAACCUUGCUGGGUCUGUGGAACACCUGUAGCCAGGUAAGUUCCCAGCUAGUAUCUCCAGUAGGUAAAGUGCAUAUAAAGUUCCUGCACAAAGUCUGCUCUGUAAAUUGCAGACGAGAGCUCAACUUACUGACACCAGAGUACUUUUUCUGCUGACCCACAUUAAAAUAACACUGCAGUGUGAUCUGUCCUAGUGCAUCUGGUCACUGCCAGAAAGGUUGUGUCCAGAGUGUCCUUCUCAACGCAUUCUGUCUAGUUGGACUUUCUCAAGAUGGACAUAUUAAUAUCUAAAUGCUCCUUCCAAUCAGGGUCCAAGAGGGAGAAUUUAAAGUCAUUUUCACUCAUCUAAGGUGUAGACCACAAACUUCUUUGCAAAAUGACCGGGUGCAAGGUUAGACAAAGAUAUCUUUUGAUCUUCCUACCAGUCCACAGAGCUGCAGAGCAACCCAUCUGCUGCAGUAAAAUAGAGUGUGCUAUAUUAUUAAAUAUAGGAUAUAUACCAUCCUAUGAUAAUUCCAGUAUAUUAUAUGCUCAUCUGAACUCACUGUUGUCAUAAGUGUUUUCUCUACUGUAACUGUACAGUAUAAAAAUUGCAGCUGUACACUUUUAAUGUUAUCUCUUUAACCUUUCCCUCUAUCUUUAGUACCUGUGUAAUGUGGUUUAUACUGUAAUCAUACAAGUUUCCUGAACACUGGCCUUCAUAGUACUACACCCUUCCCAUUCAUGAUAGGCAAUGAUUAAUGCCUUCAGGAAUCUACACAAAAGAACUCUCUGCUAUUCAGGAAGCAUCCACGUAUACAAGUCAUGAAUAUUUACAACAAUGAUAUUCCAAGUUUAAUUCCAGGGAAAAGCCUCACAGCAGCUUGCUGGUGCCUACUGUGGUGUUACAAAUCAGUAACCACAUUAAUCUCUCUAUGUCGCCCUACUGCACACAUUCUCUAUUUAUCUUUUUUUACAAACGCUAUGUGCUAUUAUAUUUUCAUGCUCAGAAAUUGCCUUUUUUUCUGCAGUGGAGAAAAAGUAUAAUUUCAAUGUAUAUUACUUUUGCAGAAAUAUAUUGAUUGUCAGUAGAUAAAUGUUUUUAAUAGAAGCAUUGAUUGCAUUAAGCUUUUUAUUGAUUUAAGUUUUAUUGGUCUAAUAUACUGCUUCUACUUGAAAUUUGAGGAUAUGGCAAUUUGAAAGUGGACCUGCCAUGUGCCAAAUGUUGUUUUUUAUUUUAUUUUAUUUUUUAUUAUAACAGAUGCCUCAAUUUAAUAUGUUUGGAUUAGCUUUGCAAAUGAUUUAUUAUUUUUAUUAUUUACUACUUUUUAAAUAUAAAAAAUAUAUAAUAAAUUAAAAUAAAUAUAUAUAUAUAUAUAUAUAUAUAUAUAUAUAUAUAAAAAUAUAUAUAUAAAAUAUCAAAAAAAAAUUUCAUAAUUGUAAACAAAUAUUGUUUGAGAAAGCUUAUCUAAAAAUAUAAAAUCAAGGCCAAAGUUACAACUUAUAACAAUGAAUCUGUACUUUCUUCUAUUCACAUUGCUAGAAAAUAUAUUGAUUACAAAUAUUAUCUAAAGAGAUAAUUAACCAGCCAGUUUGGCAAGAACUAUGUUGUAGACAUUAAAAAUGAUUUGCUGUAUUUUGAUACCAAGUUAUAUCAUCAGGGCAGAUAUACAUUAAAUGUAUUAUAAUAUGCAAUGAAUAUAUUCACAAUAGCAUAUAUUUUUUUUAAAUCUUUCUCUAGACAAGUUGACAAGCAUUCCAAACAAUUAGCCUAAUUGAUUCUCUAGCAAAAUCUAACUAGCAUUCAGGCCAGUUUAAAUCUUUCCUAAACCCUAAAGCUGCUUUUAUUAAUCUGGCCUUGUGUGCUUUGCCCAGGAACCUGACAAUGCUUUGUAAUAGAUUCUCUUCUCGUAUUACUUGUAUUACUAUUUAAUUAUGAUUAUGUUAUAAUAACACAGCCUGUAUCAAAAUACAUAAUAUAUCAUACAAGAAAGAAAAUGUACAUGGAAAAAAGAUAACUGUUAGUAUGUCUGCAGUUAUAACCUAUUAAAUAGGAAAUACUCUGCAGCUCUUACCAGUUAUCCUUACAGGUACAGACAGUGAUGUAUAUAUGUUUCUAUGCCUUCACUAAUGCCCCCAUUCCCACAUAGUUUGCAGGCUCAAACUUAUCCAACUAGCCAUCCACUUAGUAUGCAUUCAUACAAAGACACACAAUCACACAUAUAAGACAAAAAAUCAUAUACAGUAUCACAUACAUACAUUGACAAACAUGCACAAUAAGAUACAUACAUGCAUAGGCACACUAUCACACACAGUCAUACACAUACAUACACAGACAUACAAUAACACAUAUAUAUUUAAUCACUAUCACACACGGCCAUACACAUACAUACAUACACAGAUACAAUUGCACAUAUACAUUGAAUCACUUUCACACACAGUCAUACACAUAAAAAGACAGACAUACAUUUACACAUAUACAUUGAAUCACUUUCACACAGUUAUACACAUAAAAAGACAGACAUACAAUUACACAUAUAUAUUGAAUCACUUUCACACACAAUCAUACACAGACAUACAAUUACACAUAUACAUUGAAUCACUAUCACACACAGUCAUACAUAUACAUACACAGACAUACACUUACACAUAUAUAUUGAAUCACUUUCACACACAGUCAUACACAGACAUACAAUUACACAUAUACAUUGAAUCACUAUCACACACAGUCUCAAACAUAUGUAGGUAUAUAGACACACACACACCUAAACCGAGUCACAUACAGGGCCGGAUUAACAUAGGGGCUGAUGGAGCUGCAGCUCCAGGCCCAGGCCCAGGCCCAUGGAAUAGGCCCAUUGAUUUAAAAAAAAAAAAAAAAACACACUUUUCACACACUUCUUUUUUCACACUUUUAUUUACUUUUAGGGAUUCCACAUGGCUUUUAUUUUAUUGGCACAGCCAGUAUUUGAGGCUGCCUGGCUGGUGCCAAUAUUGCAGUGAUACUGGCAAAAUAAAUGCUGGUAUUUUUCUCAGUAUAAAUGGAGAUUACUCUGCAAUACCAGCACUGGCCAGUAGAGGUCGCUGUGUAUGUCGAGACAGGCAGGGAUAGGAAGUUCCAGCAUAUCCCUCCCUGCCUAUCUAUACUCACUGAUCUGCAAGGGUGCAGCUACAGAGAGUCCAGACAGCAACUACCACCCUGCAGAGACAGCCUACAGCUCAGGGAAGUAAGGGAUGGGGGAAAAGGCUGCAAGGAGACAUACACUGAGACACUAAGGGGCACUGGGAGACAUUAUGGCAGACACUGAGCCACUAAGGGACAUUGGGAGACAGUAUGGCAGACACUGAGACACUAAGGGACAUUGGGAGAUAUUAUGGCAGACACUGAGACACUAAGGGACACUGGGAGACAUUAUGGCAGACACUGAGACACUAAGGGACAUUGGGAGACAUUAUGGCACAGACACAUGGGGACAUAGUGUCCCCAUGUCUCCCAGCCAGUGUCCCUGGUGUCUCAGUGCCCCCUAGUCUCCCAGUGACCCCUAGUCUCCCAGUGCCCACAGUCUGCCAGUGCCCACAGUCUGCCAGUGUCUCACUAUCCCCAUGUCUCCUAUUGCCUCAAUGUCUCUCAGUGCCUCAAGUGUCACAAUGUCCCCAAGCUAGUGUUCCUAGUGUCUGUGGCCCUGGUGUCUCAGUGUCCCCAUGUCUCCCAGUGCCCCCAUGUCUCAAUGUCCCCAUGUCCCCCAGUCAGUGUCUCUAGUAUCUUUGUCCCUGUUGUCUGUGUCCCCAUGUCUUCAAGUGUCCCCUAUUUUCCCAUUGUCCCCAUGUGUCCCCCUAGUCUCCCAGUGUCACUGGUGUCUCCUUGUCCCUAGGUCUCCCCGUGUCCCCAGGUCUCCCCGUCUUCCUAGUGUCCUAGUGACAUGGGGACCCUGGGAUACAUGGGGACACAGGGAGACAUGGGGCAUUGAGACACUGAUACAUAGGAUCACUGGGAGACCUGGGGACACAACAUUAGGGGACACUGGGAGACAUGGGGCACUGAGACACUGAUACAAAGGAACACUGAGACCUGGAGUAAUCGACACAUGGGGGCACUGAGUCAUGAGGGCACUGGGAGACAUGGGGGCACUGGGAGGAAUCCAUCCAUACAGCAGAUUUAAACUAAGUAGUUUUUUGGUGAUUUUACAGCAUUUUCUCUUAUGUCACUCCUUGUGAUUUACAUCAUGUGAUGUCACCCACACAUAUUUAAUUAUGCAAAUUAGUAAGGCCGGUAUGUUUUUCCAAGAAAGGUGGCAACCCUAACUACUUUUCACAUACUCUUACUUAAGUAUGGAAACUUAAGAGGGAUGUAUGGGAGCAACAUUUGUGUGGACUGGCUGACAAUGAAUAUAGGUAAAGAAACACUAUAGUCUCCAGAACAACUACAGCUUAUUGAAUUUGUUCUGGUGAGUAGAAUCAUUACCAUCAGGCUUUUUGCUGUAAGCAUGGUCUUUUCGGAGAAAAUGCUGUGUUUACAUUACAUACUAGUGAUAACUUCACUGGCCACAUGACUGUUAGAGAUCCUCCCUGGGUCAUGGCUGCCUAAAAUGCAUCCAAACAUUCAGUAUCUCCUCCCCCUGCAUGCAGACACUGAACUUUCCUCAUAGAGAUUCAUUAAUUAAAUUCAUCUAUAUAAGGAGAUGCUGAUUGGUCAGGGCUGUGUUUGAAUCAUGCUGGCUCUGACCCUGAUCUGCUUCUUUGUCAGUCUCAGCCAAUCCUAUGGGAAAGCACUGUGAUUGGAUCAGGCCACCACUUCUAAUGAUGUCAGCAGACUGCUUGUUUUUAUGAGCCUAACAGCAUGCAGAGUUACAGCUUCAGGCUUGAAUAUAGUAGGAUUUUGCUAUAUUUAUGGAGGCAUGUGGGGCCCAGGGGGCUAGAUGGUGGUGUUAACACUAUAUGGUCAUGAAUUCAUGUUUGUGUUCCUGACCCUAUAGUGAUCCUUUAAGGUAAUGCUGACUUUGGUCUCUCUAACACUGUGGCAUGUUCCCUUUCUUCUACACUCACUACAUACAGCUUUUCUCUGUCCCAGACCAUAUACCAGGAGCUUCUGCCUGCUAGUAAGAAGGUUAGGAGACAAGUGGACCAGCGAGUGCUAGGGGACAGUCCUUAGAAAGCGUUGAGCGAGCGCAUCAUUAGAUGCAUUUAUGCCAAGCUCAGGGUGCUGUCUGCAUAGUAUGCCCUUUGUUGGCCAGCUGCAUGAUUGGCAGGCAGCCUGACAUGCAUUCAUGCCAGGCUGGCCUUCUAAUUCUUUGAGCAGACAUGUCCUCUUUUUGGGCAUGUUCGCCCCUUUUGGCAGGUUACGUGAUUUGUGUCAGUGGCACACCCUUUUACCAUGCCCAUUGACUUCCUGCUUGACUGGGCACUGCUGUUAGGGGUUAUGGAUUACUUGAAAGAUGAAAACAUAAAUUAGAGAGAGAUUAGCCUAGGGUAUGUGUUUUCUUAUAGCUGCUGUUUUCUUUCUCUCCAGCACCAUCUCCAUCUCCAUCAGAUACAUGAUGCUUGGGAGUGCUUUACUGUUUUUGGUCGAUAUGAUUCUGUAAUUAGGCCCGUCAUAAUUGUCAGCACCAGGCCCACUGGGCUCUUAAUCUGGCCCUGGUCACAUACUCACACAAAAACUCCCUCCUCAUCCCUAGCUAACCUUAGUCAGAGCUAUAGAGGGGUGAGGAGAUGGAUCAUAAUUAUUGAAGAUCAGGGUGUCUAGUGGGAGGAAGCAGGAGACCUAUGCAUUGGCUUGCACAGAAUUUCCUGCUCCCACCACCCAUGUCAGUGGCCAUUUAAAAAAACUUGGGGUGCCAGUUUCUCACUUCACGCUCAGUGCCUAGCCUUGCAGAGUAACUUCCAAUUCACAAACCUAUCUUUUGCUCUCUUUUAAAAGGCCACAUUCCACGCUAACCUCCAGUUGUGCUACUUUCCCACCUCAUUGCUUGGUUGCUAUCCCCCACUACGCCCUCCUAUUGUGUUUUUAUACUCCACCUCAUCUAGAUUGUAAUUUAAUUUUUUGCAGGGUCCUCAUCAACCUAUUGUUCCUGUAUCAUUUUGUAAUUGUCACAUUUAUUGUAACGUUUCACCCUUUAUAAUAUUGUAAAAUGCUGCGGAAUAAGUUGGCGUUAUGUAAAUGCAAAUAAUAAUAAUAAUAAUAGUCAUGAUGCAAUGCAUCACAUAAGAUGCCAAAAAUAGUGGAAGAUAAAACAAUCCUGGUACCCCCUACAUUCUGACACAGUUGGCCCAGAUCUACUUAGCUUAGGCCAAUGUACAUCCCUGGGUGUAGAGUACAUUAUCUGUUUAAAAACCCCUUAAGGACACAUGACAUGUGUAACAUGUCACGAUUCCCUUUUAUUCCAGAAGUUUGGUCCUUAACAAAGCAAACAACUAAUUCAAUGUACUCUAUUGCCUUAUCUGUUUAUCUGCUGUCCACCCAACAAUGUAUUUUAUAGUUCUAUUUAAAGAGAGGAUUUAAAUGUAUUUUUACUAUUACUGAAGAAUAGCCAUGAGUGUUUGUAAAAGCUUUCAGUCUAUAUUUGUGUAUCUCAUAAAAAUCAUGUUUAAUUUGCUUGUUUUUAAAAAUUCUAAUCAAAUACUUUAGAAAGAUUGUGUGUUGAAAAAAAAGGAAAAUAACAACAAAUAGAAACUGAACUUAAUUUUUGAAAAUAACCAGGCGAUGCUGGGGCAUGUAGCUUAGUUCUCUUACUAUGGUUUUUAUAAAGUCUAAUCAUGGACAACAACAUCAAGUAAUAUAUAACAUCCAUACCACUGAUUUUAUUAAAUCCAAAUUUGUUGAUUUCUCUUUAUACAUUAUGUAGGAAUAUUUGUACAAAUUUGGAACGACAUCAAAGACACAUUUUUUUUUUACCAGAUGCUUCACAGCCCCAGUUUAUCUUUUUACUCAAAAGGAAUCAUAUAAACGUAUGAAAAAAUGAAAAAUCUUAUUAGAGGAUUAUUUACUAAAGAGUGGAUACAUAUAAACAUGAAAACAAAACGUGGUAGUAAAAAUGUCUGUGGUCAGAGGGUCGAAAAGGGCAUGAACCCGGGUAUAUUGUACAUGUAAAUAUAAUUUAAAAAAUGAAACCAAACUAUAUACACUAGAAAUGUAACUGAUUGAGGACAUUUUCUGACUCUGCUUGUUUGUAAUAUUUUAUAGAUAGUCGUUAAGUCACUUUGAAUCACAAAACUCCAAAGUGUAUUUUGUUUUUGUUAAAUAUAUUAUUUCGGGGGAUGAGUCAUUAAACAGUGAAUUGGUAAAUAAAUAGAUCUCAAAGUUAAAUAGUUAUUUAUAUUAUAUUAUUGUUUUUUUUCUUUCUAUGCAGGCUUGAACUCCAAGUUAUUUUAUAGCAUAUCCUCUGGAGAUAGCAUGGGCCAGUUUCAAAUUACCAAUAAUGGUGCCUUAGUCAUUCGUCAGUCCUUAGAUCGGGAAAGCCAAUCAUUCUACAGUCUAGUGGUUCAAGUUCAUGACUUGGCCCCUGCUCAUCUGACAAGAUUCACAAGCUCAGUUGAAGUAUCUAUCAUUUUGUUGGAUGUAAAUGAUAACGCACCAAGCUUCGUGUCCCCAAAACUGACUUAUAUUCAAGAGAACACUCCCACAGACACCAUUGUAUUCAGAGCACAAGCUACUGAUCCAGACAGUGGCCCAAACUGUUACAUCCAGUAUUCUUUGCUUAGUUCUCUGGGAAACAAAUUUACCAUUGGAAAUAUUGAUGGUGAAGUGCGUUUAAUUGGGGAACUGGAUCGUGAAGACGUUUCCAAUUACACCUUAACUAUUAUAGCUAAAGAUAAAGGAGAACCAUCCCUUUCUUCCAAAAUGGAUGUUGUAGUCAUAGUACUUGACAUCAAUGAUAAUAACCCUAGCUUUUCCCAAAAUGAAUAUAAAAUUGAAAUUAGUGAAAACACUUUAACUGGAACUGAUCUCAUUCAAGUGAUUGCUUCAGAUGCAGAUGAAGGUGUCAAUGGUAUGAUCCGCUACUCUAUCAUUGAUGGAAAUCCAAGUGGUGAAUUUAGGAUUGAUACAGUAACAGGAGUAAUCUCAAUUACCAAACCAUUGGAUCGGGAGAGAAAGUCAUCUUACUCACUGACCAUCCAGUCUUCGGAUCGAGGAAGUAACCCUCGCACUGAUACAGCGACAGUCAACGUUCUUUUGUCUGAUAUAAAUGAUGUCGUUCCUAAAUUUGAAUUAUCACCAUAUUCAGUCAAUGUUCCAGAAAAUUUAGAGAGGUUGCCAAAAAUUAUCCUUCAGGUCAGUAAAUUAAACAUUUUAUUUUAUAGAACAAUUAAAAGAAAUGAUUAUGAGGAGGCAAUGCUAGUCUUUAUUGAGGGGAAUUGUAUAGCCAUCCUGUAACUAUCUAGAUUUCCUCUACAUAAUGCAUUUAUCUUGGUUAUAUAUAUAUAUGAUAUGAAUGGUUAAAGUACUUAAUUAGUGGGAAUUACAUGUGACUACUUCAAUAGUUGUUGUAAUUUGCAUACAAGUGUGUUAUGCAUUACUUUUGUCUGACUAAUACAAGAUAAGGGAAAAUGAAAAAUAUCUCCAUCUCAGAUGAAUUGUGCCAUCAUCUCAUUAUUUAGUUAAUACUUUCUUAUGGUAAUAAACAUAGUCAGAAUCUUUAAUAUAACAUAGAAACAUAGAAACAUAGAAACAUAGAAUGUGACGGCAGAUAAGAACCAUUCGGCCCAUCUAGUCUGCCCAAUUUUCUAAACACUUUCAUUAGUCCCUAGUCUUAUCUUAUAGUUAGGAUAGCCUUAUGCCUAUCCCACGCAUGCUUAAACUCCUUUACUGUGUUAACCUCUACCACUUCAGCUGGAAGGCUAUUCCAUGCAUCCACUACCCUCUCAGUAAAGUAAUACUUCCUGAUAUUAUUUUUAAACCUUUGUCCCUCUAAUUUAAGACUAUGUCCUCUUGUUGUGGUAGUUUUUCUUCUUUUAAAUAUAGUCUCCUCCUUUACUGUGUUGAUUCCCUUAUAUAUUUAAAUGUUUCUAUCAUAUCCCCCCUGUCUCGUCUUUCCUCCAAGCUAUACAUGUUAAGAUCCUUUAACCUUUCCUGGUAAGUUUUAUCCCGCAAUCCAUGAACCAGUUUAGUAGCCCUUCUCUGAACCCUCUCUAAGGUAUCAAUAUCCUUCUGAAGAUACGGCCUCCAGUACUGUGUACAAUACUCCAAGUGAGGUCUCACCAGUGUUCUGUACAAUGGCAUGAGCACUUCCCCUCUUUCUACUGCUAAUACCUCUCCCUAUACAACCAAGCAUUCUGCUAGCAUUUCCUGCUGCUCUAUUACAUUGUCUGCCUACCUUUAAGUCAUCAGAAAUAAAUCCCUUUCCUCAGAUGUUGAGGUUAGGACUCUAUCAAAUAUUCUGUACUCUGCCCUUGGGUUUUUACGUCCAAUAUGCAUUAUCUUGCACUUAUCCACAUUAAAUGUCAGUUGCCACAAUUCUGACCAUUUUUCUAGUUUACCUAAAUCAUUUGUCAUUUGGCUUAUCCCUCCUGGAACAUCAACCCUGUUACAUAUCUUAGUAUCAUCAGCAAAAAGACAUACCUUACCAUCAAGACCUUCUGCAAUAUCACUAAUAAAAAUAUAUAUAAAGAGAAUGGGUCCAAGUACAGAUCCCUGAGGUACCCCACUGGUGACAAGUCCAAGCUUCGAAUAUAUUCCAUUAACUACAACCCUCUGUUGCCUGUUACUCAGCCAUUGCCUUACCCAUUCAACAAUAUUUGAAUCCAAACUUAAAGAUUGCAGUUUAUUGAUAAGCCUUCUAUGUGCAACAGUGUCAAAAGCCUUACUGAAAUCUAGGUAAGCAAUGUCUACUGCACCACCCUGAUCUAUAAUUUUAGUUACCCAAUCAAAAAAAUCAAUAAGAUUUGUUUGGCAUGAUCUCCCUGAAGUAAACCCAUGUUGUCUCUGAUCUUGAAAUCCAUGUGUUUUAGAUGUUCAUCAAUCCUAUCCUUUAACAUGGUUUCCAUCACUUUCCCUACUACUGAAGUAAGGCUUACUGGCCUAUAGUUGCCCGACUCCUCCCUAUUACCUUUCUUGUAAAUGGGCACAACAUUCGCUAACUUCCAAUCUUCUGGGACUACUCCUGUUAACAAUGAUUGGUUAAAUAAAUCUGUUAAUGGUUUUGCUAGUACACCACUAAGCUCUUUUAAUAGCUUUGGGUGUAUUCCAUCAGGUCCCAUUGACUUAUUUGUCUUUACUUUUGACAGUUGAAAUAGAACCUCUUCCUCUGUAAACUCACGUGUAAUAAAUGACUCAUUUAUCCUUUUUUUCAACUGAGGUCCCUUUCCUUCAUUUUCUAUCUGUAAAUACAGAACAAAAAUAUUCAUUGAGGCAGUCAGCCUGACCUUUAUCCUCUUCUACAUACCUUCCUUCUUUUGUUUUUAAUCUAACUAAUCCUUGUUUUACUUUUCUUUUCUCAUUUAUGUAUCUAAAAAAUGUUUUAUCCCCCUUUUUUACUGACUGUGCUAUUUUCUCUUCUGUGUGUGAUUUGGAAGCUCUUAUAACUUGCUUAGCCUCUUUCUGCCUAAUCUUAUAGAUCAUUUUGUCUUCCUCACUCUGGGUUUUUUUAUAAUUCCUAAAUGCUAACUUUUUGUUUUUAACUAUUUUGGCCACAUCUGCGGAGUACCACAGUGGUUUCUUGAAUUUUUUGCUUUUACUGACAAGCCUAAUGCAAUUUUCUGUUGCCUUCAAUAGUGCAACUUUUAAAUAAUCCCAUUUUUCUUGGACUCCAUUUAAAUUGCUCCAGUCUGAUAAUGACUCCUCUACCCAUAUUCUAAUUUUAGAAAAGUCUGUUUUUCUAAAGUCUAAAACUUUUGUUUUUGUGUGGUGUGACUCAGUCACUGUUCUUAUAUUAAACCACACUGACUGAUGAUCACUGGAUCCUAAACUUUCACCUACAGUAACAUCUGAUACCAAAUCUCCAUUUGUUAACACUAAAUCUAGUAUGGCCUCUUUACGAGUCGGCUCCUCAACAACUUGCUUUAGAGACAACUCCAGUAGGGAGUUUAGAAUAUGUGUGCUCCUGGCACAAGUAGCUAAUUUUGUUUUCCAAUUUACAUCAGGAAGAUUAAAGUCACCCAUGAUGAUAACUUCCCCUUCAUUGUCAUUUUAGCUAUUUCCUCAACUAGUAGAUUAUCUAACUCUUCAAUUUGUCCAGGGGGCCUAUAAAUCACACCUACACGAGUUACUGUGUGAUUACCAAAUUCUAACGUAGCCCAAACGGACUCUAUGUUUGCCUCACUAACUUUUAUUAGGCUAGAUUUUAUGCUAUCCUUCACAUACAAGGCCACCCCUCCCCCUUUCUUGCCUUCCCUAUCUUUCCUAUAUAAAGAGUACCCUGGUAUUGCUAUGUCCCAGUCAUUUUUCUCAUUGUACCAUGUCUCAGUAACAGCGACUAAAUCUACACUAUCAGUUGCCAUUAUUGCCACAAGUUCAUGGAUCUUAUUCCCUAAACUGCGAGCAUUUGUAGACAUGACUCUAAGCUUAUCAUUUUUAACACACUUGCUACAGGCACCUUCUGUCCUUGUUUUGGGGGACAAUUGGAUUGAUGUUUUAUCACCCUUUUGCCCCCCUCCUAGUUUAAAUACAUCCUAGCAAAACCUCUGAACUGCUCACUGAGAACAUUUGUUCCCUUUUGAGAAAGAUGCAAACCAUCUUUUUUGUACAGCUUAUCUCCAUUCCAAACAGAGCUACCAUGAGAAAUAAAGCCAAAUCCUUGCUCCUGACACCAUUCACCAAGCCACAAAUUAAAGUCCCUAAUACGCAUCCGCCUGUCAUUCUGAGUGUUAUGCACAGGCAGAACUUCAGAGAAUGACAGUGUGGAAGCAACCUGCCGUAUAUCAUUGGCAAAAACACUAAAAACUUCCUUAACCUCUGAAACCUCAUUGCAAGCCAAGUCAUUUGUCCCUAGAUGGACAAGUACAUCCAAUUCCCCUUCCUGCUUUGCUUGCUUAACAAUAUUACAGAUACGUCUCCUGUCUCUGUGAGCACCACAUGAAGGUCUAUGCUGUCAUGCAGUGCAGGGCUCUAUGUUAACAGCAUAGACCAUCAUGCAUUAAACAUUCCAACCUCCUCUUAGUUUAAACCGUUUACAGCUUUAGUUUGGUUGUGGCUGCUGCUUUUGGAGUAUAUCUCAACCACUGUAUGUCUUUUUUGUUUGUAUUUAUCACCUCAAUUUAAAACAGGGAGCCCCAGAUAUUGUUCAUUAGGUUGUGGUCCACCCUGUCAGCUGAAGCUACAAUUAGUGGCCCCAGACUGACAGAUGAGCUAUGUGCAGUACUCAACAUGAGCACUGCGUGUGGCCCUUUAAGUCCCUUUAAAUUGCUGUGGCUAUGGGAUCGCACUCAGAUGCAGCGAUUCAGAGUCUGCCCCUUUAUGAAAGACUAUCCCCGGGUUAUAAAAAUACCCUGGUGAGUUCUCCCUGCAUGUCCCCCUGACAACCUAGUGAUUGGUGUUGGACAUUGCCAGCUGUUCAGCACUAACUAUAGUUUCAGGAGCAGCAGCAUCAGGGGGAGAUAUCACUUACAUUUUGCAAUCACAAUGUACAAAGUGCUCUAUCUGCACCGUGUUAGCUGUGAAAAGGUAUACUUUCAGGGUAUCAUUGCACUUGAGAUCAUAGAAAGUAUACAAAUAUAGGGUGUUUACAGUAGCGAGACACACUUGGUUUGUGAAUUUUCCCAAAAUACAACACGUGUUAAAAAUACGGCAAAAUGUAAUCUUUUGACUGAUGUUUGUGACUGUAUGGUUAAAUGAAAGUGUAAAAAUGAUUUUAGUUACAUUGCCUGGGUGAUAUACUUCCUGCAAAUAUAUACGUUUGUGUAGCGCAGGCAUGUCAAACUCGCAUGCGGCCCACAAUGAACAUAUUUGCGGCCCAUCGAGCCGCGAGUAUAUGCUUUAUGUUAAAGCAGAGUAGGCACUUGCUUUCUCCACAGUGCAGGUGCCUACUCUGCUAAAAUUUACCCGGCCGGAAAGGAAGCAGGAUGCUGGCAGCAGCAAGGGAGCUCAGUCUUCCUGCUCCUCACCUCUCCCUCGCCCUCUGUAGUGAUGCUGGGUGCAGGAAUGUGACGUCAUAUUCCGGCACCCAGCAUCACUAAACUGCACGCAAGGGAGCAGUGAGGAGCAGGAAGGAGAUCUCCAGAUAGAAGAUCCCCACUGGACCCCAGGGAAUGAUGUGAGUGUGUGCAAGAAUGUGUAAAUGUGUGUAUGUGUCUGUCAGUGUGUGUCUGUCAGUGUGUGUGUGUGUGUCUGUCAGUGAGUGUGUGUGUGUGUGUGUCUGUCAGUGGGUGAGUGUGUGUGUCUGUCAGUGAGUGAGUGUAUGUCUGUGAGUGAGUGAGUGUGUGUGUAUGUGUCAGUGAGUGUGUGUGUGUCUGUGUGUCUGUCUGUGUGUCAGUGAGUGUGUCUAUCUGUGUUUGUCAGUGAGUGUGUCUGUGUCUUUGUGUGUAUGUCUGUCAGUGUAUUUCUGUGUGUGUGUGUGUGUCAGUGUGUGUGUAUAUGUCAGUGAAUGUGUGUAUCUCAGUAAGUGUGUGAGUGUCAGUUUGUGUGUGUCAGUGAGUGUGUGUGUGUCUGUGUCUGUCAGUGUGUGUAUGUGUGUGUGUCAGUGAGUGUGUGUGUCUGUGUGUCAGUGAGUGUGUCUGUGUCCGUCAGUGUGUGUAUGUGUGUGUGUCGGUGACUGUGUGUGUCUGUGUGUGUGUGUCAGUGAGUGUGUGUGUAUCUGUGUCUGUCAGUGUGUGUAUGUAUGUGUGUCGGUUAGUGUGUGUGUCAGUGAGUGUGUAUGUGUCUGUGUCUGUCAGUGUGUGUAUGUGUGUGUGUGUCAGUGAGUGUGUUUGUGUCUGUCAGUGAGUGACUCUGUGUGUGUGUGUGUCUGUCAGUGUGUGUGUGUGUCAGUGAGUGUGGGUCAGUGAGUGUGUGUGUGUUGGUCAGUGUUGCGAUGGCCGUGGCUGGACAGUGGAGUACCUGGAGGUGCACAGAGGCACACAACGCCAUGUCACAUUCCGACUUGACAUCGACAUGCUCUAUACCUUCGCAGGGUUUCAAGAAGUAGCGGGAGGAUUCCCUUUGGCACAGGGUGCUGAUGGUGCUAUUUGGGGUAUACCAGAAGCUGGACUCCGGAGUCGCAUACUGGCAGCGGCAAUGGGAGUGGAGUCUGCUUGUUGGCUAGAUGGGGGUGCUGGGAUUUAGUAGAGGGGGGAUGGACUGGGAUUUAGUUUAGGGAGAGGACUGGGAUUUAGUAUAGGGAGAGGACUGGAAUUUAGUAGAAGGGGGUGCUGUAGUUUAGUAGAGGGGGAUGCUGUUUUUUUAUACUCUACUUUUCAAACCUACGUUUUCAUGAAAAUUUAAGUUUUUUGGGGGUUUUUUUCGGCCCACAUAAGCCUAAACCUUGUUUAUUUUUCCCGUGCUAGACUUUGAGUUUGACAUGCUUGGUGUAGAGGUUUUGGAUUCUGUAACUACUAUGAAAGUUGUAAUCAUAGCAUGCCAACAUUUGCAAAGCUUUAAAUUAGUAAUUUACUCCUUACAGUAUUUGAUUUAUAACUUUCAAAAAUCAAUUGCAACCCAGGCACAUUGGGCAUUUUACAAAAUGUGUUUUUGUUUUCCUUUCCUUUCCUUUUUUUUUUUUUUUUAUAUUUUAUUCAUAUUUAAUAUUGUGAUAUAUAUAUAUAUAUAUAUAUAUAUAUACAAUUUUGUAAAUAGAGCUUUCUAUUUAUUUCUAUAUUUGUAUAUAUAUGGAUGGGGUUUUCAAUCACAAUUUUUUCCCCAACGUAACUUUUUUGUUUUUUGCUUCACAAGUACUGCAAAUCCUCAAUAGGAAGCCAGUAACCAACCUCAUGCUGAUGAUUUGCAUUAACAAUGAAACCGCUGUCCAUGAGUGGUUCACUGACUUUGCAUCUUUUCCUAAGUUGUUUUUCAAAGCUGUUGGAUACAACAAACACUGACUCAAAGGAAUCCAUGUUUAAAAUGGAAUGAGGCAAAAAUGUGAUUCUUUGUGGAACUAAUUUGCAUAUGCCCACCCAGAAUCCUUUGCGGUAGUAACAUCAUUGCAAAUUUGUGAUUUCUGUGGGAAACGCAAGUCUUAUGGCUUAACUGGUGUACAUGGUUUUGUUUAACAGUGUAUCGAAUAUAUAUAUAUAUAUAUAUAUAUAUAUAUAUAUAUAUAUAUAUAUAUAUAUAAAUCCAAAUAGGUUAUGGUGGGGAAAAAUUGUGAUUGAAAACCCCUUCCACCUGAAGUAUGUGGAUAGUUAAUACAAUGCUAAACAAAAAUCUGCACACCAGUCAAGCCAUAAGACUUGCUUUUCCCACAGAAAUCCCAAAUCAGCAGUGAUGUUACAACCGCAAAGGAUUCUGGGUGGGCAUAUGCAAAUUAGCUUAACAAAGAAUCACAUUUUUGCCUCAUUCCAUUUUAAACAUGGAUUCCUUUUAAUUUGUGUUUGCAGUAUACAACUGCUUGGAACACAAUUUAGGAUAAGAUGCAAAACCAGUGAACCACUCAUGGACAGCUGUUUCGUUGUUAAUGCAACUCUUCAGCAUGAGGUUGGUUACUGGUUUGCUAAUUGAGGCUUGGUAGUGCUUGGGAAGCAAAAUCUAAAUAGGUUAUGGUGGGGAAAAAUUGUGAUUGAAAACCCCUUCCACCUGAAGUAUGUGGAUAGUUAAUACAAUGCUAAACAAAAAUCUGCACACCAGUCAAGCCAUAAGACUUGCUUUUCCCACAGAAAUCCCAAAUCAACAGUGAUGUUACAACCGCAAAGGAUUCUGGGUGGGCAUAUGCAAAUUAGCUUAACAAAGAAUCACAUUUUUGCCUCAUUCCAUUUUAAACAUGGAUUCCUUUUAAUUUGUGUUUGCAGUAUACAACUGCUUGGAACACAAUUUAGGAUAAGAUGCAAAACCAGUGAACCACUCAUGGACAGCUGUUUCGUUGUUAAUGCAACUCUUCAGCAUGAGGUUGGUUACUGGUUUGCUUAGUGAGGCUUGGUAGUGCUUGGGAAGCAAAAUCCAAAUAGGUUAUGGUGGGGAAAAAUUGUGAUUGAAAACCCCUUCCACCUGAAGUAUGUGGAUAGUUAAUACAAUGCUAAACAAAAAUCUGCACACCAGUCAAGCCAUAAGACUUGCUUUUCCCACAGAAAUCCCAAAUCAGCAGUGAUGUUACAACCGCAAAGGAUUCUGGGUGGGCAUAUGCAAAUUAGCUUAACAAAGAAUCACAUUUUUGCCUCAUUCCAUUUUAAACAUGGAUUCCUUUUAAUUUGUGUUUGCAGUAUAUAAUUGCUUGGAACACAAUUUAGGAUUUCUGUGGGAAAAGCAAGUCUUAUGGCUUGACUGGUGUGCAGAUUUUUGUUUAGCAUUGUAUUAACUAUAUAUAUAUAUAUAUAUAUAUCAUCAAAAGAAAGCUCUAUUUACUAAAUUAGAUUUACGGGUGCACUUAAACAGAAGGGGCAAAAUUGUGGUAGAAUGAACUCAUGCCAAAAAGACCUUGGUCACAAAUACGUCGUAUCUCAAAAGAGCCUUGGCUUUAAAGUGGUUAAGGAGAAAUAUCUAGCGAAAUAUGAAGUGGCAUCAAUUUGAAAAACAAAUUGUAUAAAUUAUUAUAAUUUAUUUUCACAAUGCUUAAGGACUAAUUGAAAUUGUAUUUACAAAUAUUAUUUUUAUUCUAGGUUGUAGCAAGGGAUGAUGAUCAGGGGCUAAACAGUAGAUUAACAUAUGCUUUGGCUUCUGGCAAUGAAGAUGGGGCCUUUAAAUUGUCUUCAAGUGGACAGCUGAGUCUAAUGAAAAGCCUGGAUCGUGAGGUCAAAGAGCAGUAUAUCUUAUUAAUUACAGCUGUCGAUUCAGGUAAGGUCUUAACAUAAUGUCUACAGCUAUGGCAAUUAAUCUUAAACAUUUUUAUUUACAUAGGAGGAUCAUUCAUAACAUCCCUAUUUUUCUUUUUCGUUAAGGACUAUUUAUAUUUAUUUAUGUACUGCUAAAAAUUUCCAGCCUUGAGACUUAUUGCACGAUUAUUUUGACAGAGACUAACUAGUGUAAUAAGUGAAGAGACUUCUGAUCACAAAUGUGUAGUCCAAAGGGAAAUACAGUAUAUAUUGCUCAAUAAACCUGAAUUUUCUUUUCUGUCAACUUUUAUUGUCAGAUGGUACUAGAAGCUAUUUUUUCUAGUAUAAAAGCGUUAUAGAUCUUGUCCAUCCAAUAAAGCUUAAAUAGGGCAUGCACAGUACUUCAUGUAUUCUAGGCAUGUAUUCUAGGCAAAGAAUUAUAUAUCGUAAUAAUAUAUUUAUGGUUUAAAAGACAAAGGUGACAGAGACUUGCUUUCUGCACAAUUAGCUAUGCCUGGAUUCAAUUUAACUGGAGGUGAAUCAAUUUGAGUGCAAAUGAAGGACCCAUCUUGAGAAAUGUACUAUAUUACCCAACUAAAAUAAAUGGCUCGGAAUAGUGAACUGUGUGCCCCCUCCAUAGUUAACAUUUAGAAAUAUGUCUCAGUGUUGAGAAAUGAAAAAUAUUAUUAUGUCUAAUUGAUGGAAGGAAGAAUUUCGUAAUUGAAUACAGCCAUUGUGUAUGUACCAACUGAUAUAUAAAAAAAGAACCAUAACCUUUGCACAACCUCUUCCCAUCAUUAUAUUUUCAUAUAAUUUCAAAUAAUAUUAUAGCAAUUUCAAUAAUCAUUGUUAUUUUUAAAUAAAGAUAAAUAUAAAUGUAAAAUAGCUUGUAGUUCACUAGAUGUGAUGGCAUGAAAAUGUUGACCUUUAAUGUAUAUGUCCUCCAUAAAUGAUUCCCAUCUGUACUAUCUAUGUAAAUAAGAGAGAAAUGGUAUUAUCCCCUUUCAAACUAAAUUUUCUGGCAUAUUUCAGCUGAGAAAACAAAGUAACAGCAGUUGAAAGUGAGCGACCUUCUUUUUGCAAGCUAAUUUAUAAAGUUUUCCAUGCAGUUGGCUGGUUCAUGAUCCAUUCCAUAUUAUGCAGACAGAUAUGUCCUUUUUUAAUGCCUUGCAGAGGAUUUACGGGGAUCUGCAAUGUUUAAAGCCAUCUAAAGAAACCCCUGGUUAAUGUUGACAUAAACAAGGUCAAAACUCAAUGAUUUUCCCCUCCGUUUACUGUAUUAUCCAAUUGCUUUAAAAAACACUCAUCUGCUAUGUUUCACUGAGGGUUAAUCCAGCUUCUAGUGGCUGUCUCACUGACAGCCGCUAGAGGCGCUUCCGCGAUUCUCACUGUGAAAAUCACAGUGAGAAGACACUGGACAUCCAUAGGAAAGCAUUGAGUAAUGCUUUCCCAUGGGCUGUUUGAAUGCGUGCGCUGUUCUUGCCGCACAUGCGCAAUCAGACCUGACGUUGGCAGGGGGUGGAGAGUUCCCCAGCACAGAGGGAACCCAGCGCUGGAGAAAGGUAAGUGGCUGAAGGUGUUUUAACCCAUUCAGCCCAGUGGGAGAGUGGUCCUGAGGGUGGGGGGGAUCUAACCUAUUGUGCCAUGAAAACGAGUUUGUUUUCCUGGCACUAUAGUGCUCCUUUAAGCAGAGCGUUUUGGCCUACACAUUGGUUGUGCAUUAGACUUUGCAUUCGGGUUUUGCAUGAAUUGCAAAUUGUCUGAAUUAUUAAAUGUAUAUAUUGUCUACCAUACUGGACAAAACCCAAUGUGCAGACUGUGUUCAGAGGCGUCUGAGACAAUUCAGCACAUAGUAAUUAUGAUUAUACUGAUAUUUAAAAAUGGAAUAUAAAAAUAUAUGAAAUGAGAGAACUUUUAUAAUGACUAAUAGUAAUCUUGUUCCUUUUGCUUUGACAAAUGUGGGCUUAUGCUGCCGUCACUACUUCUGGUAGUAGUAGACAAUGACAAUGUGUUAGGCUCAAUGUGCACAUCUUCCUUAACCAGCAAGCCUAUCUCACUUACUCUGACUCUCUUGAUGCAAACCAUGGACUGUAUUAAGUCUGUAUCGCCAGUUUGUCAGGCUGAUGGAUCAGGGUCCCACUUUUCACUUAGUUCUAAAAGCACACAGGGAACUAGCAUCAGUUUGUAGCAAGUAGCAAUUUAUUCAUUUAGAGCAUUGAGUAGAUCUUUUAGCCUUCUGACCACUGCAGAGAGAAAAAAAGGAGAAACCAAACCUGCCUAAAGAAAUACCUUUCCCUGUGCAUUCAAUAUGGUCGUAGCGCACUAGCGCCAUUUUGUUUACUGGCAUAGUCCUCUAGUUUUCAAACCGACUGCAAUACGCGCAUACGCAAAUGUGCCGAAUAUGGACAAACUAGAUUUAUGUAGAGAGGGAGCACCUCUGACGUCAAACGUGUGCACAUGCACACUAAAUCAGAAGUGCACACAUGCACACUAAAUCCCUCACAUGUACACCCAACUAUCCAUAAAUGUAAAGAGAGAAAAAAUACUAAGUUAUAGUUGAUAUAACUACCCAAAACUUUAUCCAAUAAGUAAAUAUUCACCAUUAUAUAAUCAUAUAAAUGAGGACCCUUCACCAAAGGGAAAAUAAUAAGCAAAGCAAACAAAAAAAAAAACCCCACCAUUAAAUACGUUUCAAAUAUAUUUAUUACGGCUCUACCUAGUGCAAUAAUAUGCUAUAAGGACAUGAUAAUAUCAAGUAGACAUUGCACAUCAAGGUAAUAUUAUACAACUCAUAACCAAUGACAUAAAGAUGCCACAUAUAUUUUGCUCAUUAUGUGGAAUCAACACCUGCCCCACCAAAAAGGAGACCACCAAAACUGUGCGGCAAUUGCUAGCAGUAGGACACUGCACUAACCGUAGCCACCGGUCUUAAGCUAGGAUAAAUGAAGCAGGCUAUCUAUCAGAGUUGUGGCAAGAGGGAUUUUUUUUCUUCUUUUUCUUUUGAUAAUGCAUUUUUAUUUAAAAUGUCAGACAUUGUCAAAUACACUGAUAGCAUAUAGUGACCAUGAAGCAUCAUGAAAAUCGGCAAGAUCACAGUGUUUAAGAUGAUACAUUAAUCAACACUCCAGAUAUUUUGAGAACAUAAAAUCUUUAAAAGAAAAUUCAAAGGGCAAUUAAACAAUGAGCUACCUCUCAAUCCAGUCAAACCCCCCUUUCCCUUAUCCUCUCUCUCCACAAGGAAGAGAAAAGGUUUUUACUAGGGGUUACAGAAACUUGGAGAAAUUAUAACUUCUAAUGAGAUAGGUGUUUCUUGAUUCUGGUUACCUAGGCCGGUUACCUAGGACCUAGAAACAGUCAAGCAGUCAAGCUGUGAGAUAAAGCCAGGUUGUAAUUGUGCCAUUGAUCCUAUUGUAAGACUAGACUGGGUUUACCAUAUUGGAUAGCAUGUAAAUAACUAUUAUUUAUUCUGACUCAGAUAUAUAUAUAUAUAUAUGGCUAUAGAGGACACUCCACCAAGAUCAUUAGAAUUCAGAUAAAGAAAACAUUUGCUGUAAUGUACAAUAUGCUAGCAAUUUACAACACUUCAAAUAUUCCAACAACAACAAUAAUAAUAAUAAAUACAAUUUCUUGUCAACAUGGCAGAACAUUUAAAAAAAUAAAUAAUAGCAUUCCUUUUUAUAUAUCAAUUCCAAUGCAUGUGAAAUUUUUUUUUUAUAUCUAUUAACAUUCUUGUGAAUGGUGCUAUUAAAAUAAGCUGUACACAAUUCUAUAAAUUGUCCUCAAUCCCCCCUCGGAAAACAGUAAAAAUGUUAUUGUUACAAGAGCAAACGAGCAUGGCUUUAGAGUUGAUUAAUGAUGGGUUGUAGUAAUGGGACCUAUUCUUGAAACAUCUGCACAUUAUUUGCAGUUUUGGCUCAUUCCUUAAACUUUGGCUAAAGUUCUGUGAUUAUGGUCACAAUGCAGUGAUCAAAAAAUGGAAAUGCAAAGAUUGUUUCUAUUUUUUUUUUUUUAAAUAUCAUUAUAUUUUCCAGUUAAAUAUCGUUAUAUCAUAAAUAUCAUUAUAUUUUCCAGCUGAAUAUAAUUAUAUCAUAAAUAUAAUUAGAUUUUCCUGUUUUAAUUGUCUAUUUGGCAAGUCUGAAUUUAAAAUUCUGAGCCUCCAGCUUUUUAUGUUUGUAUUUUCUUUUUCUAACGUGCUGUUCCAUAUUUGACCUCUAGAGCAGGUGUGUAGACUUUUUACAGGUUGAUCUAUUCUAGCUUUACUAGAACCUUUCUUUGUUUAUCUGUUUACUUCCCAAAUUGGUUAAAAUAUGUUUAAUUGUGUUUUAGAUCUUCUGUGCUUUAUGGUUGAACUUACCACUCAUCCUGCUCCACUACAAUCUAUUUCACUGUAAAGAGUAUGGAGUGUAACGAUAACCAAAUUAAUAGGGGUGUGCAAUGGCAAAAAAUUUGGUUCACACUUCCGAAAUUCGGGAUUUCAGCAAUUCGUGACUUCAGCUCUUCGGUUCGGCACUUCCAAAAUUCAGGACUUCUGCAAUUCGGCACUUUGGUUUGGUUCGGCACUUCGGGACUUCGGCACUGUGGGACCUCGGCACUUCAGGAAUUCGGGACUUCGGCAAUUCCCUAACCCUAACCCUACCCCUAACUCUACCCCCAACACUAACACUAACUCUACCCCUACCCUUAACACUAGGGGUAGGGUUAGAGGAAGGUUGCGGUUAGGGGUAGCAGUAGGGUUAGGGGUAGGUGAAGGGUUGGGGGUAGGGUUAUGGGUAGGUUUAGGGUUAGAGGAAGGUUGAGGUUAGAUUCUUGUCAUCAUUACCUUAAUUUUCCCUCCCUCUUUUGCCACUUUUCAGAAACCCAGAGCACUUUGGCACUUCCGAAAUUUGGCACUUUGGCAAUUCGGUUCAACACCUCCAAAAUUUAGCAAUUUGGAAAUUCGACACUUCGGCAAUUCGGUUCGGUUCGGCACUUUCGAAAUUCGGCACUUCGGCACUUCGGCAAUUUGGACAUUCAGAAGCAAUUGAAUGUCUGAAUUGUGAAAUUUGUCCAAAUUUAAAUUUGGACCGAAACUAAUCUUAUUGAUUUUUUUGAUUGGGUAACUAAAAUUAUAGAUCAGGGUGGUGCAGUAGACAUUGCUUACCUAGAUUUCAGUAAGGCUUUUGACACUGUUGCACAUAGAAGGCUUAUCAAUAAACUGCAAUCUUUAAGUUUGGAUUCAAUAUUGUUGAAUGGGUAAGGCAGUGGCUGAGUGACAGGCAACAGAGGGUUGUAGUUAAUGGAAUAUAUUCGAAGCUUGGACUUGUCACCAGUGGGGUACCUCAGGGAUCUGUACUUGGACCCAUUCUCUUUAAUAUUUUUAUUAGUGAUAUUGCAGAAGGUCUUGAUGGUAAGGUAUGUCUUUUUGCUGAUGAUACUAAGAUAUGUAACAGGGUUGAUGUUCCAGGAGGGAUAAGCCAAAUGACAAAUGAUUUAGGUAAACUAGAAAAAUGGUCAGAAUUGUGGUAACUGACAUUUAAUGUGGAUAAGUGCAAGAUAAUGCAUCUUGGACGUAAAAACCCAAGGGCAGAGUACAGAAUAUUUGAUAGAGUUCUAACCUCAACAUAUGAGGAAAGGGAUUUAGGGGUGAUUAUUUUUGAUGACUUAAAGGUAGGCAGACAAUGUAAUAGAGCAGCAGGAAAUGCUAGCAGAAUGCUUGGUUGUAUAGGGAGAGGUAUUAGCAGUAGAAAGAGGGAAGUGCUCAUGCCAUUGUACAGAACACUGGUGAGACCUCACUUGGAGUAUUGUACACAGUACUGGAGACCGUAUCUUCAGAAGGAUAUUGAUACCUUAGAGAGGGUUCAGAGAAGGGCUACUAAACUGGUUCAUGGAUUGCGGGAUAAAACUUACCAGGAAAGGUUAAAGGAUCUUAACAUGUAUAGCUUGGAGGAAAGACGAGACAGGGGGGAUAUGAUAGAAACAUUUAAAUAUAUAAAGGGAAUCAACACAGUAAAGGAGGAGACUAUAUUUAAAAGAAGAAAAACUACCACAACAAGAGGACAUAGUCUUAAAUUAGAGGGACAAAGGUUUAAAAAUAAUAUCAGGAAGUAUUACUUUACUGAGAGGGUAGUGGAUGCAUGGAAUAGCCUUCCAGCUGAAGUGGUAGAGGUUAACACAGUAAAGGAGUUUAAGCAUGCGUGGGAUAGGCAUAAGGCUAUCCUAACUAUAAGAUAAGACUAGGGACUAAUGAAAGUAUUUAGAAAAUUGGGCAGACUAGAUGGGCCGAAUGGUUCUUAUCUGCCGUCACAUUCUAUGUUUCUAUGUUUCUAUGCACGUCUACAAAUUAAUUUCUUAUGAUAACCCUGGUAGACCUCCAAGAUCAAACUACCCAAAAUCCAUGUUUUAUCCACUCAUUUCCACAACGUUAAUAAUUAUAUUAAUCAUUUAUAACGUGCAGGUGUACCCAAAUUGUCAAUUCUUAAAUCCUGUUGCGAUGACAUGAUGUACAAAAAUAAAUGCUUUUCCAUCAUUCAAGUGUGAAAAAUUGUCAGAAAACUAUCUUUCAGUAUUUUGUAUGUGUUUGAUGGUGCAGUUGCAGUGAGCAAGACUUUAAAUCACUGUUUUGCUAAGCUGUACCUUGCUUUGUGGAAAAGCCAAUGGGAAAAUCAUUCUCAUUUUCUCCAUCUGGUUGAGACUAAGAAAGAUAGGUGAACAUUAAGUCCUGGCCAUCUGACAGACAAUAGCUCGGCAGCUUUGUUCAUGAAUGUCUUUAACUCUUUGAACAUUUUGUUUCUGGGGAAAACACUUGCAUUCCUCCAAUCAUCAUCCCUUUAUUUAUUGGUUGCAGAGAUAUCGAAGCACACAUCUGGAGACCCGCUAACAGCCAAGCUCUACUGUUUCACUGUAGGAUUUACAUAUAGCAUCCAAAGAAGUGUUUAAAGAACACAGCUGUAUCCAAAACAUCCUUAGAGUUUGCUCCUAUUAAUACUUGUAUCAGAAUGCACUCAUACAAUAUUAGCCCCAGGUAUCUCAAUUACUAUACGACAUAUGGUUAUUAGUAUAUAUGGUUACAUUAAUGCAUCUAAACUCUGAAAAUCCUGUACAUCGAGAUGUAAUCAUGGAAAACACAAAUACAUCAGGAGGUGUUUUCUUUCCCCUGUUUAUAUUUAAUUAAUUGCAUAUUUUCUUUAGCACAUUGCAUAGGCGGUCUUUUGUAUAAAUACACUGUAAUUAAUUGCACUAAAAUGCAAAGCAAGACACUAUUCGCAAAUCUCCAUGCUCAGACUUUUAGAAGUAAAAAAAAUAAAUAACAUUAUAAAAAUCAUAAAAAUUAUUAUUGUUAUGAAAUAUAUAUAUAUCAGCAUUUAAGCCUAUUCUUACUUUCGUCUUUUUGAGUUCUCCCUUCCUCCCUAACUAAGCCUGCCUUUUAGAAAUGUCAAAUAUAAUUUACUUUAAAUAUUGGAUUAUGGAUAAUUAUUCCACUCUUUUAUUCAAAUAAAAGGAUUUAAUCUGUCCAGUAAUUGUCAGUAAAAUGCAUCCAUAUUUAAAGCAAUUAUUUUGAGGGAGGAGGACGAGGGCUUGUAGUCAAACACUGACACACCAAAUAUUAUAUUUCAACAUUAAAAGCACCUCACAGUAUAAAGCAUUUCACAGUACAGAAAAAUGUUACAAUGUAAAAAAUACAUUUUCCAAAAGAAGCAUCUCUACUCUGCCUUAGCUACAAAACGUCUGUAAUUUGUUUACAGUAUUACAAUAUUACAGAAAGCAUUAUAUUCAAGUAUGUAUGCUGCAUGUGGUGUAAGAGAGAGGUUUAAAUGAUUUCUCCUUUUUAUUGGCUAUGUCAAUAUAUUCUGCAGAAAGAGUCAUAAAUUCUGAUUUAAAAAAAACAAACAAACUUAAGUUUCCCCUAAACUCUUUUCAUUUCCUUAAAUGUUAAUAAAAUAUUAAAAGGCAGAAACACCAUAGUAAACCAUACCAAAAAACAUGUACAGUUAACUCGACCUAGUAAUUAAUUAUGUAGUAAAUUUGUUACAAAAAGUACAACCUGUUUUGUAAUGUCUUUAUAGUUUUUAAUAUCAUAUAGAUUUUUAUGAGAGGGAUAUAAAAUCUAUUUUUUUGUUUUAGCCAUUUCUAUAUUUAUUUUUGUUCUAAUUACACAUAAGAGAAACUACUGAUUCUUUGUUUUAUAUUAUAGCUAACAUGUUCAGCCAACAUCCAGACUAGUGUUUUCACAUUUAAAUUGUUUUUUUUUCUCUUAGACUGCUCCUGGUGAGGUACUGUGUGAGUCUCUCUUUGGCACAGCAUCAAGCCUCAUAAUUUAGCUAGUCCUGGACAUUAUUUGAUGUGUGCCUAUAGAGGCAUGUAAUCCACAACAAGUCAUUUUAAUCAUUUGUAAAAUGUAGUAUUCAUCGCUCACAAGGCGCGCAUUGUAAAUUCAUUUCCAGAAGGAAAGACGGCUUUAAAGAUGAUUUUUUUUUUUUCGAUGGAUGUAAUUUUAGAUUGUUUACAUUGCUACUUUUGGUUAUAAUAUAGGACAUUUAAGCUGAGCAUAGUAAAACAAACAUACUUCUUGUAAAGUAUCAGAUAUAAUUCUCAAGUAAAUUUGCCAAUUUAAAAUGAAAUGUGGUAUCCUCCCAUUCUAUACGACAAAACAUCUGGGUAUAAUUUUAUUGAUGCUCUAUGAUCACACAAAAAUGGUAACAUCAAUGAAAACUGAAUUGAUUAAAAUAUUAACAAAGGGCACAAUUGAAAUAUUUACUAGAGGAAUGUCUGCAUCAUUUAUGUUACUUACCAUGCCUCCAAAGCUUGUUCUCUUCCUUGUAGAAAAGUUUCACCCCUUGCAAAAAGAGAAUACCGUCUAAAAACUUCACAAAAUUUUGCAUUGUAAGGAAUUCAAAAUGAACUUUUAUAUUUUUGUAAAAAAGCAACAACAUGAAAAAUAUCAAAUUUUUGUCUGUCACUUACAAGUUCCAUUGUAUGGCUUCUGUCUUGCAUCAAAACGUUGGUCAGCUCUAAUAUAGUUAUUGAAAUAGUUUGGUUAGUUAAUGCUCCUACUGAAAUGUCAAGAUGGAAAAUUUGGUUCCUUUUAGUUCAAGUAAGCAUUGUCCCCAUAUUUAUUUAAUGAUUUACUAAUAUUGAGUUAGGUGACAAUAGCAUCUAUACCCCAACACAUACUUGAAGUCGAUAUUUAUACUUUUUGGUAAAAUAUGUUGAUGUUAUUGUUGUAGGCCUGGCAUGCAGCUCCAAUAACCACUCAUUGAGAUUCACCUUCGUUUUUAAUCCCAGUAUUUUUUUACACUAUCAUGCUCUAUAUUCUUCAUAGAAAAAAAUUAUGCUUUUUUUCAUUUCUAUAGAAGGAUAUAUUAUGUAGUGAUAUGUUUCUUAUUGACACAUAAUAUUUCAGGAUUGACACUAAUAUUUAUUUGGAUUUAACUGAAAAUUCUGCUGUCUACAAAUUUCUCAUAAACCAAAUAUCUUCGGUAGCAGAAAUGCAUUGCUUGUAUAUCACAUGGGUAAAGAAACUCUGACACUAGCUAGUUAUUUUUAUGCUGACAAUUCCCUAUUUCACUUUCUAUCAUUUAGAUAAUAAGCAGAUAUGCCAGAGUUAACAGACAAAAGGUAUUGAAUAUUAAUCAGCUCGUAGACACCAUUGUAUUAUCAAACCCAAGCUUAGAGCAGAUGAUUUGUCUAAUUGAAUUAGAGUGUACUGUAGUAUUGAUAGUGCUAUGUAUGCUUGUAAUAAUCUGUUUGUGUACUAAUGUAAUCUACCAGGGUUAUACUGAAUUUAAUCUAAAUGAGACUAAAACAGUCAAACUGUGACCAUAGGUUUAGAUGGAGAAUCUCUUCAAAUCAGCUGCUUUAAAUAUUGCUAUUCAGAUUUAAUGCAGUAAAACUCUUCUCUUCUUGAAUUGAUAUAUUGACACGCACUCUCUGAAAAUAUUGUUGUAGGUAAAAAUAAAACGUUUUAAUGGUUGUUUAUGCAUAGAAGGACUGGGUUCCUAUUCUUCUCAUGUUAAUUGUUAUAUUUAUACUGAAACAUUUGUGUUCCGUCCUUUUUAGAUUUUGAAAUGUCUUGAUUCUGGGAAGUCCCUUUUCCAUUUUGAGUCAAAAAAUGCUAAUACAUGAAACAUUUUAAAAGUGCAAACUUUGGGUGUUUUUGAAGCAUUAGCUGUUGUAUCAAAUUUUAGUGAGCUCACUGUUAAUCACUUCUUUGUAGCCAUUUGGGCUAGUCACUGAAAUCACAACUGUAAAUUAUAAUUUGUGAAACUAAUUUCUGACACCUAUAAAAAAGAUGGAUACAUUAAUUAAGUGACGUUUACAGAUUGGUUUAAUAACAUGCUCAUUAGAUAGUAUAGUUCCUGGAUAUAUAAUUGAGACAGGUGUAAGAAACUAGUUUCACAUAUCAUGCUUUACAAUUGUGAUUUCAGCAAUUAGCCGAAUGGGCUGCAUGGUGGAAAGAUUAUUCUCAGAACUGACUAAGGGUCAGCUCACUAAAAUCUGAUUUAGUAGCCAAUCUUUUAAGCAGGAUCUCAUAAUCUUAUAAUCUAUGGAUGGUGUAAGGCAUGUCAAAUCAGUACCGUGUUUCUCCGAAAAUAAGACCGGGUCUUAUAUUAAUUUUAGUCACAAAAAACACACUAGGGCUUAUUUUCAGGGUAGGGCUUAUUUAUUUACGGUACCGGUAUGUACAUUGAACCCCCCCUUUAAUUAAUCCACCCCCCUUUAAUAAAUCCACCCCCUCUAAUUAAUCCACCCCCUCUAAUUAAUCCAGCCCACCCUUUAAUUAAUUCACCCCCCUUUAAUUAAUUCACCCCCUCUAAUUAAUCCAGUCCACCCUUUAAUUAAUUCACCCCCCUUUAAUUAAUUCACCCCCCUCUAAUUAAUCCAGCCCACCCUUUAAUUAAUUCACCACCCCUUUAAUUAAUUCACCACCCCACCCUUUAAUUAAUUCACCCCCCUCUAAUUAAUCCAGCCCACCCUUUAAUUAAUUCACCCCCCUCUAAUUAUUCCAGCCCACCCUUUAAUUAAUUCACCCCCCCUUUAAUUAAUUCAAUUAAUCCCAGACAUAAAAUAUCUAGCGGUACUCACAUUUCAAAGAUUCCUUGCCGAGUCCGACCACUGGGAGCCUCACCGCCCGGAAAUGGAUCCUUCCGCUGAAGAUCCGUGAAGGCAGACUGACGGCGCUGCGAAAUGUCGUCAUCACGUUGCGCGAUGCCGCGGCCCGCAACGCUCCUCCUACAGUAGAAGACGGAAGUCUCGCCGCAAAGGUAAAAUGCCUAGGUCUUAUUUUCGGGGUAGGGCUUAUAUUGCAGCCCACCCCGAAAAUCCGACUAGGGCUUAUUUUCGGGGUAGGGUUUAUUUUCGGGGAAACACGGUAUAAUAGUUUGCAAUAUUGUUAUAUUAAGCGUCUUUUCCCAAGUUCUACAUUAGCCCAGAUCUAUUUUUAAACAUGAACUAUUUUUAAAUUAUUUGAAAUAUACUAAAAUUAAUUACUUAUAAUGGACAACUAUUCAUUGUGCAUAUCUUCUUUUUACUAUUUGUUUUGCUGCAACUCCAACUUAACUAUGUUUGGAUACUGUAUUUUAAUCCAUGUGAAAUAUAUGGUACUUAACUACAGCACAUUAUCAGUGAAUGUGUACAAUGAAAUGGGUUGUCAUUUAUAUUUUUAACUGAUUUUAGAGUUGGAUGUUCUAGAUGUUAGAUCAGGUGCUUUUGACUUGAACCUUUGCUCAUUCGAGCAGUAAAAUGAGGUUAGAUGCCCAAGUUAAAAAUUUCAUUCGACUUUAUGGAAAUCAACAAUUUUGAGGUCAACCAUUAAGAAACUCCCAACACAUUGUUUGUGAUAUAAAGCCACUUAAAUUAUGUUAUACAAAGUUACUUCCUGCCUAUCUACAAUAAUACAAUAAUAAUUACUAACAUUGUUAGUAACAGCCCUCCCAUGCCAUCCCCUUUAUCUCAUCUUGCUUCAAUUAAAUCAUUAUAUUAGCAGUAAUAAUCUUCUUGUCUAAUUCUACUCGCUGAAGCUUAUUUAGAAGCAUCCUUCUUUCGAAUUAGCCUUUGUUGUAAUAUAACUAAAAUAAGAUAAUUAGCUUUUCUUUCCUGCUAAUUGUCUUUGCUGGGUAGAGGAUUUAUUUAAGAACAAUAUGAAAUCAUCAUAAACAAUGAUGAAAAUUUUAAUUAUAGUAACAAAUGCAGUAUAAGAAUUAAGCAAAUAAUAUGAAAAUUGGGUAAUAGUCAAAGCUUUUGUCCAAUAUUUAUUUAUAAAAUAUUUUACCAGGAAAGAUAUAUUGAGAUUUUUCUAGUUUUCAAGUAUGUCCUGGGGUAUAAAUUAAUCCUUCCAAUCUAAACACUUUGGUCACAUGCAUAUGGCAGAUAAACCCAGUUUAUGUUUCAUUCAAUGUUUCCAUUAAAAACUUGGUUACAUCUGUGAAAACAACUCAUUUACAUCUGCUCCAACGAAUCGUACAUCAUUCACUGUGAUUUAAUGAGAACUAAUGUGACAUUCAUUUCGUUCUGCUCAAAUCCCACUUAUUUAUGUUCAAAGGUAUGACAUUAGCCUUUCAUAGCAAUUGUGCAUGCAGUGUGUAUAUUCAAGCACACAAGUGAUCUUCAUGUAGAUUAUUGUCUAGGGAUACUUAAGGAAAGAUGUACUGGUGGUCCAAUGGUAAAUGAUUAAAAACCCAGUCCUCGGGAGUAACUGCUGUUGCAGUGAAAUACAGGAUUCUGGGAACAGAGCCUGACCAAGAAAAAUAGAAUUUCUUACCACAAAUAUGAUAUUGGUAUUAAGCUCAGACUACAUAGUUAAGCAAUUACCUACUUGCAGAUUUUCUGUGGAUUGGUGACUUAAUUUGCAAAUGAUUCUUUUGCUUACUCUUUUACUCUUCCUACCACAGAUAUUAGAAAAAUAUAAAGUGACAUAUAUAUAUAUAUAUAUAUAUAUAUAUAUAUAUAUAUAUAUAUAUAUGUCUUAGGACAACUUUGCAGUGCACAAGAGAUAUGUCAUGUAAAUUAAAAAUAAAUAAAACUGAGAACUACUGAACUAUUUUAUAAUAUGUAAACAUACAAUAUAGAAGUAAAUUAAUUGGGAAAAUGUAGGCACACUAGUCAAAUGCCAUAAGAGUGUUUUAGCAGACACAAAGAAGCAAAGAUAGGGUGCUUACUCAAAGGCCUUAUUUCCCCAAGGUCCUAAACAAUUAUUAUUAUUUUAUUAUUUAUAUAGCGCCAACAAAUUCUGUAGUGCUGUACAAUGGGUGGACUAACAGACACGUAAUUGUAACCAGACAAACGGACUCACAGGAACAGAGGGGGUUGAGGGUCCUGCUCAAUGAGCUGACAUGCUAGAGGGAGUGGGGUAUAGUGACACAAAGGGUAUAAGUAGGGGUAAUGAAAUAGGUUGCUAGAAAAGUGUUCACUGAGAACUUCGGUUAUUUUUGACAGUUGCAGAAGAGGAGUCAUGGAGGGGGGAGGGGGAGAGAAUCUACAAAUAAUGAAGACUGAGGAGCACAACCAUGUGAUUAAAAAGCACUUUAUUGAUAGGGUCCAAAAUAGCAAGUAUCCCAAGAAGCAUGCCAAAAAACAUUAGCAUUAAUGUCACAAUAAAAAUACAAAAAAUAUAUACAAUGUACCACAGUCACAAAUAUACAUAAUAAAUGAUUAAAGAAGGCAAUUUUACCAUUCCAAAAUGGUCAUAUAGAUACCUGAAAAAACUACCCAACAAAUAAUACAUACCAUGAAAAAUGCCAAAUAUAGUAAGAAGAGGGAGAAAAUAAAAAAAAUUGCCCCCAAAGUUUCGGCAGAAAUGCCUUUAUCAAAGGAGCAUAUUGUACAAAGGAAAGAAACCCAUUUAUAUACCCAAUAGUAAAUGAAAAACACCUGAUUGUAAUGGGUGGCCACCCACAUUGAUUGAGAUCCUCCCAACCAUAAUCACGGGGCUCUGUCACAAAGGAAAUCAAUACACAGGAAGUAAAUAUGCAUUCAAAUUGUACCUUUACCAGUCAGGGAUAAAAAGGUACCUUCUCACUAUUUCUGGUAUUUUUCAUGUUAUGUAUUAUUUGUUGGGUAGUUUUUUUAAGGUAUCUAUAUGAUUUUCUUUUUUGAAUGGUAUCAUUACCUUCUUUAAUCAAUUAUUAUGUAUAUUUGUGACUGUGGUACAUUGUAUAUAUUUUUUGUAUUUUUAUUGUGACAUUGUUGCUAAUGGCUUUUGGCAUGCAUCUUGCCUGCUACCUGCUAUUUUGGACCCUAUCAAUAAAGUGUUUUUUAUUCACAUGGUUGUGCUCCUCAUUAAUCAUUAUUAACACACAAUAUAGAUGCAUUAUCCGCAACGUCCAACAGAACAGCAUUAACCAAAGUAAAAAAUGACAUUGUCAUGAGCAAAGCUAAUUUCCAGCCCUCCUUUCUCACUUUCCUGGAUCUUCUGCUGCCUUUGAAACAGCUAUUGCAAACUCGUCACUCCUUUGGCAUCUGUUGCACUGCACUUUUGAAGCCCAAGUUGAAUAUCUCAGACUGUUCUUUCAGCAUUCUUUUCGCAGGCACCUGCAACCCUUCACUAUCUCUUUCUGUUAUGAGGUACAUCAAUGUUCUGUACGUUUACUUAAAGCAAUGUUUCCAAUGUUUUUUUGUACCAAGACACUAUAAUGAGAAGACAAUGUCCAAGGCACAUCUGCUUUUCUUUCUAUUUGCCUUUAUCAGAAGUUUAUAAAUUGUGACAAGACCAAUCUCGCCACUGUGCAAUGGAGGAGCCUGGUUGCCUGCCUGCUGCCUCUUGACUAUGGACCGGCAUUUAAAUACUUUAUUUUCCUAUGCAGAAAAGUCUAGUCCUGUAUUUGUGCCCUGGCGUUCGGUAGAUUCUCGUAUUUACUGAAUAAAUUCAUUUAACCCAGAUAGCUAUGCCAUGGAGCCUGUUCGUGUAAUAAAAGACUUUGGCUCCAUGGCGAUUGAACUGUAUGUGUGUGUGGUCUGAGCGCCAUUCAGUAUUAAUGUGCGCUCAGACCUAAGCUAUCUGGGCAUAUGUUGCAUGUCUGUAUUUUAUGUCAUAAAUGUAACCUUGUGUAUUUUAUUGUACUGUCUUUUUACUGCCAUGUGUUCAAUGGAGUUUUGUCUCUGUCCUUGGAGAUAAUUGGAUUACUUCCCAAUUAUCUCCAGGAUAGAAGACUCUGUGGAACUGGUUUUGGGCAGAAAAGCCAUGCUUCCUUUGGUCACAAAGGACUACGAUCUAUCUUUUGAACCACUGGACCAAUUUGGAUGAUUUUGACAUAUGUUUGUAUUUGGAGUAUGCUGAUUCUGAAUGUGAAUGUGAAUGUGAUGCAUACUUUUAAAGUUAUGAAUAAUGUUGAAAAACUGUAUUUCUCUGCCGGUGAUAAUUACAUUAACCAUUGUGUAAGGUAAUUGUAUCACAGGCAGAGGGGAGGAUUUUGUGUGGGAGUGUCUGAGUGUAUUGUAUGUGUUUAUUGGUUGUUUUCCAAAACCCUGUGGGUGGUACUAAUGUGUAUAUAAGAACAAUAAACCCACAGCUCUGUCUAUUCCUGCUUGACCCUCAAAACGGAGCCUUGUCUCGUUCUUGGGGGGAUUUAUUGUAUGCUGUUCCAGUUCGACUGCUAGGAGUGUAAACCUAUUCGUAUGGUUUUUCCUAUUCGGCUGUUUACGGCAGUAAUAUGGUUUCCUGUUCGGCGGAUUGGUGUUCUGCAGUAGCUGUGCCUGUGUCUCUGGAAGGGAAGAUCUAACGGCUUUUAACCCCUUUUUAUGCCUGGGGGUGCCGUUACAUAAAUGUGAUAAUUAAUUGAAGCUACUAAAGAUAUUUGCAAACUUAUAGCUAAAGUGACUUAUCAUUUUUAAUUAAUUGCCAGAUGGAAAUUCUACAUUUAAUGUUGGUGCUUUCUAAAAACAUAUUUUUUUAGGACUACAUUUAGCCUAUUACAGCCCAUGUGAAUGUAUUUUCGGAACACCUUUAGUGCACCAGAACAAUGCCAACAGCAGCACAAUGACAUAGUGACUGAAUCCAUCCAUCCUUAAUACCAGAAACAACCAAAAUGCUAAUCCAUGCUUUAGGAAUAUCCCUUCUUUACUGCUGAAACCCAGCUCUAUUAGACCUGUCUGUUUGUAGCUUCUCCCUAAUCCAAUACAACUUAUUUAAUUUUUAGUCAUGCCUUGUACAUUUAUCAAUUCUUCCCCACUUUGAUAAUGUUUACAUUGGAUCAACCUCAUUUCCAGGGUAAAUUAAGUCCUGACAAUACUGCUUUCUGAUAUCUUACAGUGCUCCCAAAUAUCAAGUCCUAAAAAUAUUAUUUUGGAAUUUCAGUAGGAUCACGCCCCACCUAUCUAUUCCCACUUGUGCUUCUUUCCGAAAUCUUCCCCACAUACGUCUCUCUUCCCACAUCCAUGUUUGUGUCUCUCUUUGCCAUUUCCACUUGUUAAUCCUUUCCCGAUCUCAUGUCCAUAACUGGCUUCAGUUGUUCCAAUAAACUCUACUGCUCUAUCUAAACUAGAGGCUUUAUCUCUUGUUUCUCCAUUUCUUUGUAACAUUCCGUCACCCAGCAUUUGCCAAACCCAGCAGUCUACAACUUUCAAGCACUAUUAAAGCAAUAUCUGUUAUAUGAGAUGUCCCAUUAACAACAAGAUGGUAGUGUGGUAUGUGUAUUGCAUUGUCAUAAAUUGUAUUUUUUCCUCCUCUCAUAUUGAAAGCAUAGUGGGACAGGAAACACCUAUCCUAUAAUAUUAAGAACACUGCUUCAACAUCUGUUUACUUAGUGCACAUUUGUAUAACCUAUGCCUGCUAUUACCAUAUAAACAAAUAAGAUCCCCAAACACUUGUAAUAUAGUGACACAAAAUGGAUCCUCUGACCAUCCCAAUAUACCGUUCGGUGAAUAGAAUAUGAAGCAAAAAACUGACUUUUUUUCUAAUAUGUCUAUGUAUAUUCAGUAAAUAAACAUUCUAUUUACUAAAAGGGAGAAUUGCUGUGAAUUAAAAGUGAAUUUCGAAGGACCCAAAAUUUAUUGUUUUCAAGUUUAAAAAAAACAACAAUAUGGCGAACAACAAAGAAAAGCUAAUUUACUAAAACAUGAAAUAAUUCCAUUUAAUUUUAUUUUUGCAGGGUCCCCAUCUCUUACUGGCACGGGUACCAUCACUGUGAAUGUGGAUGAUAUUAAUGACAACAAACCUUCCUUUGCGUUAAAUCGACAUAUCAUAAGCAUUCCAGAAGAUGCACCCACUGGAACUGAUAUUCUGCUAGUUAACUGUUCAGAUCCUGAUGCUGGUUUAAAUGGAGUUAUUCGGUAAGUAAUGUACAAUUAUUGUCCUGGCAACAUACAUCUUGUUAAUCUUUUUCAGAAAUGUGCAGAAACUUUUCAUUGCUUACAUUUAGCUCAUCCCACUUCUCUUCAAAUGGUUAAUGUUAUUUCUUGCUAAUGAUAACCCCAUGCUGACACCCUUACUUACUUCAUGUGACAAUACAAAGUUUAAAGUAGUUGCCAUCAAUUCUUUCUUCCAAGUAAUGAGAAUGUUAAGUAAUAUUGACAGGUUGAGCAUUGCCUACUGAGUGCAAGAGUUCUGACUAAUCUUUUUCUGUUUAUUAAUGAUGUAGCCUUUACUGGCAAGGUUACUGACUUGGCAAUAUUAAAUUCUAUGAAUAAUAAAAUAAAUAAAAAAAAUAAAAAUAAAUCCAGUUACAUAGCUUAGACAAAAAUCAGUGGAUAUUACUUAAAUAUUAUUUGUGUUAGUAAACUGCAGCACCAUUUAAAGUUGCAGUAUUUUUUAUUUCUGUUGCUACAGUAAUAUCAUAAUCAUAAUUGAUAUCAGGAGGAGGUAACGCCAAAUUGUUUUCUUUUAUGUAUUCUUUUGCUAUCAUUCUUGUAUAUUUAAUAAACUGCAAUAAAAAAAAGCAAAUUAAAACUAUAGUUCUUCUGAUCACAAUGCAUUUAAAACCUAGAUUUGCUAUUUAAUAUUUCAUAAGGCGAGUUAUUUGCUUUGGACAAAACAUAUUACAAGAGAGGAUUCAUUUGUGAUCACUGUAAUAUUAAAGUAAUUUGAAAUGAUCAUAGAGCUUUGUCUUAAGCAGAAGCAUCAUUAAUACUACAUUAAAUCUCUAUCUCAUCUUACUAUUCAUUAGCUGAAUAGCCUCAUUUUAAUGAACUCUUUCCAGCGCUACCCAGUUUAAUGUUCUGUCUUGGGGUUUUCUGCUGUCUAGAAGUCAUAACAGUGUUUUAUUAUCCCACAAUUAAUGAAAAAUAAACAUAUAUGUCAGCUUGCAGAAGCAUGUUUAUUUAAGAAAUGGUCAUAAUUAUAGAUAUUUUAGAAACGGCCAUAGUUUACAACAUUUUAGAAACGCUUCUCAUUUUAGCCUCUGUUUCAUAUACUGAACAAAAAAGACAUUAUUUUGAUUUAGUUUAAAGAUGACACUUUUCAAGGGAGGUUAUCAACCUUCUAUGGCGUUUCUCAGGGCUGUUCACCAAAGUAGCCUAAUUACAUCCCUAUACUAAUUUUAUCUAAAAAAUGACGGCCCCUUAGGUCUUCUAACAUGGUUCUUGCAACUGCUGUAACAAUUGACCGGAGUCAGUGCAUUCCUUGCUGGAGCUAGUGGUCAGAAUGAAAGGGCAUGUAUCUACAUAGGUUAAUGCUUGUUGUUACACAGGCCCAGUGACAAUUUCAGUUUUGAUUUUUAAUGAUACAAACAUUGCAAAAAUAUAUUGUGAUUUUACUCUUGUUAUUUUACAGCUAUAGUUUGAUCGGUGGAAACUCCCAGUUUACAAUUAACCCAUCCACUGGUCAGAUCAUCAGCAGCUCGUUGUUAGACAGAGAAAUGAAAGACAACUACACUUUGUUUGUUGUGGCAACUGAUGGCGGAACCCCUGUAUUGUCAAGUUCGACAAAUGUGACUGUAAAUAUUCUUGAUGUGAAUGAUAACCCCCCAAGAUUUUUACAUCAUCCAUAUGUGACUCAUAUCCCUUCACCUGCAUCUUCAGGUGAGAAUAUUUCACAAAUUUAAUUUAUGUAUAUCAUUUGUUACCAAUUGUGCUUUAGAGACGUGUUUCUCUGGGAUAAACAAUCUGACAUUAGCUUUAUUUUGAUAGCUGAUCUGCCUGAAGUAUUUAAAGCAAAAAAACUAAUUACGCAAAAACACCAAAAACAAACAAACAAAUAACAUACUGCUUUUAAAAUUGUUAAAGUGAAACUAUUUCAAAAUAUUAAUUUCAAGACAAAGGUUGAUGUAAUAACUUUCACUUUGUUACUCCUGAUGUAUGUCUGCAAAUAUACAGCGAUGAGGUUCACAAAUUUCAAAGCAACUUGUGAGCUAAUGUACUCAAAACUGUGUCUGGCCCUUCAGUAAUUUAAACAAAAAAAAUAAUUUGAUGAUCCAAUCCAAGAGCAAAAGUAGAUAUAUCCAUCAACAAUUAAAAAGCUAAGUUUUGCUCUGGUUUGAAAUGUUUUCAAUUCUCUCUGUAUCAUUUGUGGACAGUCAUGAAAGCAUAGGCGCAAAAAACUUAGUAAAUGGAGAGAACCAGAAGGAAAUUCACAAAUCAGCCAUAAGAUCAUGAUUCAGAAGUGAAGUACAAAAACGUUUUUCAUCAUUGUGUCCCCAGUUUGUGACUAGGUAGUUAAGUUUCAAAGGCCAUUCCCAGAUCUUCUUACAUCUCUGAAAAACUCAGGUAGACUCAUGUCACAUUGUAAUUCAUAAUAUUUUAAAGACAUUGUUGAAUUUUAUUUUACUGGCUUUAGCCAUUUACAUUAUCAUUAUAUUUAUAAUUAAAUCCUUUAAUGGCUCUGUAAAUAAUUGGUUGUAAAUUGCAUAGCAUCCUUUUUUUGUAGAACAUAAUUGUUGAGGAAAAUUAUAGCACUAACUAGCCGUCUAUAUUUGUGUGAACUUUUCCCACUUCUUUCAGAUUCAUUAGUAGAGAUCUUUGUCUUAAAAUAUGAAUGAGUAAUUUCUGUUAAUAUUAUACUGAUUAUAUUGUUCUCUUUACUUUCAGACUCCUUUGUGUUUGCUGUUACAGUUACCGAUGAAGAUAUUGGUUCAAAUUCUGAACUUCAUUUUUCUCUAAGGGGCCGCAAUUCUGAUAAAUUUCUAGUUGAUCCAAUAAGAGGAGCUAUUAGGACAGCAGAAUCACUAGAAGGGACCUCUGAAAUAACAUUCUCUGUACAUGUAAAAGAUAGUGGAUUUAAUUCCAAGUCUGACUCCACAACAGUGACUGUGAGAUUCGCAAACAAAGCUGAAUUCCCUACAAUAAGAGCUGAUCAGAAGACUUUUACAUUUCCUGAAAAUCAAGCUGUGGGUACACUUGUCUCCACUCUGUUUGGUUCAUCAUCAAGAGGAGGUUCUUUGUCUUUCUACAUUGCUAGUGGCAAUUUUGGCAACACAUUCCAUAUAGAUGAGUUAAGUGGACAGCUGCAGAUAAGAAAUCCACUGGAUUUUGAAACUAUUUCCAAGUAUGUGCUUUGGAUUGAAGCUCGAGAUAUGGGCUUUCCUCCAUUUUCGUCCUAUGAAAAAUUAGAGAUAAAUGUUCUUGAUGUCAAUGAUAACCAACCACAAUUUAAGCAAGAUCCGUUUAUAUCUGAAAUAAUGGAAAACCUAUCACCACGGAAAAUACUUACUGUUUCUGCAGUAGAUAAAGAUAGUGGAUCCAAUGGGCAGCUUGAUUACACCAUAGUGGAUGGCAAUAAAGAUAAUUAUUUUCAUAUAAAUCGAGGUACUGGUGAAAUAAGAAGCACAAGGUCAUUGGAUCGUGAAAAAAUCUCUCAGCAUACAUUAUCCAUUAAAGCUUCAGAUAAAGGAAUGCCAUCACAAAACUCAAUAGUGAAAGUCAUAAUUAAUGUUUUAGAUGACAAUGACAAUGCUCCAAGAUUUUCUCAGAUUUUUAGUGCAUCUGUUGCUGAGAAUGCAGCUUUGGGAUAUCUUGUUACUCAAGUUACGACGUCUGAUGAAGACAUCGGUGCAAAUGCUGUCAGUAGAUAUACAAUCAUAGAUACAAGUCUUCCCUUUCAUAUAAAUCCCAGCACUGGGGUUAUUACCAUUAGCAGACCAUUAAACCGAGAGGAUAACGACCGCUACAUUGUACGGGUUUCAGCUCAUGACUCAGGAUGGACAGUAAGCACAGAUGUGACGAUAUUUGUGACUGAUAUAAAUGACAAUGCUCCAAGAUUUAGCAAGCCAUCUUAUUACUUAGACUAUCCAGAGACAACUGAGGCUGGAACUAAAGUAACACAGGUAUUUGCAUCAGACCCAGAUGAGGGUCUCAAUGGACAAAUAUAUUAUUUUAUUAAAUCUCAUUCUGAAUUCUUCAGAAUUAAUGCAACAACUGGAGAAAUCUUUAACAAGCAGCAUUUAAAAUAUCAAAAUCCCAGUGUGACAGGCAACAUUAAUAUUAACAGGCACAGUUUUAUCGUAAGUGCUUCUGAUCGAGGCAACCCACCAAUCAUGAGUGAGACUACAGUAUCAAUCAAUAUUGUUGACAGCAAUGAUAAUGCCCCACGGUUCCUACUGAAUAAAUAUUUUACCCCUGUUGCUAAAAAUGCUAAAGUUGGUACAAAAUUAAUCAAGGUAACAGCAGUUGAUGAAAAGGAUUUUGGUCUAAACUCUCAAGUGGAAUACUUUCUUUCUAUGGAAAAUACUCAUGGCAAAUUUCAGGUAGACAAAGAAACUGGCUGGAUUACAGUGAUGUCUUCCUUAACGAUGGAUAUAAACAAAAACUUUAUGAUAAAAGUGAUUGCCAAAGACAAAGGGAAGCCACCAUUGUCAUCACAGGCAAUGGUCAAUAUAACUGUCACUGAGGAAAAUUAUCAUACUCCAGAAUUCUCUCAAAGUCCCAUAAGUAUAACAGUCCAAGAAAGUCAUGCAGUGGGUUCGGUUAUCAGAACUCUGUCAGCAAGGGAUAGGGACACUUCAAUGAAUGGAAUAUUUACAUAUAACAUCAGUUCAGGAAAUGAUGCUGGCAUCUUUGCAAUAAAUCAUACCACAGGGGCAUUAUCUCUUUCACGUAAUCUAGAUUUUGAACUGUGCCAAAAACACGACCUAACUGUAAGUGCAAUUGAUGGAGGAUGGGUAGCUAGAACUGGAUACUGUGUUGUAACAGUUUUUGUUAAAGAUGUCAAUGACAAUCCUCCAAUAUUCACUGAAGAUGAAUAUUUCCCUACUGUCUUGGAAAAUGCCCCAAGUGGCACAACAGUAUUACGCUUAAAUGCCACAGAUGCAGAUUCUCCCCCUAAUGCAGUUAUCGCAUAUUCAAUACAGUCAUCAGACAGCGACCUUUUUGUUAUUGAUCCAAAUACUGGAGUAAUCACAACGCAAGGGUUUCUAGAUUAUGAAACUAAACAAAGCUAUCACCUAACAAUAAAGGCUUUCAAUGUGCCUGAUGAAGAGCGUUGCAGCUUUGUCACUGUUGCUGUCCAACUAGAGGGAACAAAUGAAUAUGUGCCUCGAUUUGUAUCAAAGAUGUAUUAUUUUGAAGUCUCUGAAGCUGCCUCUAAAGGAACACUUGUUGGGGAAGUAUUUGCCAGUGAUCGUGACUUAGGUAUUGAUGGCGAAGUGCAUUAUUUAAUCUAUGGCAGUAGUAGAAAAAAAGGGUUCCGGAUUGAGAAGAAGACUGGGAAACUGUAUGUAUCUGGUACACUGGACAGAGAGAAGGAAGAAAGGAUUGCAUUGAAAAUUCUAGCUAAAAAUAUUGGGAACAUCAGAGGAGCUGAUAUUGAUGAAGUAAAUGUGAAUAUCACUGUUCUUGAUGCAAAUGACCCUCCUGUUUUUAGCUUGAAGCAGUAUAAUGUGCAAAUCAGUGAAGUAGUGCCUCCAGGUACCCAUGUCACAUUUGUAAGUGCCUUUGAUUCUGAUUCAGUUCCUAGCUGGAGCAGGUUCUCCUACUUUAUUGGUUCUGGUAAUGAUAAAGGAGCCUUCUCAAUUAAUCCACAGACAGGACAGGUUACUGUUACUACGGAAUUGGACAGAGAAAUAACUCCUAUAUAUAACCUUACAGUGCUAGCCAUUGAUUCAGGAACCCCUGCAGCCACGGGAAGUGCAAGCUUGUUAGUAUCUUUAGAAGACAUUAAUGAUAAUGGACCUAUCCUGUCCAGCACCGAAGGAGAAGUAAAGGAGAACCACAGAGCAGGAACUCAUGUAAUGACUUUACAGUCUUCAGAUUUGGAUCUACCUCCAAACCAAGGUCCCUUUACAUAUUAUCUCCUCAGUACUGGACCUGCAACCAGCUAUUUCAGUCUUAGUCCUGGAGGAGUUCUCACCACAACCAGAGAAAUUGAUAGGGAACAAAUUAGUGAAUUCUUCUUAUCUGUUGUCACAAGAGACUCGGGGUUUCCACAGAUGUCUUCUACAGGAACUGUCCAUGUAAAAAUUGUAGACCAAAAUGACAACCCAUCUGAGCCUAGGGCAGUUGAGAUUUUUGUUCACUAUUACGGAAAUCAGUUUCCUGGUGGUGGUCUAGGUAGUGUAAAACCUCAGGAUCCAGAUAUCUUGGAUAGCUUUCACUGUACUCUAACAUCAGGAGUAUCAAAUCUCUUUAGUAUCCCUACAGACAGUUGUGAUCUCAAUUCUCAAGCAAGGUCCACAGAUGGAACCUUUGACCUCAUGGUUCACAGCAGCGAUGGUUUGCACAGUGCAGUUACGAAUAAUGUUCGAGUUUUUUUUACAGGAUUCAACAAUGCUACAAUUGAUAACAGCAUACUUCUUCGAGUAAACAUACCAAACUCUAGAGACUUUUUAACUAAUCAUUAUCUCCACUUCUUGCGUAUUGCUAGUUCACAACUUGCUGGUCUUGGAACUGCAGUACAAAUCUACGGAGUCUUUGAAGAAAAUAAUCGAACAUUUGUUAUGACUGCUGUGAAACGAAAUAAUAACCAGUAUGUAAAUCCCAGUGGAGUAGGCACCUUUUUUGAAAGUAUUAAAGAAGUGAUGUUUAGACAAAGUGGAGUAUGGAUAGAAUCAGUAGACCAUGAUUCAUGUACACAUAACCCUUGCCACAAUGGUGGGAGCUGCAUGAGGAGGCUUGCUGUAGGUUCAUCAGUAAAAAUCCUUGAAAGCAUACCUGUAAUUAUUGUGGCAAAUGAGCCACUCCAGACGUUUGUAUGCAAAUGCAUGCCGGGAUAUGAUGGGAAUUUGUGUGAGACAGAUAUUGAUGAGUGCUUACCAUUGCCAUGCCAUAAUGGUGGGACUUGCCACAACUUGGUAGGAGGAUUUUCCUGCAGCUGCCCAGAUGGUUUUACUGGAAUUGCAUGUGAACGGGAUAUUAAUGAGUGCCUUUCCAGCCCAUGUAAAAAUGGUGCGGUCUGUCAAAAUUUCCCUGGAGGAUUCAACUGUGUCUGCAAAGCUGGCUCCACAGGUAAUUUACAAUAUCCAUGUUUGUAGACUAAAUUGUAAUAUAAGGCAAACAGCGAUGAAAGCUGACUAUGUUAGUACACCAAUCUCAGAGAGGAGGAUAAAAAGUAAAAUUAAGGUUUCCAAUUACAAUCAUAAUGGACAUUUAAAAAAAAAAAAAUAUAUAUCCAGUUUUGUUUAUUUGUACCUUCCAGUGGGAAGUAUUUUAUUAAAAAUAAGGAAUUUAGGCUGCUGAUAGCAGCCAUGUGUAUGGCUAAGGUUUAAGGUUUCUAAUAUCUUCACCUAGUGAUAAAUAUUGUUUGGAAAUGGUCAUACAAACAGAGAUUACACGGCAGAAAACAUUACUGUUCUAUUUAGAUGCAGUAUUAUCUCAAAUGUCAUAUCGCAAAAAACUGUCAGAAAGUAAGAUGUAGCUUAAUAUAUUGUAAUGCAAUUUUACAUGAAUGCAUCAAACCACAAAACAUAUUGAUCCAACUAAAUAAUUAUAUUAAUUAUGUUUUAGAUAUGUGGGAGAGGCUGUAUAUUCUUGCUGGGAAAUUAUCUGAUUAAUGAUGUUUAUGGUACCUGGAAUAUUCUUUAUAAACCUGAUACUAUCAUAACCCACAUUUGUACACUGAGCACAAAUGGAUUAAUGAAAGAUAUAGUAUACCUACAAUGAACAACAAUAUCAAUAAAUUGGUAUAACUUUACAGAGACUAUACAGUCAGGUCCAUAAAUAUUGGGACAUCCACACAAUUCUAAUCUUUUUUGGCUCUAUACACCAAUGGGUUUGAAAUGAAACAAAGAAGAUGUGCUUUAACUGCAGACUUUCAGCUUUAAUUUGAUGGUCCUAAUCAGGUGAACGGUGUAGGAAUUACAAUAGUUUGUAUAUCUGCCUCCCACUUUUCAAAGUACCAAAAGUAAUAGGACAAUUGGCUGCUCAACUGCUCCAUGGCCAGGUGUGUGUUAUUCCCUCAUUAUCCCAUUUACAAGUAGCAGAUAAAUGGUCCAGAGAGUUUAUAUUUUAAUUUAUUUAUAUUUGAUGGCAAUCUAGACAGCACAGUAUAUAAAAUAAAUGUAUAACUACUUAAUGACACCCUUGUCAUUCACAUAUGUGGUAGAUAACAGGUACAGUUUAAAAUGUGGCCACGAUUGUAUCUUUAGGUAAACCCAACAUGUUUUUAUGGACUAGAAAAUAAACUGGGCCAGUACAAUCUUAUCAAUAGCAUAAGAGCACUGGCCCACCAAUUCUCCCAAGUAGGUUUUAUGUAACGAUACUGCCUUUAAUAUUGUAAGAGUAGAUAGCAUAACACAAUGUUAUCUGCAUUUUCAGAUACAAUUCAAGCAUAUAUAAAUUUCGAAAGCUGUAAAAAAUUUGAGUGAGUUUGUUACCUCUGUUAUCAAAUGUACAGAUUUACUUACAAUGAUGUUCAACUAUAACAGUUCAUGAGAGUUCAACUCUUGCAUAGAACUAUAGUCAUGUGAAACAAGGCAUAGACAAAUGGAUGUAAAAAAUAAAAAGUAAAAUCAAACAUCAAGUAGUAUUAUUAAGUAUAUAAUACAAGCAGACAUCCAUGUCAACAAUGAAGCAAGCCAAAGUUCAAUAAGUUCAACUAUUUCAGAUCACUGUGAGAACAUGGUAAUAUUUAGCUGUAUGAGUUUUUUUUUCUAUCAGUCUAUCAAUCUAUCUGUAAUACCCGGCAUAGUAAAUAUAUUCUUUAAUCAAAUUGCCAAAGAUGUUCAUGUUUUGAAUGCUUCUAAAUCUCCAUGGAUGUUAGUAUAUGACAAAUCGGAACCAUAUUGUUAGAUAAUUUCCCUGUGCACCCAAUGAUUCAAUGUGAUAGACUUCCAUGCUUCAACAUGUGGAAUAACUAUUACUCUGCAUUGCAUGUUAGAAUAAAAUAUUCACUGUACAUAGGUUUCCUGCAAAAAUAAACAGUGUACAAAAAUGUAAUAGGACACACAGCUUCACCAGCUGCUUAGAGCAACGUUGUCCAGAGCACCACCUCAAACCACAGACUCAGAAUAGUCCAACCCUCAAAGAGUGUAUUAGAGCACCUUUAUUCUGCAAAAAUAUGUUUAUAUAAUAAUUGUAUUCUUAUACAGUUGACAUUUAGGUUAUCGAAAAAGUGAAUGUUAUCUUGUGAAAGUUUUCAUAUCCAGAAUGCACAGAAAUAAGAAAUAGCUUAAUUUUUUACAUUUGCCUAACAUAAUAAUGGUUGCAUAAAUAGCGUUUUAUCACUGCAGAUUUGUAUCAACAUGAAGGUAACUCGAAGUCCACUUUCAGAAAUUUCGGUGAGCUAGUGUUUCUUCUUAUUGGAUACCACUGGCAGUGAAAAAUAUGUGGUUUUCUUGUGAAAAUGGUACCAUUUUAGGAGUCAAAUUUGCAGCUAAAAUGUUUCUUUCAAUAAUCUUUAUUAAACAAUAAUCCCAAAGUUUAAAUACAUUCUUUUCUAAACCAGGAAGCCAGUGUUUAGAAAGAACCGACAUUUUAAAAGGUGACCAUUUUGAAAAAAAUAAAUCAGGAACAGUUACUGAUCAGAAUACAGCUGCAGAGUACAUUACAGCAGGUCUACAUAUGGUAACAGUAGCGAUACCAUCACUUAUAACUAAAUGUAACUCACUGCACAGUUUAUGAAAUCACAGAUAUCACCAAACCUCAAUAUAUCCAACAAUCAACAAGACAUAUUGGGAUAUUUAGCAAACACGCAAUUCUAGAGUGUAGUAUUAAAACAAAUGGAUUAUUCAUGCCAAUUUCUUUACUGUUUUGUUGUUGAUCGCUUCACAGUCAUAUUGUUUUUUAGAUGUAUGGCUCUAUGUUUUAAAAACUUAAUAAAGGUAAUUUAUUUUAAUUACUAGUAUUUUAUAGUACCAUCAUAUUCCACAGUGAUUUACAAUUAUACAAUUAGCGUAAUAGCAAGUAAUUUAUAAACAAUGUUGACAGAUACAAGAGUUGGAGAAGGCCUUGCUUAAAUGAGGUUAUUACUUCAGAGAAAAGAGCAUGUGCCUCAUUUGCCAGAUGAGCAAGAUGCCAGCAUCCUAGCACAUUAAAGUGGUACUCUAAGCACCAAAACAACAUUAUCUUAAUAAAGCAGUUUUUCUGUAUAGAUCAUACCCCUGCAGUCUCACAGCCAAAUCUCUGCAAUUUAGAGUUAAAUCACUUUUGUUUCUGUUUAUGGAGCCAAAGACACACCUUGAUUUAACUUUUUUAAAAAUGUGUAAAAGAUACCUUUGUUAUAUAUUGUAAGAAGAACCUAUAUGUGAGGUAUUUACCCUUCUUUGAUUUCUGUGUGUGCGCUUAUCACCCUUAUUUGUUUCCUUCAUGACAUCACAGUGUGUUUACCUGCUGUGUUAACUAAACUUAAUUCACACACAGAAGGAUCCAGCAUGCUCUAGCAGGCUAUUGACAGAGCUGGAGAUAAGAAAAUCAAAUUUAACAAACUAUGCAAUAGAAGAAUUUUAAACAUUAGAUCUCUUUACAGGAAAUGUGUAGAGAGACUAGGGCUGCAUAAAGAAAGUGAUAUAAUUCCUAUAUGGCAGAAAAUUGAGCUGUUAGACUGCAGGGGCAUGAUCUAUACACUCCAUUAAGGUAAAGUUGUUUUGGUGUGUAUAGUGUCCUGUUAUGUUCAUUUUAUUAAAAUGUUAUACUAUCUCAUCUUACAAAGUUGUAGCACACACCUCCCACUUCUUCCAUAUCUGGUGGUAAAGUCCUUAUUUGGAACCUAGUUGUUUUUAUUCUCUAAUCCAUGGGUCCUCAAACUCUGCCCCCCCCUCCCCCCCAGAUGUUGCUGAACUACAACUCCCAUGAUUCUCUGGCUAUCUAUGUAAUUCAAAGAAUCAUGGGAGUUGUAGUUCAGCAACAUCUGGGGGGCCGGAGUUUGAGGACCCAUGCUCUAAUCCCUAAAUUUAAACAUUGAAUCCCAAAAUAGAUAAAUUAAAGGAUCACUAUAGUGUCAGGAAAACUAAGCGGUUUUCCUGACACCAUUGUGCCCUGAGGGUGCCCCCACCCUCAGGGUCCCCCUCCCGCUGGGCUGUAGGGGUUAAAACCCCUUUAGCAGCUUACCUUUUUCCAGCGCCAGGCUCCCUCGGCGCACGCGCAUUCAAGCUGUCAAUAGGAAAGCAUUUUUCAAUGCUUUCCUAUGGACAUCCCGCGUGAUGGAGGCAUAAUAUACCUCCAGCGUCACAGAUGCGCCUUUAGUGGCUGUCUGGAAGCCACUAGAGUCUGGCAUAUCCCAGCAAUGUAAACAUUGCAAUUUCUCUGAAACUGCUAUGUUUGCAUCUGCAGGGUUAAAACCUGAGGGACAUUGCACCCAGACCACUUCAUUGAGCUGAAGUGGUCUGGGUGACUAUAGUGUCCCUUUAAAUAAAUAGUAAAAGAUGAGUUGUAGAAUAUAUAUAUAUAUAAAUAUAUAUAUAUAUAUUUGUUGAUCCUGAAGAAAGUCCAUAGAUUGGACUGAAACGUUGGUCAUUUUUUAACUUGGAAUAAAGUAAAAAUUUUAACAAGACCGUGAGUACUACUGACUACAACCCUUAUCUGGAUAGCUUAAGCCACUGUGUGCACCCGGCAUUGGAACUGUAAUUUGGCCUGUGUGCAAGGAACUCUACUAUAUAUAUAUAUAUAUAUAUAUAUUUAUAUAUAUAUAUAUAAAAUGUUUGUGUAUAUAAAAUACAUUCUCGGUAAUGAAAAUGACAUAUAAAAAACAAACAGCUGCACUAUUAUAUAAUCAUCAUUUCUCACAUUGCAGGUAAACUCUGUGAAUCAGCAAUUAAUUACUGUGAAUGCAAUCCUUGCUUUAACGGGGGUUCUUGCCAAAGUGGAGUGGAUGGCUACUACUGUCACUGUCCAUUUGGUAAGUACAAUGAAUAAAAUGUGUACAAUGCAAUUUAAGCAGCAAUUAAAACAAGUCUUAGUUUUUCUUUGAUUGAAGCCAAUAGUACAUAUUGUUCUUACUUUCAGCUCUUUUGGACUACAUUACAUGUUGUUUUAGACUUCCAGACUUCCAUAGAACUUUAGAAUUUUAUGGAGUUCUAUAAAGUUAGAACUGAAAGGGUCAACAUAAGGUAAUUAUGUAUUUUAUGGCCCUUCACAAUCAGAAAUAUGAAAAGAGAUGCCUCCUAUUAGUCACUUUCUCCAUUAGUGCCAAGUUUAGACAGAGACACAGACACAAAGACUAAAAAUAGCUCUCUAGUUUGUAAAAACAUAUAUAUUAUAUAUUAGAAAUAUCUAUAUAUAAUGCAGAAUGUAAACUGUGUUUGACCCAUGUAUGACCUGACUUACGUAUCCCGACAUCUUUUAUUUAUAUUAAAAUACAUGAAAAAUGGUACAUCAAUUACCUUAAUCAUUAGCUGUGUACAUGCUGUGUACUAUUAUAGCUUCUAAAGUUGUUCAUCUUUUGUUUUCUUAUUAACCCUUCAAGAACAUAACACUAUAAAAACAUUGAUUUUGACAGCUGAUAAAAGCUAGGCCCAUAUAUUGAAACCCAUUUGCAUGCAUGGCUUGAUCAAAGCCAGCUCAGAGUAGAAAAUAACUGAUUUACUGUGACAUUAUAGCAAGUUAAUUAUAUUUUAAGCUCAAAUGUAUAGUCAGUGGCUGCAAUUAAGGGGCGUCCAUACGCUUCUCUUUGUGUGGAGGUCAGCGAGGCAGCGACACAAAAGAUGAAAGUUAGCAGACUUGGUUACAUGUAUUUAAUACAUUUUAUUUAACAUAUAAUCAAUACUUCUGUUAUGAGAGGAAUCUUUCCAGGUAAUGUCUCUUUAAAAGUUGAAACACUUAAAUGUUGAAAAAAUAGUUGAUGAAGUUUCACACUGCAUUUGAGAUCAGUAUCUCUCUUUAAAAGUCCUAAGUCACACAAAGGUGAUUACAUUAACUAAUGAAGUUUUUCUCUGCAAAGUAAAAUAAUGUUUUAAAAGUCUAUGUUUUAUAGCCAGGAUAUAUAUCUUAUUCAGGAAAGGAAAUAGUGUUUAGUAACUCCACCAUUUUUCAUUUUUAAAUUCAUUUUUACCUCAGUUCUCCAGUAUACAAAAAAAAAUGAUCAUGUCUUGGUAAGUUCAUCUGUAAAAAUAUUCUCGUAUAGCUUCAGGUGAUCAGUAGAUUUAAAGUCUAUGAAAGAAUAAUUAAACAGAAAAUGCUUGUCUUGUAUAAAUGGCCGUUCAUAACUCAAGUUCGGGUUCACAACUCUACAAGUAAAAUAAACUAUGAAAUCAUGUUAUUUCUCUAUCACCUUUUAUCAUAUCUCAUUUUUAAUUGUGAAUUAUAUGAGUUCACUUUGGAAACCAAGCCUUUUUAAAGUGCCAAUAGGAUCGACAUUUGGAAACAAAACAACUAAGAAGGUUAAAGAAAGAUGCAUUUAAAUAAUUAGAACUAUGUCUUCAUAGGUUUUGGAAAUCUAUCUCAGUUAAAUCACUUCUUUCCACUCUCUUUGAAAGCCAAGCAUAUAUAUUUUUGUGAGACAGUUACCUCAUAAGUUAGUGUACGUUUUCCAGUUUUUCCAUGAGAAUAUAGCCAUAUUUAUCAGAUUCAAGAUCAGUAAUUCUUGGAAGAAUAAAGAAAACAGACAGCUAAUUAGUUAUUUUGGAGAUGUUGUUUAGUGUUUAAAGGGGACUCAUCAUUAAAGAGAAAAUAUUUUUACUCAACUAACAAUAUUCAAAGAACACAGCAUAACAUAGCAUAGUCUGCCAGCAGGCAGAUCAUGUUAUUUCAAUGAGCAAUUUAUGUUUUAUUAUCCCAUACUGCAUGCAUGCUUGUGUCUUCAGUGCAGUUAUUCCUCGUAAUGAAUGGAAAAUAAUGCAUGGAUAAUACACAGAUCACCUUUUUGCAGUUUUGGGGCUCUAAUCUCAGGCAGAACUAGGACAGAGAUUGUUGUGCCUCAAAUUAGUGUUACACUUCCAAUAGCACCUGCAUCUGAAAUAGCUGCCGACUGUGAAUGUAGCCCCAUGUAGCCAAAGCGCAGCUAAGCGAAAAAAGGCCUUGACAGGGGUUAGGAGGCGGGCAUAGGAGGAGGGAAGGAAGUAUGGAGUUAUGGGUAAGUAGGCUUGGCUAUUUAAAUAGGCAGCCAUUUUAAAGCCUUCACUUUUAAUUACUACCUUGCUGAGUUUGUCCCGCCCACCCUCCCUGAAUUUGGUUCGGACUUGGGUUAUCCCGUUUUUUCACAGCGGCGGGAUAGGGAGCUGAAGGAGAAGAAAUAGGCUCCCUAGGAUGAACGUCAUGGAGACGUAAAACUGUGGUCAUUGGUGGUUGGUAGGUUCCGAGUCCUGUCGGUGGCUCAGAAUCUGGUGGGGCAGGGGUAUCCGGGUAUACCCCUGCCAUGGUUAAUUUAUGUUUGGCACUUUAAGUUGGUAUGUUGGAAUAUGUUGAUACGUAUGUUAUAUGUAUAUGUAUACAUGUUAUUUAUAUGGGGGUCAUUGCCUGUUAUAUUAACAGAAGGAUUCGGUUACGAGGGCGGAGUAUGGGGGCAAUGACCCAUGUUUAUUGUUAAAAUUAUUAUUGCUUAAUAAAUUAUUAUUAUUCAAGAUUAUUUAAAUAAAGCUGUGGACAAAUUUUCCCAUAUACCUUUGUGUCAGUGAGUUAUUGGGUUAGGUAUGUGGGAGGGUUGUCCUGGAGUCCGACUGCCCAUAUGGCGACUAUACACCGGUCAUGUAUCUCCCACUAAUCUCUGUAGUCACAAGACAACUUUAGCUUAAUAAAUAAGUUUUGGUAUAUGGAUAAUGCCUCUGAAGUUUCACUGCUCAAAUCUCUUCCAUUUAGGAGCUAAAUCACUUUUAUUUAUGUUAAUACAGCCCUAGCCACACCUCCCCUGGCUGUGAAUGACUCAGCCUGCAUGAAAACAAAAUGUUUUCAUUUUCAAUCAGAUGUAACUUACUUUAUAAGGUUUUACCUUCUGCUCUGCAAAUUGAACUUUUAUUACAUACAGGAGGCUCCUGCAUUGUCCAACAAACUAUUAACAGUGCAGGACAUACUAAAUUUAAAACUGAACAGAAUUUGCAAUAAAGGAAGUGUAACAUUACAUGACUCUUUACAGGAAGUGUUAGAAAGACUGUGUAAGUCACAUGGAGGGAGGUGUGUCUAGGGCUGGAUAAACAAAGUGUUUAACUCCUAAAUGGCAUAUAAUUGAGCAGUGAGACGGCAGGAGCAUGAUCAAUACACUAAUAUGGUUCAUUUAAAUAAAGUUGUUUUGUUGACUAUAGUGUCCAUUUAAGGUUAGUUUUAAUGUGAGUGUUAUUGUAAUGUAGGGGUUAAUGUUUAGUGUAGGGUUUAAAGAGUUACCCCAAAAAGCAUUGUUUUCAUAAAACACUGCUGGUCGGCACCCCGAGCUUAAAAAAAAAUCAAACAACAAAAACUUACCUUACUCUCCAAUGCCGAGGCCAUGUUCCCCCUCAGCCUGAUCUCCCUCCUCUGAUGUAACUCCCUCUCUGGCAGGACAGAAGGAGGACCAUGUAGGACAGCCUAAGAGGAGGGUAGUGGCGGCAUAGGGGUGGGGUAAUGUAGUAAUUACUAUGGACUUUAGUGUAGUGUGUAAGAUAAUGUAGGGGUUAAUGUGCAGUGCAGUGUAUUAUGGUAGCAUAAGGGUUAAAAUGAUGCCUGAGAUUAGUAGGAGUUUCAACCCUGGUAAGCAGCUAUUUCAGUUGCUAUUAUUAAAAUGGCAACAGGUGUCACUUUGGAGUGUAGCUUCCACUAAUCUCGACAUGUAUUAUGUACACAAACAACAUAUACAUUUGUCACUGCUGUUUCCAUCCUUCAAGAGGAUCUGAUUAGAGACCUAAAGGAAAAUAGUACAGUAGUAUCUUUCCCAUAAACCAUUGAACUGAACAUGUGAAUUUGGCAAAUAGUUGUUUCUCAAACCAACAAACCAUAUACAACAUGCAACAUACAUAAUUACUCAGAAUAGAAAAUAUGACCACAUUGAUGGGCAAACAGACAAAACUUAACUGUCUCAACAUCAAACAUUGCACAUGUUUCAAAUACCUCACUAUCCAUUAGAAAAAAAAUUAAAUAUAAAAGGAAAUAUAUUUGUUUAAAAAGAGAAUAAAAUGGUUCAGCCAUUUUAAAUACUCAAUAUUGUGUAUUUCUUUACCAGUCAGCUACUGUGCAGCCCUGAGACAGGAAGCACCUCCAGUGGCCAUCUAAGGAGUGGCCAAUUGGAGGUGUCCCUAGGGGCAAUGUAAACACUGCCUUUUCUCUGAAAACACAGUGAUUACAUGAAAAAGCCUGAAGGGAGCUAUUAUACUCACCAGAACAACUAUAUUAAGCUGUAGUUGUUCUGGUGACUAUAGUGUCCCUUUAACUGCUACAUCAUCUUAAACAUUCUUAGCAAAAUAUGUAGUUAUUGGCAGCUUUUUUUCUGUCAUAUUCAUUUAUGGGCAAGUUAAUUUGAUUGAUCUACUUUUUAAUUACCAAGACACUGUCAGCAGUGUUUAUGCUAUUUAGAUACAACUUUAGGUAUCACUGGGAUUUAUGAGGAAAUUUGCCAUGGCAUUAUCCCAUUCAUGAUAAAUCAGGCCUUUCGUAUUUCCAGAUGACCCUGCUUUGAAAUUUAACUAGAUUACUUGAUACACUUCAGUAAAAUUUAUAAAAACAGGAUUUUCGUUUUAAUAGGACUUUGUUAAAAAAGGAAGCCAACUUCCCCAACUUUUAGCCUCAUUAAAAGUCUUUUUUUUUUUGUGUGUGGAAAAAAGGUUAAAGAACAAAUCAGGCACAACAAGUUGAAGAGAAAAAAAAAUAGUUUUUUUGGCUGAAAAUCAUUCUAUUGCUUUCCAUGUGAAAGUAAGCUUAGGAAACCAGAAGGAAUGAGAGACACAGUAUGAUUAAUGAAGUGCAGGAAGCUGUAUUUGACUUGCAUGCAAAGAGGGAAAAAAUAUCAAAUACCUGGUUAGUGAGGCCAUCUCUUGUACAGAGUUGGAUGUUCUUUACCUGCUAUUAAAAUUCACAUUAGUCAUGGAUAUUCAUUUUAGCCCACCAUAGUUAUUUAAUGAAGAUACCAUAAAAGGUUAAGAAAAAUAAAAGGGGGGCAUUAAAGAAAAACAGCUGGAAUUAAUUUUACCAUGUUAACCCUUGUCUUUGUUGAGCUGCUCUAUUGUUCCACACAGAUAACAAGGCAAGCGAUCCUUACUCAUAUGGUAGUACAUUUGCUGUUAUUAUAUGCAAGUAUAGUUUAGGCAAGGCUAGUGAAAACAUGCUAAUUCCUUAAAAUGUGAAUUUUGGGAAAUUGACAAUGGUGUUGCACAUUUGUGUUCAAAAUAGGUGAAUUAGAAACCUUUUAAAACUUAGGUUUAACUUUGUAGCUUUUUUGACCCGAAUUUUACACUUAUUUCACCAAUUCUUCACAUUUCCUGAUUUACAGAAUAAUUCAUAUUUUACGAGUACCUGAAAUCAAAUAACAGUAACUCAAAAUUAAACGUUCAUAUCAAUACUUCUCGAUAACACGCUUUACUGUUUCUUUUUAGGUGUCUUUGGAAAACACUGUGAAUUAAAUAGUUAUGGGUUUGAAGAACUGUCUUACAUGGAGUUCCCCAGUCUGGACCCUAACAAUAACUAUAUUUAUAUAAAGUUUUCUACCAUAAAAAGCAAUGCCUUACUUCUUUACAAUUAUGACAACCAGACUGGGGAUACAGCAGAGUUCUUGGCCUUGGAAAUAGUAGAAGAAAGGAUGCGAUUUUCCUAUAAUCUUGGCAGUGGCACUUACAAGCUUACGACAAUGAAGAAGGUGUCUGACGGACAGUUCCACACAGUGAUCGCACGGAGAGCCGGAAUGGUAGGAGACUUUUCUUGAGCAUCACUUUUUCUUUCCUUCUUAAACAGGCAUUUGUUUACAAAUACAUCACUUUUGAAAAAAAAAAACCUUAAACAAUUGAAAAACAUCCUGUAUUUUACGAAUAUGCUAGUUUAUGCAUAACAGGAAAUCAAACGCUCAUUGCACAUGCAGCAGGAUGACUUUUACCCAACAUGCUUAUGGAAUAUUUCAAUAAUAAAUUGAAUUUAAUUAAUCAAAAGUGACUAUAUUUAUAAUAUGCAGCACACAUACACAUAUGGUACGCAUUGAAAAGUUACCUUAUUAAGAGAAAUGAAACUUAGGAAUGCAUUACUGAUUAAUAACUUUUAGACCUUAAUGUUUCCAUGCUUACAAAAUUAUUUAAACAUUUGUUACAGCCUUCAUCUUGGUUAGUUGUGAUAAAACUGUGUAUUUAACCUCUAUGUACUAGGUUAACAAAGCACAGAAUCCGAUACAAAAUGGCCUGUUUAGCAAAAUCUGUGAAGUCCUUUCUCAGUGAAGAUUUUGCUCUGAUUUGCAUGUAGAUGCAGUAAAAAAAUACAUACUUUUGCAGCCAGAAAUUCAUUCAGCAUGGGGAAAAACAGAUCACAUUUCCCAGUUACUUAUUACUGAUAACAAGGAGACUUUAAAAAAACAAGAAAAAAAACAUACCUAGUUUUCUCUCCAAGUAAACAUUCCAUGUAUCAGGAAAUUGAUUUUUAACUACUCAGUUUCAUGUUGUAAGUAGACAUUGUAAAUCACAUCACACGUACGUUGGGCAUAAUGGCUGAACAGUGAGUUGGGUUUGCGAAAUGCUGUGACUGUUGAUUUGCAAAAUAAAAGUACUGGAGACAUUGUUUAGCUAUUCUAGUUCUGAAACUUGUUUAUCAACUUAUGGCAAGCUACUUUUUAAUGAAAAUACCUCUUUGAACAAUUACCAAUGUAUUGAUUGACCCCUCCAAUCUGAUUUUGUGUGUAAACAGCUUAGAUGGUGAAAAAAGAAUCAAAGUUACCAAUUUUGAUGUACGUUACAACCACAUGUUAUAGUGCCAGAAGUGCCCCGGGGUCCCCCAUUGCAAGAAGUAAAAAAUGUUUUACUUGACUUGUCACCUUUUGUUCAUCUGACAUACUAUACUCAAUUGCAAAGUUGGCACAACACAACCUGUAGUGAAUAGUCACUGAUAUUAGCAGAAAAUAUGUAUGUGUUUUAAUUGUAUUUAUUUAUUAUCUAUUACUGGCUUUUAUAAAGUGCCAACAUAUUCUGCAGCACUGUACAGCUAGGAAAAAACAAUAACAACUAAUAUAACAGGUAAAGAGGGCCUUGUCCAUGUGCUAAAAUUUAGCCAAUGAAGCUGUUUUAUACAAAGUUCCUAGUUAGAUAGCCUGUGAGCUUACAAUCUAAAGGAUAUAAGGGGGAUUUGAGACAUGAGGUAGCAGGGGAAUUUGGAAGUGAUGGGAAGUGAGAGCGUAAAGCAAAGUUGCAGCUGCUGUUAAUGUGUUAUGGGUAAGGGGGUAAUUGAGUAAAAUCUCAAGCAGCUGGAGGAACAUGCUAUAAAUUUAGAAGGAAGCUGGGGGGGGGGAGUGGGUAGGUAAUGUUUAGAGAAAAUUAAGAGCUGGUGUUUUUUUUGUUUGUGGGUUUGUAAGUCAAGACCUAAGAAACAGGGAUAGAGAUAAGACACAGUUAUAUAAAGGUAUUUUCAGCUAGGAGGGGCCAAUGGUGGAGAGAGAGAGAGGGGAUGGAUCAAGCAAAUAUUUCUUUGUAAACAAUUGAAAAACUUUCCAACCAUAUUCUGUCACCCAAAAUAUUAAUAACUGUGUAUAUGAAUAUUAAUGGAAUACAUUCACAUAAAAUAACAAUGAAAAACUGCAUGUACAGAAAAGUAUAAUGGUAAAUGUAACAUUGUUAUAGUAACAAAUAAUAAUAAUAUGGUGACAAUCUUCCAAGGUUCAGUCAGUAACCAAAAGUUGCAGGGAGAGGCGAAACGAAGAGUCUAAGUUUUUGCUGUGGGUUUGUGAAUCAAGGCCUAAAAAACAGUUAAGGAACAUUUUAGUAUAAGGAAUACAAAGCUGUAUUCCUAAUACUAAAGUUUUCCUCUGCCCCCUCCCUGCCCCCUUGCUCCCCAGUAAUUACAGGGUUAAAAAAACCUUUUACACUCACCUUAUCCUAGCCCUGAGGUCCCUUGGCGCUGGCUUAUCUCUGCCCCACAUGCAUUAAGCCUUACCCAUAGAAAAGCAUUGAAGCAAUGAUUUCCUGUGGGGUAUUUGAAGACGCUGGACGUCCUCGUGCAAAGCGUGAGGAUGUCUAGCGUAGUUACAUGAAGUUAAACAGCAGGAAGUGCCUCUAGUGGGUGUCUGGCAGUCUGGCAGACAGCCAUUAGAAGCAGUUUUAACCCUGCAAUAGAAAAAUCACAGUUUCUCUAAAACUACAAUGUUUCACAUUGCAGGAUUAAGGGAACAGGGACAGUGCACCCAGAUCAUUUCAAUGAGAUCAAGUUGUCUGGAUGCCUAUAGUGUCCCUUUAAUAUGCUCAUUUUCUUCUUCUGGAUAUAUGCUGAGUUUGCUGAAUACUUGACAGGCCUGUAUCAGGGUUUCCUGUUUAAAAAAUUAAAAUCUGCUCAACAUUUGUUCUGAUCGAAUCAAGAUUUUUUUUCUACUUAUAAUGAUCUAUUGGGCAUUAUUCUUUAGGUUUAACCUUCUCUUAACUAAAUAUUAAACAUGAGGUCCAAUCAAAUGCGUUCUUCCUUUCCAUACCAGGAAUAUGCAAUAAUGUUUUUGGUUUUUUUUGUAAGUAACUUCGUUCAUGUUUACUCACAAAUGAAGCUGCUUUGGACUGUGUCUGUAUGAUCACUGUACAGCUUUCAAAAAGAAAAGCUGAUAGCAGAUCUACCACUUCCAUAAACAAAAUGGAGCUCCAAGGUGGGCUGAGAUAAACUGCAAAGUCUUUGCAGCAACUUAGGGACCCUCAAAGUCUAGUAUUCAUUCCAUCUAUUUAAAUAAUUUGCUUCUAUUUUCAUUCCUUUUCUACAUGACAUACUAAAAUGUUGUGGUUAACUCCAGUCCGGAAUGUCCCUUCAAAUUUUGAACCAACCCAUAUGAAUAUUAAGUAUUGUGUCCUGACAACAUCUGUGGCUCAUCAUUUGGAUCUGGUCAUUGAAAGCAAUUACUGAACCUCACAGAGCAGAUUGUGGAAGCUAUAAAAUUGCUUCCCCUCCACAUUUAUGGAUUUUUCUGCAACAUAUGUUAAUUUUCUUCUUCUGGAUAAAUGUUGAGUUUGCUGAAAACUUGACAGGCCGGUACCAGGGUUUCCUGUUCUGGCACAUUAUGAUGACAGUUUAAUUUAAAAAAUUAAAAUCUGCUCAACAUUUGUUCUGAUCGAAUUAAGGUCCAGAUACAUUUAAAGAGUUACUCCAACCCUUUUUGAAAUAUUUUUUUUUCUACGUAUUAUGCCCUUUUAGGCAUUAUUCUUUAGGUUCCCCACCAGUUAACUAAAUAUUAAAUGCAAGGUCCAAGAAAAUGCAUUUGCUUAGACGAUUUAACCGUCUCCCCAAAAAACUCCAAAUAAACUAACAUAGUAUAGGGAAGGGGAGGGCUACAAUGAAGAAGGGAGAACCUGAUUACAUCAGUAAUUAGGCAGAGUUCCAGGCUGCCUAAGUCACUUGUGCUGGCGUUGUAACUAGCCCCAGGCACAUACAGACAUUUACCACCAUGUAUAACCUCUUAAUGACCGUGAACGUAUCAGGUACAUCCAUGGGGAAUUAGAGCGCUGGAAGCGAUCAUGAUUGCUUCCAGCAGCUCUAAUGGUAUUGCAGCGAUGCCUCAAUGUCGAGGCAUCUCUGCAAUACUCCCCUCACUGCCAGGCCGCCGGAGAACACUAGGUGAUCGCUCCCCCCGGAGCGAUCACUUCCGGGUUGCUCCAUGUGGAGCCCGGCAAUGUAGAGCAGAGCAUCGGAAGUCAUCAGACAGGCGUCUGAUGCUCUGCCUGUACUGAGUGCCUUGAGGGUAGAUAAAUAUUAUUAUUUUUUAAAAAUAAACAAAUUAAAUAUAUUAAAAAAAAUGUAACCCCUACACUCCCUCCCACUCCCUUUUCAUGUACUUACAGUCUUCUUUGUCUUAGGGGGAGACAGUCCCCCCUCAGCAAUUUUGGACCCCCAGGGACCAUGUGACCGCUCUAAAAGAGCGGUCACAUGGCCGCAAUAGGUGUCCACAGUGCUGCCAGCAGGGGGACUGCCUGAACUGACAGGCAGUCCCCCUGCUGGAGAAAAAAGUUAAAAUAAAUAAAUAAAUAAAUAAAAGGUAAUAAAUUAAUAUAUAUAUAUAUAUGAGAUAUAUAUACAUAUAUUAAUAUAAAAAUACACUUAGAGUAAAAUUACACACGUCUAACUGUAUUUUGAUAUUUAUAUAUAUAUAUAUAUAUCAAAAUACACUUAGAAUGAAAAUAUAUAUAUAUAUCCCCUUAACGACCAUAAAAACGGUUGUUAAGGACCACAGACGUUUAUAUUUUUAGAUUUUGUCUAUUUAGCGAUAUCACUACUUAGCAGAUCCAUGUUAACCCAGGUCUAUGUAUUUUUUGUAACUAUUCUUGGCAUUAAGCCUACUGUUUGAAUUAUAUUUCUUUAUUCCUAUUUUACUAUUUCCAUUUACUCCUGAUCACCCUAUUGGUCUUUUCCAGUAGAAAUUUUUAUUUUUAUUUUCUCCAUGUAUAGCUGAAUGUGGGGGCUAUUGUUUUUUCAGUGAGAUAGUGGCUACAGUUGCUUAGUUUAGGUUUCCUAUGAAUCAUCUUAGGUGGGACAUCACACCAUUGUUUUGGGUGUGAUUUUCCAUUUUUAAGUUUAUACCUAUUCUGUAAGCCCUAUAUUGACCUGUUUCAAAACACCAUAAAACCUGUACAUGGUAGGUAUUGUUAUACUCGGGAGACUUCGUUGAACACAAAUAGGAGUGUUUAAAACAGUAAAACCUAUCACGACGAUGAAAUCACCAGUAAAAGUGCAGUUUUUGUGUAAAAAAAAUGCAAAAAAACAAAUAUGAACGCUAAAUUUGGCAAGCAUUUGUGGCUAAGUGGCUACUACAAAAGACUGGACAUACCCCAUUUUGAAUACCGUGGGUUGUCUACUUUUGCAAAUGGUAUGCCAUAGUGGGGUUAAUUUUCAUUCCUAGGCUGCUAUACGGUCUCAAAAGCAAUAUAGGCCAAGCAAACCAAUCUGGCAAAUUUCAAUGUACAAACAUGGAAAAGGGGAAAGCCCUACAUUUGACCCCAUGUAAGUUUGCAAAACAACAUAAAACCUGUACAUUGGGGGCACUGUUGUAAUCGGAAGAUGUUGCUGAACACAUACCAGGGUAUUCUUUGUCAGUAACACAUAACAGGAACUGAGAAUUCAUGCCUAAAGUACAAUGUGAGAGAAAAAUAACACAAAAAAAUGACUACCGAAAAGGUUGUCAAAGACUGGUGGUAGAAUUAGUGCAUGGAAAAUGUUAAAUACCACCAUUUGAAAUACUCUAGGAUGUCUACUUUUCAAAAAUAUAUGGUUUGAUGGGGGUAAAUUACAUUGGCCAACUUCAAAAAUGUCCAAAUAUGACAUGGGUGCAUGAUGACCAGCUGUGAAAAUUCCAAGUUUGAAAACUGGAAUGUGCAUCCUCCAAAUAAGGUCUCUUAGGCCCCAGAGAACCCGACACACCUUUACAUGGGUGGUAUCACUGUACUCAGGAGAUGUUGCUGAACACAUAUUGGUGUAUUCUUUGGCAGUAAUACAUAACAGGAGCUGAGAAACCAUGUGUAAAGUACAAUGUGUGUGAAAAAUACCACAAAAAAUGACUACCCAAAAGGUUGAUAAAGACUGGUGGUAGAAUUGGUGCAUGGAAAGUGUUAAAAUACCACCAUUUGAAAUAGGGUGUCUACAUUUCAAAAAUAUAUGGUUUGAUGGAGGUAAAUUACAUUGGCCGGCUUCAAAAAUGUCCCAAAUAGGACAUGGGUUCAUGAUGACCAGCUGAGACUAUUCCAAGUUGGAAAACUGGAAUGCUCACCCUCCAAAUAAGGUAUUUUAGCCCCCAGAGAACCUAACCUAGAUGAACCUAAAUGGGGGUAGAGAACCUAGAUGGGGGUAUCACUGUACUCAGGAGAUAUUGCUGAACACAUAUUGGGGUGUUCUUUGGCAGUAACCCUUAAAGUUCUCCAUACGUGUAUUCUUAAAUUGCUAUGUGUGUCAAAAAAAAUCACCAGUUAUUUUUUUUUAAAUUUGGCAUCGAUUGGUGGUAAAUGGUUGCAUGAAAAGAGUCAAAAUACCUUAGGUUGUCUUCUUUUAAAAAAUAUAUACAUGUGAUGGGUUAUUUGGGGAUUCCUGUCGGAUAUCAGAUAUCAGAACACGUUAACAUUUGGGCAUUUCUAAACUCAGGACAAAAUUUAGAAACUCUUUAGCAUGGGUGUUUUUUGGCAGCUGUAGAUGCGUAACAGAUUUUAGAGGUCAAAGUUCAAAAAGUGUGUUUUAUUAAAACAUUUUUUCAUCAAAUUUUAUUAAAAAAAAUUAUCGUAAAUUAUAUGAUAUGAUGAAAAUAAUGGUAUCUUUAGAAAGACCAUUUAAUGGCGAGAAAAACACUAUAAUAUGUAUGGGUACAGUAAAUGAGUAAGAGGAAAAUUACAGCUAAACACCACAGAAAUGUAAAAAAGAGCCCUGGUCCUUAAUGGUAAGAAAAUUUAAAAUUGGUCUGUUCACUAAGGGGUUAAAUCAAAUUACUAAUGUGAUCAUGGUGAUUGGAGUAACCCUUUAAUAAAGCCCAUACAGUGUGCUAAGGACAGUUUUAAGGUUAAUGAAGCAUUUGUUGAGUUAAGUCUGACAUUUUCAUUGUUCAAAGAAAAACUUAAUUCUAUCAGCAAUUUGUCUGUUUACCAACAGAUAAACUAUAAACAAAUUAUUGUAAAUUUGUCAAUUUAAGGUAUGUAUUGUGAAUAACAGUUCAAAAACUCCUUGGGGGAAAAACUGGAUUUCAGGAUAAAUAGAACAGCAUAGGCGUCCAUAGCCCUGGUGUUUAAUAAAUCAAAUAAUUGUCCAUUUUAUAUAGUUAUUGACCUGGUUUUUCCUCCCAGUUGGUCUUUCUUUCUUUCUUUCUUUCUCUUAUAAUACUCGUUUUAUAACCUCCUUAAAUCAUUAUGAGUAAAUAUCAUACUCCUUUAUAAGCAAAAGUUAUCUUUCAGUCUAACUUGGUUUUACUUAAUUUCACGAUCCUUUCUUCAUUCCUUUUAUAUUAUUGCACUUUCAGCAUUCUAAUUUAAACCCAAGAUCAUUUUUCACUAUUCAUUGUCCUCCACUUUAAUCCAUUAAAACCUGUAAACUUUCCAUCAUAUCAUGCUCUUUGCUCUACUUGGUACAAGUAUUAGAGUAAUUAAGUGUUUAUGUUUCCUUUGUCUUUAUGAAGAUCUAGAGAUCUUGACUGAAGAAUUUGAAUCCCAUACAUUUAGGUCUCCAGUGAUUUAUAUAUUGGCAUUCCUACCACUCUACUUAUGUUACUAAUUUCACUUCCUAUGCAAUUUAGAAUUCCAAAGCAAUACAAAGGUCACUUUCUGCCCUUGUUAUUUCAAGUUAAUGUUAUAGUUUGCCUUGUUGACUACAAUUUAAACUUGAUGAUGGCAUUAAAUUGACUAUCUGACACACCAUCCACCUCCCUUUUUUACGUGUAGUCAAUUUAAUUCCAUAUGCUAACCAUUUUAAUUCUUCAUUCGGUAUGCAAGAAGUAUUAGGUCCAUGGCUUACAUUUUAAGUAAUUAUGUGAUUUGCUAAAUUGUAGAGCAGUAUAUCACAUAUGAUAUGGUUAAUUUGGGGCAAAUAGUGGCAUAAUGAUGUUUUCCCUGCCACAUACAAUUGUGCUGAAUGAAACAUGACAUACACACUCAAUGUAUGACAUCUGUCCUGAACAUAUAGCAUUUUAAAUCUCCCAUCUCAUAAAAUGCAGUGGGAUUGCGCAAGGUUAGGCAUCAUUUGAAAAAGAAUCCAAAGAAUAACAAGGCACAUGUUAUUGAAAAAUGAAAAUCCAUAUAUUUUCUUUGAAAGGAAACAUGAUCUUAAUCUCUAUUAAAAUAACAACUUGUAAAAUGGUUGAAUUAAUUAUUAAAUUAAGAUAUUUGUGCUGUAAUUAUAUUGUUUCAAGAUGGUUGACUUUUUCAUGUAUAUUGUUGUAUGUAUGGUCCAUUAUUGUCAUUUUAUAACAUUAUUUUUACAGGAUAUAUAGUAUGGAACAUUAUGUAUAGUUUAGAUAUGCUUAUAGAAUGACCCUAUGCAUCUAUUAAUCUACAAUUAAUAGAGUAGCUAUGUAUGUACAAUUGCAGCAUGGGUCUUGGACCACCUGCAAAAUGUGUGAGACUGAUCCAUGUCUCUUUAAAAUGAAUGCAAGCAUAUAGUGUGAAUUAAAUCACUACUGUAGAGAGCAACCUCAACAAUGAUCUGCAUAUUCUCUUCCUUUAGACCAGGGUUCUCCAAACUCUAGUCCUCCAGAGGUUGCUGAACUACAAGUCCUAUGAUUCUUUAGAUAGUCAGAGAAUCUUGGGAGUUGUAGUUCAGCAACUUCUGGAGGGCCAGGGUUUUGAGAACCCUGCUUUAGACCACCAGGAACUGGAUUCCACACCAAAGUAGUGUUGUGGGUGUGCAACCUUUCAUAAUCGGCUAGCCCAAGUUGUGGGUCCUGAAUAUGUUCCAGGAUAAGUUCUUCAUAUUUUAAUCACUGGAUUAAACCCACUAAAAUAGAAAGUAAGCUUGGUUUGCAGAAAAAAUUUGGCAACUAUUUAAAAAACAUCAGUGUAGAGGAAGCAUUGGCUAGAGUGGGUGAAUCUCUAAUAUCAAGCCAAACCCACUUGCUUGAAUUGGCAAUUAGAAUGGUACACUGGGCAGAUGUCUUAUGUGGCAGUUUUUAAAAUCUGACCUCUAUGAAAAGUAACAUAAAAUUCUAUUUUGUAGAGUUUAGAUCAUGUAGAGCGCUCUUCAAUACUGGGAGGUUUUAGUCAUACAUAUAGCUAUCUUCCACUUGCCAGUAAAACCUAAAGAUCCCUAGCCAUAUAUUUUAAGGCAAACUAACAAUAAUGGUCCAUAUAAUGUGGAGACAUAGUCUGUUGGUUUUCAAGGUAAAUUAUCAUUUAGAUUUUUGCCUCACUUAACAAAUAUGAACUACUAUGCACUGCUUAUAAUGAAGCUUUUACCUAAUACUAUUUUUGUAAUUGCUCCAAACUAGCUUUCUAUAUAACCAGACUGCAGUGACUAUGCCAUUUGAGAGAGUAGAUGAAUGCCUUUAUAAGACACUGAUAAUGUGGAAUACAGCAUAAACACUUUACUGUGAAGAUUAACUUUAACCUUUGAGUGUUAGGCGAAUAGAAAACAUAUUGCUUUCUAAAAUUGCAAAUGGAGAUACCAUGGUGCCAUAUCAAAUUUGCCCUGUGACCUUUUUUGGCAGGCGGCAUCGUUGACUGUGGAUACUUGUUCAGAAGACCAGGAGCCUGGGUUCUGCACCGUCAGUUCUUCUGCUGUUUCUACUGAUUGGUAAUUGUUAAAAUACUCUUUUUCUUCAAAAUAAUUCUAAAAGAAAUUUUGCAUUGAAAUUACAUUACAAAAUGUUUAGUUAUCAUUGUUUUUGUGUUGUUCGGUGAAAACUUUAAUUACACUAAACAUUUUUUCUUUGAUAAACAGUAUUAAAAAUUGUUUACAGAUAUACAGUAUACCCACACAUUCAAAAAACAGUUGCCUAAUGCUGGCUCAAUCACAGUCACAAUCACACCAUGCAUAUGCUUAUACCAACACUUUUUCUAUUAGUGGUUCAGUGAAGAAGGGAUCAAUACCAAACGUUACACUAUGUAGCUUAAACAAUCAUAUUUAUAGAAAAGAAGAUUUAUAUUCACAUUAAUGGGACUGUUUUUUAUUAUUGAAUUAUAUGACCAAAAGAACUUGAAAAAUAACUGUCAACACUUUUUAGUUAAUUAAAGUAGACUAGUCAUUUUUAUUUUUAUUUUGGUUUCUCCUGUAUCUUUUGGAUUAUACUCCCCUCUGUGUCACUUGCCUUUGUUUAUAUUUAUUGUCUUUCCUUUUUUUAUGCUGGAUCCCAAUAUCUGGGAGCAGCAAUUUUGUUAUCCUCUGUCCAUGAUGUCUGCAGCUUCCUGUCUGUAAGAAUGGGUUUACUGAUGGAUUGUGGGUACAUUUGAUUGGCAAGUGAAACAGGACAUUGUUUUAAACCCUGCCCAUUGUCACAUUUUGUCAAUCUGACUGCUAUAAUUGAGGAAAAGUAGUCCCUACUUUAUUUAUGUGUUUAAUGAAAACUAGAGUGCUCAGGAAAUAAAAUUAAAAAAAUGGAUUCAGACACAGAACGAUGUAGAGAAACAGAUUAGAUGAAGGUUAUUUUGGUGACAGAGUUGCUUUAAAUAUUACCCCAAAAAAGAGCAAAUGGAUUUGUGCAUGAUCAGACUAAACCAACAAACACCUACUCUCAAUUGAUGAUAUUUGAAAAUAGCAUCACCAAACUUAUUCCAUACGUCCCAACAGUCCCAGAUUUGAUGGGCUUCUGGUCUGACGUUCUGGGUAGUCUCAAGGCACUGUGCCCAUGUGACAGAUAUACAAUAGCUCUUUGCAACUAGGCAGCCUUGAGUGGGGCUGGCAGAGUGACUGUCAAUCAGCAUGACAUGCAUACACCCCAGGCUGACCAUUUAGAGUUUAUUGUGGUCUGCUACAGGACCAGAUUCAUUUUAGGGUCAGAUCUUGGCUUUAUUGCCCACCCUCUUCUUUGUGUCUGCCUCCUUUAACGAGUUCAUAUCUCUCAAUGUUGAAAUGUUUGCUUAUACAAACAACUCCUGAUUCAGGAAUUAAAUCAAAUAACAUUUAGAAUUGUACACUAUUGUUAUUAUUAGCAUUAUAUACAAAAUUGUACGCAGUGCUUGUUACAAUACACUUGCUGCACCAGAAUGUGUAUAUUUAACAAGUAAUUGACAAAAAUCAUUUGGCAAACACAAAAGGUGAAGAAGGCACUGCACACCCAACUGUAAUCAAAAUAUCAAUUUGUAGCAUAUUUAAAGGAACAGACACAGGGGAUCAGUGUUAACUCAGAAGACAGCAGGCUAAAGUCACAUAAUGGGCAUCAGUAGACUCUAUUCAAAACUGAUCUGGCACAUAGUUAGGAGAUUAUGCUGGUAUCAUACUUGUACUGUAAGCAUUGCGGCAGGCUGUUAUGAUGCUUUGAGUGCUUCUUCUAAAUCAACAGACAAUAAUGUGCAAUAUUUAUUUAAAAUGAGAAGUUCGGACAAUGUCAUAUAAAAAAAAGUAAAAUAUAUCGAGUUCUGAGUUGCUAAAUGUAAAAAGUUACAACAUAGCAGCUUGAUGUUUUGAGAGCUUACUCCAACAUGUUAAAUACUUACCUAAAUAUUUAAUGAUCAUGAGUAGAAAUAUCAGCAGGACGGUGAGCUCAAUAGAAGCAUAUAUUAAGCAUGUGGUAUAAGUAUACACGUCUUGUGUUCUGUCUAGACACAAAAAUGGUGAUUUAUGCUAUCAUCAUUAUUGCUUUAAAAAUGUGAUUCAUUUUGCAAUGAUUCUUAUUUUCUGGAACAGGACCUUGGAUGUUCAGCCAAACAGAAUAACAGUAGGAGGUAUCAGAUCUCUGGAACCAAUACUACAAAGAAGAGGACAAGUUCAGAGCCAUGACUUUGUAGGUUGCAUAAUGGAAUUUGCAGUCAAUGGUCGUCCUCUAGAACCCAGCCAAGCGUUGUCAGCACAAGGAAUCCUAGACCGGUAUGUCUUUUGAAACACAAUAGAUCUGUUUCAUUUGUUUAAUGUCUCAUUGUGGUAUGUUCUUUUUUUUUUUUUCAAGAUGCAAAGAGUUAACAUCACCUAUAUUAACCUAUAAUGUUUGCAUUUUUAAUAUUUCAAGAAUAGUCAAAACAUCAUCACAUGUUUUACAUGGGGGUUUUACAGGCUAUAUUUGAGACUGGCAUUAUGUAACUGUUAUACAGAUGAAUUGACUGAUACAUAUUGAAUUUGUGUCUAUUUUUGUAGGUGUCCCAGAUCGGAAGGAGCCUGCACAGCCACAACUUGCCAAAAUGAAGGAGCCUGUGUGGAUAAUUGGUUCUGGCAACAGUGCAACUGUAAAGAUGGUUUUACUGGGAAGCACUGUGAAAGAUGUAUGUUAAGUUUUAAAUUGCUAUGUAAUGAGUUUGCGUUUGAAAGGAAAAUAGCCCAACUAACCACAAUAUCAAGUAAUGCAUAUCAUAUAUCAGUUUCAUGUUUUACUUAUUGUUAGAGCUAUCAUUCAUACAACACAGCAUGAAGAAGGUUUUUUGUGCAAUAUAAGAAGCAUUUUCUUUGAAGAAAAAUAUGCUAUGGAAUUGUCAAUUUUUAGAUCACAAUUUCAGGUGAAUUAUUUUUGCAUUUUUGUUUCUGAAUUAAUACAGUGUUUCCUAAUGAAUUAUACCUUAUAUUCUUAAAGGGUUUCUCCAACAAUGUUUUGUUUUACAUAAAAUAAUGCCCUAUUGGCAUUAUACUUUUGGUUCCAUCUACAAAAAGCUUAAAGAGCGUUUUAAAAGUUUUACUUGACUUAAUCCAGCGCCAGGGCGAAGCUCCUCAGCGAAACCCAUGUCUGACAUCAUGUUAGACAUGCGUUGUCUAGCAAUCUCCUGAAGCAAUCUUGAUUAUCUCAGCCCCAUCAAAUGCUUUCCCAAAUGAAAGCAUAGGGAGGCUAUUGUGCGUGUGCCACAAAACGCCAUGCUGCACCAAUCUCAACAUGCAGAGCAUGGAGAUGCUGAACACCAGUGUUGCACACUGUGAAGCACUGGACUAAGAAACACCUCUAGUGGCUAUCUGAGUGACUGCCAAUAAAGGUGUUCCUAGGCAGCAAUAUUUAAAUUCUGCCCUUUCUAUCCAAAGGCAGUGUUUACAGGGCUAAAACUGCAGGAACAUGCUGUGGAAACCAGAACCACUACAUUAUGUUGUACUGGUUCUGUACUGGUUCUGGUGACUAUAGUGUCCCUUUAAUUAUUCUCAAUUUGAUAUUAUUAUUUUCUUGAUCUUAUACUUAUAAUAACCUGCCAUACCCUUUUCUUAGAAGGCUGUGUCCAGAUUUAAAAAAACUAAAAAGUUUAAAUUAAAUGUUGUAUAUGUCAUAUUUAAUGCUUACUCUUAAAUUGUUUCUAUUUCAGACAUGAAUGCAGAUACUGCCUUAUCUCUUGAAAGCAAAGGAUACCUUGAAUAUUUUAUCAGUCAGACGAGAAAACGUGAUUAUUUGAUGAAACAUCAUCAUGUAGAUUCUGAAUCUAUCCAUCGCAAUCACCUUGAAAUAAAAUUUAGAACCAGAAGUGAGAAUGGCAUCCUUCUUCAAAUUCAUGAAACCAGCAAUUAUACCAUUGUGAAGGUAAAUAUAUUGUAUGAUAAAACAAACAAAUAACAAGGUUCAGCGCUAGAAAAGCCAAAAGUCUCUCUUUUCCAGAAGGAAAAUGAGAUAUUGGUAAGAAGAAGUUUGGAGAAGCGCCUUCAUGUGUCCUCAUGUAAUAUAUGCAAUGGGAAAUUAAAAGACAAUGGAGGAUAAUAUAAUGUAGUAUAUUCUACAAAUGGAGUGUGGAGGAAAAAAGGGAUACACUUGCAGGAAAUGGAGCUAUGAACUUGCUUCAAUAAGAUGCACUUAAGGAUGUGCAAUAUAUCUCUUGGUCCAGGUGGGUAGUCCAAAAAUAUAAAAUAAAACAUAAAUGGACAGGAUAUAGUGUAGUAAAUUGGCAAUAUGUGAAUCUAUAGGAUAAGGAAAGACUCACAUUUGUUGGAGCCUUCUAUAUGACUCCUUAAAACAGCAUGUAGUGGUAUAAUUAUCACUCUAAGGAUGUCUUAUAUGUGAAAGACAAAAACAAAUAUAUAGAGUACACUGUUUGUAAGAUAAAUUCAAUAAAUUAAAAUUCACUUGCUAACUUUGGAACAAAUUAAGGUUUUGCUUAAUCCACAGGGUUCUUUGGUACAUUCUCCACCAUGGAGGAUGAAGUCCAGUAUGUUUGUGGAGUUCCAGAAUAAAAUGGAAUGAUCCAGGAACAUUAACAUGACAUCUAUCUUUAUUUAGUACUAUAAAACAAGGGUGUUGAAAGUAACAUUAACACGUUUCACUACAACAUAGGGUUUUUUCAAAUUUAUAGCACUUGAAAAUUUCACAUUUAAUGAUCAUAUGACAUGAUGACAUUGUCAUCAUGUGACCGCCAGGUGGAUAUCAUAUACAAAUAUUAUAAACAUAUUGUACAGAAUGCUAGAUAGAUGUGACUGUUUUAGAAGUUGCAAUUAUUAAAGAUUAGUGGAGAAAGAUCACAUGACUCGCGAAUAAAAAGGGAGUGGCACCAAAAAAAAAAUAUAUAUAUAUACCUAAAAGGGAAUAUAAGAGGGAAGGGCUAAAAGGUGGAAGGCACUCCUCAGAAAAAUCAAGUUAAUCUCAAAAUGCUGAAAUUGGGGAGAGUUGUCCUAUGCAAUAUUUGACAAUCAGAAUAACAAUGAUAUUCACUGAGUCACAUGACCAUUGUGACCACAAAACUUUUUAAUUUUCAAGUGCUAUAAAAAGAGCAAGGGUCUAGGCUGCUGUAACACUUUGAAUAAGCGGUGGUGAAAUGCGUUGGUGUUACUUUUAAUACCCUUGUUUUUUAAACACCUUAUUGUAUUAAAUUUAGAUAGAUAUUAUUUUUAUUAUAUACUUGACCUUCCUAUCCUAUUAUGGAACUCCAGUAAUCUCCUGGACUUCAUCAUACCACCAGAACCCUAGGGACUGAGCAAUACCUUAGUUUGCUCCAAAGUUAGCAAAUGGAUCUUAAUUUAUUGAAUACAUUUUACAAACAGUGUGCACUAUAUAUUUGUUUUUGUAUUUCACAUAUACCACAGAGGAGAUACUGCACCAUCAACAGUGGGGAUUAUACCACUCCCUGCUAUUUCCAGGAGCUAUAUAAAAGGCUCCAAUAAAUGUGAUUGCACUACACCAUAUAGUAUCUAUUUCUAUUUUUGGACUACCCACCAGGACCAAGAGACACAGUGCACAUGCUUAUAGGACCACUAUAGUUCCAGGAAAACAUACUCGUUUUCCUGGCACUAUAGUGCCCUGAGGGUGCCCCCACCCUCAGGGUCCCCCUCCCGCCCAGCUCGGGAAAGGGGUUAAAACUUACCUUUUUCCAGCGCUGGGCGGAGAGCUCUCCUCCUCUUCUCCUCCCCGUCGGCUGAAUGCGCACGCGCGGCAAGAGCUGCGCGCGCAUUCAGCCGGUCACAUAGGAAAGCAUUCAUAAUGCUUUCCUAUGGACGCUUGCGUGCUCUCACUGUGAAAAUCAUAGUGAGAAGCACGCAAGCGCCUCUAGCGGCUGUCAAUGAGACAGCCGCUAGAGGAAAUAGGGGAAGGCUUAACCCAUUCACAAACAUAGCAGUUUCUCUGAAACUGCUAUGUUUAUGAAAAAAAUGGGUUAACCCUAGCUGGACCUGGCACCCAGACCACUUCAUUAAGCUGAAGUGGUCUGGGUGCCUAUAGUGGUCCUUUAAGCAGGGAUUGUACUGCUCAAGUGCUUUUUUGAGCUAUUUCAUACCUCAAUUUCUUGUACAUGUAUCUCUGUUUUCCUCCACACCCCAUUUGUAAAAUAUACUACACUAUAAUAUCCUCCAUUGUCUUAUUUCCCAUUAAAUAUGCGUGUAUGUCUUUUUUACAACAUUGUUAUGAUAGAUAUUGUUUUUGUGUUUAUAGUUCGCAUUAUUAAUAAUAAUAAUACAAUUGUUUGUAUCACAGAGAGGAGAGACAAGUUAAAUACUUAUUUGUAUGAUACUUGGCUUUGUUAGUUUUGAGAUUUGCGACUGGCAUAUGGUGUUUUUCAUGUGAGUGCCUGCACAGGUAUAUACGUGUAUAUAAAUAUAUAACCACCACUGAAUGUACUGAAGCUUAAGCUAAAUCCAUUCUGGUUGCAAUAUUUCAGAAGGGGUAUUUAACCUCUGGCAAUCCAGCUGGUUUAUUGUAUGUACUGUUCAUUGUCAGACAGGUAGUGGCUAGACUGCUGCUGAAGUUGGAUUGCUUCUUUGAACUGCUGAACUGCUGCUGUGGACUAGUACUCCCACUAUGUUCAGCCGGCCAAUGGUUGUCUGGCAAGCAGAAAAUACUAUACUGCCAGGGAUUUCUUAUUUCUAAGCUCCAGUCUCUAGAUUUAUCAUUUCUUUAUGAUGUAUGAAGUGCUAUAUUUAGAUGUUAGAUCCAAAAUUCAUCAUUAUUCCUACACAUUCCAAUUCCUUCAUCUUCAUGCAUGUUCCAUCUGCCAGAAGAACUGAGCUUACCUCUUAUCCACUCAAUGCCUACAAAGCACAGAGCAUGGAAACCAAAGCUAACAUUUCUCUUAAUCCCCAAUUUUUUGGUGCAUGGCGCCACAUGAGACAAGGCUUUGAAUAAAUGAUGAUCAACAGUAAAACAUAAUUUUGCUCAAAGUUUGAUUAAUGGUAAUUUUUAGGUGCAUUAAAUCUUGGGAUUAAUUCUCAUUGCCAAAUGCGAAAUGAUGCACUAGAGUUACCUUUCAAAUAAUAUUAUCCCAUUCUUUUGUCCCUCCAUCCUUUGAUCAGUGUAAUUAGACAGGAAAUGUUUAGUUAUUUAUCCAAUUUAGAUAACUAGUUAAAUUGUAGUACGACAGAAACUCUCUUCGUUUAACCUAUGGGGUCCCAGUGUAAGCUUUCUGUCCUUUAGCAAUGCCAUACAAACAAGCUGAAAUCCAUAAUUCUUUAGCCUCUGGAAAUCAGCGGUAUAAGUGCUCCUACAGCAAUUAGAUAUAUUUCCCCAGGAAUUGCGAACAUUAAUUCAUGAAGAAAGGCUAAUCUCAAGUGCAUGUUACAGAAAUAUUAUUAUUCACUGAGCACUGCAUGCUUUUUCUAUUUCAUUUUUCUAGCUCCCCAUUCAAGUGUAACUUUUUCCAACCGUAUUUAUAAAUGGGGAGUUAGUAAUAAGUUACUGCCCUAAGUCAAUAAGCAGCUCCCCCAACCCGAGCCUUCCGUUAUAAAGAAUUUCAGAAAGUGGAAAGACAGGAGGGCAGAGCGGAAUGGCAAAGGAGCACAGCCUUUGAGGUUAAACCAUUCUUAAACGGUUUAACCCCUAAAGGUAAGCCAGCAUCAGGGACUUCCUGGCACCAUAACAGCCUCAUUUUGAUGAAGUAGUUAUGGUGCCCAAAUUGUUCCUUUAAAACAGUUGAAAGAGUAAGUGAUCAUCCAGGGCAUAUUUCAAAAAGUCUAUUAUUGUUGUCCCACAGAUCUGUGUAACACAAAAAGCUGUUCUUCUAUACAAUUAUGCUCUGUCCUUAUAUGUAUGCAUUACCAUUUGCCUCCAUCUUUGUUAUAAACAUAUACAUUUUGAUUACUAUUUAUAUUUUGGAUUUUUGUUGCAACUGAACUGGGGAUUGUCUCUUAUGGAAACUUGUGAUAAUAAGACAUCACUCAGUAUUUCAGCCAAGCUUCCAUGUAUUGUACACUGUAUAUUGCUGUAGCCUGUAGAAAAUGAAUUUUACAGUGUUUGUGCUCACACCCCUCAUUUUGAAAACAUAUAAAUACAGAUACUGUAUAAUGUAGUCAGGUAGUCUUGCACGGUGUUUGUCUAAUACAAGCAGAAAGUUAAAUAAAUCUUGCUGGCUUUGCCUUGGUAUGACAUACCUUGCCAUAUCUAACUUAUGGCUUUGAAUCCUAUCUUUUUUUGUUUAAACAUGGCAAAAUGAUUACAGUCAGGAUUUAUUUUGUUUUGCCAGAAUCUCUUCCUCUUAGUAGAAAAUGCACAGUUCUGCAGAAAAUACUUUUCCCAGGAGAGCCUGAUAAGUUUAAUCCCUGGCCGUGACUCAAUCAACGUUGUCAUAAUUCUAAAUGAGCGCUGCAGUAAUGCUGGCAAAUCAUUUUAUUGGACAGGUCACUAGCCAACAGCUCCAAGUUUCCUUGAUUUCUGGGAUACUUCCCAAUACAUAUAUAUAUAGGUAGAUCUAUAUAUAUUUUUAUUAUGUUCUUUGUCUAAAAUAUGCUCGAUUCCAAAAAUCCAGCAGCUUUCAUGUAUCUGUGUAGAACAAAAAAAUAUGUAUUUUUUCAUCCUUUAUAUUAUUUGAUGACUAAAUUUAUAUAGAGUUGUGGAAUAUGUCUGACCGGGUGACAGACAAUUAACUGUCUAAAUGUUAUGGUUUUGCCUGAUCUAUGUAGAGUCACUCUUGACAGAACGUUUGCAUUUUAGAACUUAAAGUACAUCAAAGUGUCUAAUUAGAGUUAAUUAUAAAACAUAAGAAGAAUGUGUAGCUACGUUAGUUUGUUAGUUUAAGUAUCGGUUGAUAAUUUUAUUCUAAGUACUUAGUUUGACAAAAAAGGGUAAAGAACCACUGAUCUAAACAGAUAAAUGUAUUGCUCUAAACAUUGAUAUCCUGUGAAUUGUGGUGCCGGUGGGUGGGGAAAAAGGGGGCGGACUAUUGAUUAAUUCAGGGACCGUUUCAGUGCUCUCUGAAUGUUCCUUAUGCUUUUAGUUUAGCAUAAGAAUGUCUAAUGAUGUUUUCACACUAGGCUUUUUUAGGAACAGUUCCUUGGUGUCCCCUAAAAGCACGACACCAAGGAAUAAACCCGGAAUGGUGGGUUAAGAUCCUAAAAUUGUGACUGUCCCAGAAAAAUCAGGAUGAUAUGUAGGCUUGAAAUUGGGAAGUUACUAGUGUUUCAAGCACGUGUAACUUUUAUGUACUGAGCUAUAAUUGUUUUUAAAAUUGUGUAGCAGUGUUUGAAAUCAUUAAUGCAUGCAGACAGAUUAUUCUUAGUUCUAAAUGUCCUUUUCUAAAAUAGGAGAUGUAUGAGAAAUAAAAGCAAUCUUUUGUUUGGCAUGUAUACGUGUCAUAAGUAACAAUACUGCAGUCAAAGACAAUGGAUAAAUACUAUUUCCUGAAUAUUAAAAAUUAUUUUAAUAGCUUGUUCAAUCCAGGGACAUGCUAAUUCAUGGUGACAUGAUAGGAAGGAGCACAGUAAAAUUACUUUAAAUAGCUAUAAUCAAAUGUCAAGCAAGAAACCAUAUGUGACAAAAUUAAGAAUUUAUCAGAAGUACUUUAUAUUCUAGGAUACAGUGGCUGUCUAAAUGUAUGUGAAUUAAAACACUAUGAUUAGGUAUUAGGUAAGAUUAGGUAUUACCUUAAUGAUCUAGAUAAUCAUUAAUGCCUCCAGUUAUUUACUAUUACAUCUGUCUACUUUACUUUUUAAAAUAAUCAGUUGUGUACUGUGACUAACGUCCUGUCUAGACAUACAUAUAGAAUCUACCCUAUGCCUUCAACCUAUCCUGAUUUCAUGAGGCCAGACCUGACUUUUGGGUUCUGUCCUACCGUCCUGACUUUGUUCCCUGGAACUGUCCCCAAACAGUGUAUUGUAAAUGCAUCAUUUAGAUGCACUCGCUCUGUAUUCAGGGCACUAGGAACAGUGAAACAGUGUGUAGCGGAGAUGCAAUAUUCCCCAGGUUAUCUCCGCUUGUAAUCCAAGUGAGGCUCAGGAACAAGUAAAUAAUAAAUCCAAAGGCAAGGUUUCCAGCAAGUAAAAUACAGCAAUAUCACCACAGCAAUCCCAAUAACUGGACGACACACAGUUUCAGGAGCAGAACUGACAAGCCUUUAAUCACAGUCUCCUUAUAAAGCAUGCUCCCAUGCAAGGGAGGGAUUUACUGUAAUUAUUACAGUAGCCAAUCCUGUCCUGGUACCCUCCCACAUAUCUCCUCCCCUCAGCCAGCAUCAUAAUCCCCUUAUCCAGUACACCAAUUCCCCCCGUUUCUGGAUGUACCCCUAAACGUAGAGAUACCUAUUUAAAUCCUACAUCCCCUGGUAGCCCUGAUCUGGGUGAACAACAUAUCCAAAAAUCACCCAGAUCAGACCAGUGUUUCGGGAAAAGUAUGGGGGGAAUAAAAUGACCGACCGCACGAACUGAGAUAGCCGAAUUCGGUUCCAUGUGAAUGGGCCCUGCGGUCGGUCCUGGCAUAAGGGAAUAAAAUACAUGAAAACCUUUAGCUAUAGAGGCUAGGGAGGGUUCGCCUGAAUAUUCUCUAUCUACCGAACGAGGGGCCGUUCGGUAGUUUGGAACUGUGGAGGUCUCAGCGGUGUUCGCCUACUCGAGUGUCUUUUAGUUCCAGACACUCGACGGCAGCUGUUCCCGCCGCCACGUGUUCGUUUGUCGAAUGGCGGCCAAGAACAAAGGACGGCUACUUUACUGUUCAAUUACCCGUUCGCAACAAUGUUGCAACGGGUAAUUGAGGACACACUUCACACAGGGGAGGUCUGGUUGUUCGGUAGUUUCAUUCGAAUAAACUAAGGGAAUGGAACUACCGAACAAUCACAAGAAUACAAGGCUUUAAAACACAUAGAAAAUCAGCAGAUCACCCGAAUGCAAUUAUUUCGAAGACAUUUGCAGGACAGCCCAGUGCCAUCCGCUACACAGUGUUUCUGCAUUGUCUGGCCUCAGUGGACUCUCACACGAGAGACAUUAAUGACCAGCCAUUAAUUCAGGCAUUAAUUCCCCUUUUACGGAUGGACCUGUCCCCAUUGGGUGGAGCCAUUGCAUCAAUAUCCCUUCAUCUUUGCCCCCACUCCCACCGGAGUCCUGCUUCUCAAGACACUGUAGAGUGGCCAGCCUUCCUAAAUUAAGUGAGAUUACACUCCUAUACUUCUGCCCAUCUUCUGAGAAGCUGGAGAGAGAUGCACAAUAUCUCCUUAUCUCCACUUCUGGCAUUUUGCUAAAGGGAGAUGAGCUUAAUUAGUGCCACGAGAUUAAAGGAAAUCCGAUCGUACCUUUUUCUUUAAAAACGUUCUCUCUGUCUUUCUGUCUGUGUCUGUGGAUUGCUCUCUAAAACGUGUCCUUGACAAACAUGUGUCUAGGGGUAUGUUGUGUGUUUUUGUGAGGGAAUAGUUGCUUUUGCAUGCACAAUUCUCAAUGUUGAAUUGAACAUGUUUUAUUUAUACACUAAAAGGUAUGUGCUGGGCCAAUAGGGGAUUGAGGAAUGCAGAAUUCACUAUACUUAGAACAUCCACCUGAUAUUAGCAAUGGAAAUGAGCCCAAAUACACCAGUGAAUUUAGAAUAUACUAAGCAAGCAAAAUCUGUGUUACGCAUAAAAGAAAAGAGAAAAGAACACAUCACACUUAUUAAGUAAACAGGAAUUGUUCUAGCCGCAUAAAUCUCCCAACUUCUUUAAUGUCACAUGUUAGCACAGCCUGGUAAAAUAUGUAUUUAUCUUAGAGUUGAAAAUUAGCGCUUAGGGUUUUGUGUAAAAUGUUUCAAACUCGUGUCCCAAGAAAAUGUGAUUUUAUUGUGUUUUCCUUUGAUUCUUAGUGCCAAUCCUAAUCCUACGCUUAGUCUUUCUCUACUUGGAACAUAAAGCAUAUGACAGAUUGCAGAUGAAAUAUGGUAUUGCUCACUUGGGUAUUGUUUCGUCAGACAGAUGUUGUCUAAUCCUCUAUUUAACACUUAUUAGAAUAAAUUGUCUGCAAAAUAUUCUAAAUGCUCAUUUUAUUCAAUAUUCAGCUAACUUUUUUUUUUUUUUUACUUGCCAUGCACAUAUUUUAUUUGAAUUAAUAGAAAUUAAAUUACAUUUCUUUUCAGUUCAAGGUUCUGGAUUUAAAGAAUUGUUACAGAAUAGUAGCCAACCUGGCAAAUGCCAUCACCAAUAUCAAAACAGCACAAACACAAAAUAUAUAAAGUAUAAAGUAUAGUCCAUUUUGCCAACUGCUAUACAAGAUGAAUUGUACUUGUGCGUGUUGCAAAGCUGAUGUUCUUCAUGCACAUAUAUAUUUAACUCUGGCUGCUGGGUUUUACUUCUUUAGACAUUCAUUUGUUUCCUGUUAAAGAUUUAUGUAUGCUUAUACUGGUCACAAAAUCUCUAGCCCACAUGAACAAUGAUGGUGUAGAAGUGCUUUGGGAGGUUGCAAAAAAAAAAAAGGAGCAUUGGUGCAUAACCAGUUCACAAAUUUAAAUAAGAUAAAAACCUGUUGGCUUGGGAUCAGUAUUUCUGCUAUGUUGACUUAGUGACUCUCCUGCUCUGGAAUAGAUCAUAAAAGUACCUGUUGAUGACAUCUUUAACAAACAACUGCUGUGGAUCCCAUCGAUCUUCUGUAAUAAUUCACAUUUACAUUAAUAUUUCUGGAAAUGGUUAAUUAGCCAGGUACCUUGACUCACUAACGACCAAAAAAAAAUAAAAAUCAUCAAAAGCAGUAGAUCUUAAAUUCUUAAAUCAUUUUCUGCAGUGGGAUGAAGUACUGAAACUGCAUACAUGUAUGACUUUAUUAAAUUGAUGCUAUAUUGUAAAAUAGGAAUCAAGUGGAAUAAGAGUGAUUUAAACAAGCUUAGUGGAUUUUGAAUGUGCAGGCUCUGAACCUUAUGCAGGGCUCUUCUUUAAGCUUAUUAUACCAGACAAGGUAUACAAUGCCUGAAUAGGAGACCCAAUUGAUCUUGUACUCUAAAUUCACUUAUCACCUUUAAUCUACAUUUUGCUUUAUUUUACAGCUAACACAAUAACACUCUUUAUCUUUAGGUUUUUAUUUAAACAUUGUUGAAUUAGUUUAUAUUUUGUGGCAGAUACUCUAAUACAGCUUUUAUAAAUGAUCAUAAGGAAAAAAAAUAUCAAAAUAAACAACUUUCCAUCUAAAUAAUUUUUUUUACCUAAAUUUAAAUUUGUUGUGAACUUACCUUUGCCUACUGUUAAUAUAAAACCUCCUAAUUGCGCAAUAUAAAAUAUCCCAUUUACUGUGAUGUCUUAUGAUUAACAUUGCUAUUUUUAUUUUGUUUAUCAGUCCAUAAAUUCUGUUUCUUUUCUCCCUAAAAAAAAAAAAUCCCAAUACACUGGAAGAAUAAUCUAUAUUUUUUGAAGACUUAACAUUUAAUAGAUUUAGUGUUUUCUGUUAAUUUAAACAAAUUAAUUAAAACUAGAACUGCAAUAGUGUAAUAUAUUUGCCUUUGUCGUUGCAGUUGAAAAAUGGAAAAGUGCACUAUGUGUCUGAUGCAGGUGUAGGAGGAAAAGUAGAAAGAAAUAUUCCUGAGGCGUACGUUGCUGACGGACGUUGGCAUACUCUUCUAAUGGAGAAGAAUGCCUCUACAACUACUUUGUCUAUAGACAACACGCACAGCAGAGAAAUACAUCAUGUAACACAGGAUUUUGGAGGCCUCAAUGUCCUUACAAUGCAGCUUGGAGGAAAUACACUUGGGCCGACAGCUAAAAGUAGUUUCAGUGGUAAGUAUGUCUGAUAUUGCAUUUUUAAAAAUAAUUACAUUAUUUUUAAAUUUCAAAAGUAUGUUAUAAGUCUUUUUAAACAACAAACUCAACAUGGAAAUAAUUUAUGACAUAUCUAGUGGAAUCUCCAAACAACUGGAGUACCAUGUAUGUUAACUCUUCUGCUUUGCCUUCAUUUUUUGGGCUUUGAGAGGUGAUUGACAGGUCUUGUGUGCACUUGUGGGAGAGUACAUUUGCCCACUCAAUACUCAGUUUCUUCCCUUCUCAACCUUUGUCUCCUCUUUUGUUCCCUUAUGUCACUCCAUUUUCUUCCUUAAACUAAGAUCUUGAAUUGGUACACAUUCAAAUGUCAAUCAAAAUAUUGAUUACAUUUCUUUUUAAUCUUUUAUAGAAAUUUAAGAAUUGGUACACAAAUAUAGCAUUUGCUAAUACAGAACUUCUACAAUUAUUUCAUAUCCCUGUAAAAACAAAUAACACACUACUAGAUUAUUUAACACUUAAAUCAAUGGAUUGUUUAAUACUUAAAACAUUGGACAAUAUAUAUUCUUUUCACCUCAUAUUGCGGUCAAAUAAUUGGCAUCUGUUACAAAUAUAAAUAUGAAAUAAAAUAAAAGUAUUUGAUUUUAUCACCCACUGUAUCUUGUCUAUAAUAAGAAAAAAGUGUAAAAAAAAGAUAUAAGCACCUAAUUUUUUAUACUUUUUUGGCUGUAACAGAUGCCAAUAUUAACAUAUUUGUAUUUCAUUUUGAUAAAUAGAUGUUGCAAAGAUAUUUUGACAGCGUCUCUUUUUACUAAUAUAAUGUAUUUAAUUCCUCAGGUUUUGAUGGCUGCAUUGCUUAUCUGAAAUAUAACAGAGAAAGUCUUCCAUUCAGUGGAAAACACCACUUGGUCAGCAUUUCCAAGUCAAAUGCAUUUACAAAGAUUGGAUGCCGUGGACCUAAUAUUUGUGCCAGUAACCCAUGCUGGGGAGACUUAAUAUGCAUAAAUCAGUGGCAUGCAUACACAUGUGUUCCACCUGGAGACUGUUCCUCAAGCCCUUGCCAAAAUGGUGGCAGCUGUGAACCUAAUCAACAAUCUGGAUUUACGUGUAACUGUCCAGAGUCAUAUGCAGGAGAGCUCUGUGAAACUGUAGUAGCCUGUCUUGGUGUUUUUUGCCCUGAGGGUAAUGUAUGCAAGAGUGGACUAUAUGGUGGACAUAUAUGUGUUUUGAAUACACAUGUAGAGGACCCGUCACUCCCACUUUGGGCAGUUCCAGCUAUUGUGGGCAGCUGUGCUACAGUUCUCGCUCUGUUGGUUCUUAGCCUGAUACUGUGUAACCAGUGCAAAGGAAGAAGAGCCAAAGUGCCAAAGGAAGAAAAGAAACCUAAAGAGAAAAAGAAAAAGGGGAGUGAAAAUGUUGCGUUUGAUGAUCCUGACAAUAUUCCUCCGUAUGGAGAUGACAUGACUAUUAGGAAACAGCCAGAAGGAAACCCUAAGCCUGAUAUUAUUGAAAGAGAAAACCCAUAUUUGAUAUAUGAUGAGACUGAUAUACCCCAUAACUCUGAAAUAAUACCCAGUGCUCCUAUGGCAGUCCCUGAAACUGAGCUAGAACAUUAUGAUAUUGACAAUGCUAGUAGUAUUGCACCCUCAGAUGCAGAUAUCAUUCAACACUACAAGCAGUUCCGAAGCCAUACACCUAAAUUCUCAAUUCAGAGACACAGCCCACUUGGUUUUGCAAGACAAUCUCCACUACCAUUGGGUGCAAGUAGUUUAACAUAUCAGGGUUCUUAUAGCCAGGGCCUUAGAACAGCUACAUUAGGUCAUGCGGGAUGUCCUCCUCCUAAUCCAUUGUCUCGUCACAGUCCAGCACCAUUUUCUAAAUCCUCUACAUUUUACAGAAGCAGUCCAGCAAGAGAAUUGCAUUUGUCAAGAAGGGAAGGCAGUCCUUUAGAAAUGCAAAUGCAUAAUGAAGUUUGUCAACCUGGCAUGUUCAACUAUGCAACUCGUUUAGGAAGGAGAAGCAAGAGUCCUCAAACUAUGGCAGGUCAUGGUUCUAGGCCAGGAAGUCGCCUUAAGCAACCUAUAGGACAGAUGGCUAUGGAGAGUGGACCACCUGUUGGUCUUUCAAUAGAAGAGGUUGAAAGACUUAAUACACCUAGACCAAGAAAUCCAAGUAUAUGUAGUGCAGACCAUGGAAGAUCAUCCUCUGAAGAAGACUGUCAAAGGCCCCUUUCAAGAGUAAGGAAUCCAGCUGAUGGAAUUCCAGCUCCAGAAUCAUCAUCUGAUAGUGACUCUCAUGAGUCAUUUACUUGCUCAGAGAUGGAGUAUGAUAGAGACAAACCCAUGGUGUACACAUCACGAAUGCCAAAAUUAACCCAGGUUAAUGAAUCAGAUGCAGAUGAUGAAGACAAUUAUGGUGCUAAACUAAAACCUAGGAGAUACCCAGGUCGCAGAGCCGAAGGUGGGCCUGCAAAUAUCCAGACAUCUUCAACCAUGCUACCGGCUGAAAAUACUUUACCCAUAAAGCUUAGCCAGCAAGCUGGCAAUUUCAACUGGGACAAUCUAUUGAACUGGGGCCCAGGGUUUGGGCAUUAUGUAGAUGUAUUUAAAGAUUUGGCAUCAUUGCCAGAGAAGGUGUCAACAAGUGUUAAUGAGGAAAGCAGAGGAGGCACAGAAAAUGCAGUUUCCAAAGAUGGAGAUACAGAACAAUAUGUUUAAAUGUAAUAAAAUACUUGGAUUGGAUAUGCAAAACCCUGUGACACUCAAACAUUGUAUGUUUGUUUACAAAAGAAUGUCUCCAUUUUAAGAACAGGCCAGUGAACUUUCCUAAUUUGAGGAGACAAAUUUAAAAUAAUAUCUAUAUUGCUGCUGGGUAGGUCAAACAUAACUAUAAGGCAAUUGAGUUGAGUAUUUGAUUCUCCUGCAUGCAUUACUCUCUACAGCCUGACGUACAGCAUGCACAAUUUCCAAUACAUGUCAUGCUUUAUUUGAUGUAAUAUUUGUUUUAUAAUAUACUUCUCAAUAGGAUUGCUAAGACCGGGGUAGUCAAAGAAUGUUGUGAUAAUUGCUGUUCAUUAAUGGGUUUGUCUCAUUAAGACCAUUGAAUUCCUAACAUUUUGCAUCCAGAAGAAUGAAAGCUAGGUUCAGUCUUUUUAGACUCAAUCAUUUCUUACUUUUAAACACUGAGAAAGGAGACAAAGACUUGAUCAUCACUGAAAGGGGUGGAUCAUACCUUAAGAAGAAAUGGAUUUUAGCAGGUCCAAAAUGGUCAGCACUUUAGGAUCUGCUUUUUUAUUUCAUAUGUGUCCCCUUUGUAAAGUGAAGCUGUAUUUCAAAAUUGCUUAUGCUACUUUGAAAGAGAUUUAUUUUUGUAAGAACAACAAUUCCAAAUAUCAGAUGCACAUUGACAAAGUGAAUUGGAAUCUACUAGGUAAAAAUAGGUAAAAAGAAAAAAAAGAAAAAAUAUAAAGCAAUUCAUCCUAGAUUUUGCCGAAAUCUUACAUAGACAUUUGUACAAUAAAAAAAGAAAUAUCACGUGAGUGAUACUUUGUACUGUGGAUUUUUUUUUUAUAAUUGCCUUUAUCUGAACUUUGUUUUUGAGAUUGAUAUUUUCCUAUGCUGUAUAGUUUUCUUACUUUCAGGGAAAGCAAGAAAAUGCUUUUCUUAAAAAAAAGCUGUUACUUGUGUAACAUCCAUAUUUUUAAAAAUUUUGAUACAUCUGUAACAUACCAGUAUGCUUUCUUCUUGUAAAUGUCAAUAAUAAAAUUAAAAUAUUUAUUUAAAA